GAGGUUUUUAAAGACUUUGGUGAUUUUUGAAGCUUUUCCAAAACUUUCCCGACACCGUGCUUCGCAAGACGAAAAAAAUCGCAAGACGACAAAACUCGCGGAACGAAUUAAUUUCGUCUUGCGAGGCACCACUGUAUACCAGAAUAUAAGAGAGAGCGGGGCAUGCAAGGUAUCAUCUCCUGCAAGCUGUAACGAAAUUGAUUGCCAUUUCCUGUACUUCUGAGGAACUAGCUGCUGGUUAUAACAGAAGUUUUAUCCUAUGAAAUUCUGGUUAUAUUUUGAACAAAUAACAUCAAUAUAUGUCUUAAUUAUUACUGAGCAUUUUAUAAGGAAAUUAAAAUGUGUUAGUAUUAUCAAAGUGAUUGUUUAAAUUUGUCAUGUUUUGAAAUGCAUUGGAAUUAUAUUGUACUGAUAUAGAUUGGCGUAUUGAUACGUAUUGCUGUUGUUUUGUGAGCCCAUUUUGCACAUUUUUGUGGGAAAGCAGCAUGCAGUGAGGUAAGGCCUAAAUUUAAUUUCUAAAGUGCCAACCUCCCUUUUAAAUACCUACCAUCCAUUCUUCAUUUCAAGUAACAUGUGACACACUCAUUUUGGACCUAAUUAUGACUAGCAGCACACAGGUACACUCUGAUCAAGCAAUCUGUUUCAGGCACUGACGUUACGACAUGUUCCUGUAACAUGCCACUAUUUCAUUUAAUGGAUUUCUUUAUGUGCAUGGAUCAGCUAACGAAAUUAAUGUGUCCUAAUUUCACAUAUAUAAGAGACCCAUAAAUGUGUUUUUUGAUCAGGGAACAAAAAUACAAAUUGGAGCGUGAGACGAAAAACAAGAGCAGUUAUUUCAAAACUUAAAAUGCAUAACAUUCAGAAGUAUACAUACAAGUGCUCAUUUUAAGAUGAAAGCUUUAAUCAUAAACACAAUUACUGGAGAGCAAGUCCUUUUGAACUCAGAGGUAAUUACUUUUACAUAACAUCUAUGGCUUUGGCAAUUAAUCGUCUCUGCUAAUGCAGUAUCAGGUGAGAGAUAAGGAUGGGAUACAAGCAUAGUAAGUAAAUAAAUCAGCUACAAUGAAUUGGCAAAAAACUAACCGCUAGAGCAAUCCAUAUGUGCAGUUGAGUAUGUUCCUGUUUCAGAAUGCUUAUAACUUCAUCCCCCUCCGGUAACUGAUCGAAGUCAAGCUCAAUGACCUAAAAAAAAAGUGAUAUUGUAAAUAUUAAUAACUUUAUGAGCUAUUAAGGCAUGUACUAUUCUGCUCAUGCACCUUGAGGAAAGUUUUCAAGCACAUUUUAUGGUAAUACACACUAGUUAGCUCCCAAAGAUGCUUUAACUGUUCUGACCGCUCAACAUGCUCAAAGAAUAAACUAUUGAGCUGAGGGACACCUUACAUAAUAUGGCUUUCCUACACAGGGACAUGCAGAAAAAUAAGAACCCCUGCAUCCCUGAAAUGGAUCGCAUGCAAGAUUUAUGUACUUUCCUGCACAACCGCUAUACCUGUGUAGAAAAGGUCUUAUGUGAAGUAAUUCUAAGCUAGUUGUUGUAUCAGUCUAGCACAGUGUUUCCCAAACUUGGGUCUUCAGCUGUUUCUGGACACCUCCCAUCAUCCCUAGCCAGCAGGACCAAUGGUCAGGGAUGAUGGGAAUUAUACUUCAAAAACAGCUGGAGACCUAAGUUUGGGAAACACUGGUCUAGCAGCACCUAUCAGGCCCAACCAAUAGCCAUGCAGGCAAAGAAGGACAACAUUAAAAUCCUCUUUGAAUGCAUGUUUGUAUUUCCAGUGGCAAUUCUAAACGAGGCAAACGCUUUUAAAAUACAAAGCCAAGAAGUGGCUACUAGGCGCCCAGGUCCCAUGUGCACACACCUGCGGUUGCUAAGAAUGCGCAAGGAUGGAAAAAAACGACACGUUUAUCAGUACUGUCCUGUGUGUGUGUAUAUCUCUCUCUCUCUCUCUCUCACACACACACACACACACACACACACACACACACGAGGAAAGUUAAUCUUACGGGCCUAGAAUCAGCAGCUGAGUGGGUUGUAACAUCACUUUCCACAACUCUGCAAAACGCACUGGGUGACGAGGGAAGGCGGGCGCGGGGUCGCCCUUAAGCCCCUCAUUACACCUCUCCCUCCAAGGAACAGGCGGGAAGGAGAAAAGCGAAGCCAGCGGCUGAACUCCUCAAUAAAGAGGAGCCCCCCACCACCACGAGCGCCCCCCGGAGACCCCCGCGCCGCCCCUCACCUCGUCCGUGUCCCGGAGGGGGAUCUCGAUCGAGCCGCGAGACAUGGCGGCUGCGGGCACCGUGUCCCCAGGGGCCGCCUCAGCCGAGCAACUUCACACGACGCCUCCGGCUCGUUCUCGAUGAGGUGCCUCCGCGUUCCGCCCUCUCGGGAGCAGGUCCCGUCGCCGUCCGGGUCCGCGCAGCCGCUUCCAGGCCUCGACCUCGGAAGUGCUCGUAGGGAAGGGCGUGGAGAAGGAGAGGCGAAGGCGGCGCCACUGUCGUCGUCGUCUGCGGCUCCCGCCUCUGUUGCUCCGCCGCCUUCGCUCUCCCCGGCCUUCUCCUGCAGGGGGCAGCGGACCACGAGAGCGGGCGCCGAAAAGAGCGGCCUACCUGGGAACGGGGCCUCCUCCUCAGUAACAUAAACGCCUUUGAAAAAAAGAAAAGAAAGGCGGAAUCCGCUCGUUAUGCAGAACGGAGAGGCGGAAUUCUGGACCACUUCCCUCGGACGGAGGAAUAAUGUCGGAAUGCCUCCGUGUAAAGUAAAAAACAGAAGCGAAACACGACACUUAAGAUGAAUCGAGUAAAUUAGGUCACGGAUUUUAUAGCAUAGCCCGUUCCCUGAGGCGCCGGUUGGUUUCACACAAGGGGAUUGUAAAGCCGGGGAAGAGUAAAAGUUUGCGCCGCAUUUUGCAGCCUAGAAUUCCUCACCAGCGUAUUCUGCACAAUUUGCUAAAAGAAAACGGCCGGCAGCAUGGCUUGAGGCAUGCCCGGAGACUGAAGUGCUUAUAAUGUUGUUUAAAAGAAGCAGCAGCAGUUCAUAGUGCAAUCAAAUGCGUGUCUCCCCACAAGUAAGUCCUACUGAAUUCAAUAGGGGUUACUCCCAGAAAAGUAGACGUUCAGUUGAAUUCAAUGGGGUUUACUCAGGAAUAGGCAUACCUAUAAUUGCACUUUGUUCUCUUGAGCGGGGUAGAAGAUUCAGCUUGACAUUAGUACAGGUACAAACACAGGGGUGCAAACUGUCAAGCCUGCUCAUUUUCUUUCACACAACCUAAACACCUACUGCUAAAUCACAUACUGCUAAAUCUGUUGACGUUGCACCCAAAUUCACUGCCUGAACAUUAUUUUCAAUUAAAAAAUGAGCUAUGGUCAACUUACUACCCCUCCUGUUUCCAGAGCAGAUGUAGGACAGACCAAAUGAACAGAACAUGCAAGAGAGCCUUCAGCAAUGUAUGUUGUGUGUGCAUACUGACUGAUCCUUGUUCAAGAAUAAAAGUGUUUCAUAUACUUAAAAGCAGUAUUAUCUCCGAAAUGUUGGAACAGGAACUAACCCAGGGUUUGUGUUUCCUUUGGAAAUGAGACACAGUGGAGAUUGUGGUGUCUUUAUGAUAUAUGGCUUGUUUGCAACCUGCGCCUACAGUAAAAGGGUUCAAGGCAUUAAGCUCCAAGCGGGUACUGUUUCUCUCAUGGCAGUGGAUCCAAACUGCCAGAUCCCACCAACUCCUUCUUCCUCCAGCUUGCAAAAAAACACAACUAUCUUUCUCUCAAGCUCUGCUUUUUGUGUCUGCUAACUCUCAGCUUAGGGCGGGACUCCAUGCAUGGUUACAUGUAUGUUAAAUACUUGUUAUGUUAAAUACUUUGAAUACUCUAAAGACUAAUGGAGGUGCUAAGUAUUAUUAUUAUGUUUCAGUGAAGUUCGUGUUACAGGACAGACACAAAUUAGAAAACAUCUCUUUGAAUCUGUAGUUCACUAAACAUGAAUUACACAUCAAGUAUUUCUUCACAAGGCAUGCUGUUAUCAGGUAAGAGUCUUACUUCACAACUGAAUAGCUGCUGUUUUUCCUGAGCUUACAGUAUUGGAAAAACAUUAAAAACUGUAUUGAGGAGGAGAAAGGAAACAAGCAGGUGUGGGGAAGAGUUAAGCACUCCAUUCCUGUCAAUCAGUUAUUUCCUGCAAUAGUUCCUGUGUCCCUGCAUUUCACUUACAAAGAAAGCACACAUGUUCUCAGCCCUGUUUCUUGAUAAUGUGGUGUUCCACCCUCACAUACAAAGGUAUAGAAUGGCUAUGGCUCUGUUCCUUAAUUGUUUCCCACAACUGUUUCCCCACCUUCAAACCACUUGAGGAACAGUUUGGUUCCUAUUUUGUCACUAAUAUUGCACUGCCUAUUGUUUCGGGGAGAGUGUGUGAUAAAGUCAGAGUGGCAGCAGAGAAACUUUAUAUAUUUACUCAGGUAUAUGAACUUUCAGGAUUUGUGAAAAAUGCCUCUUACUGGGAGCAAAAACAAAGACGUUUGGCAUGGAACAGAAAUCCAUUUGCUACAGAUCUAGCUAGCUUCCUCCACGGCUUCUCCCACGCUAGCUGUUUUGUAUGAAAUCGCUAUGCUAUGUGUGCCUCACUCACAUUUUACAGGUAGUGGGUGUCUACCCAUCACCCAUUUGUAACCCUCUCAAUGCUUGUUUCAUCUCUUUACUUAACACAGAAGGUCUGGGAUGUUGUUGAAGAAGGACAGAUGGGUAGCACCAUAUUUACAGGAGCAGAUACCCUUAGCAAUACUUUUCAGGUUGUUGUUUUUUUCAGAGGCAUGAUUUUGACAUGGGCAGUGAUGUGUUCAUACCUCAUCACACACACAGUAUAACCAUCCUUCCUAAUUGUGGGCACCGUUUGAUAAAGCCAUAAAAAGGCAGAGUUACUGUAAACACUUUUCCAGCCAUAAUUCAAAAUAUAUUAAAAUAUUAGCAAAGUACUGCUUAAAUCAGGAAUAGCCAAUGUGAUUCACUCUAGAUUUUGUUGGGACUGCAGCUUCCCUCAUCCCUUACCAGCAUGGCCAGUGGCCAGGAAUGAUGGGAGCUGCAGUCCCCAAAACACGCAAAAGACCCCUCAUUUGCUACCCCUGGAUUGAAUGAAAAGGUGUUACAGCACUAUAAAACGAAGAGUAAAAAUAUUUUUAAUCGUGUGUCAUUCCUACUUAAACACAUCCAAUUCAAAAUGAAUGUGGAAAGACUUUUUUAAAAAUUCAUGGGCAGUAAUGGGUAAACACAAAUAGAUAAGCACUUGGUGGUAAAUCAGGGUGGAGAGACCGUGGCCCUUCAAGUGUUUCUGGACUGCAAUACAAGAAUCACAGUCCAACAUCAGCUACUGUUGAAAAUUGUAGUCCAUCCAAAUCUGUAGGGCCAUCACUGUGCUAUAUAAAUAAUUCUUUAAUAAAUUAUCACCUGAAAUUAAUAUAAUUUUUAAUUGCUGCUCAGGGGAGCUGAACCAUCUCCACCUACAGCAGCUACAUCAUGCUUCCCGGUGUGGAGUGAACACAGCAGGAUGAACAUAGAGAAAAUGUGUGAUAUCCCUAAUUAGUAUGGAAAUGCAAUUGCAAUUCUGUUUGUAGAAGAGAGCAAUGAUUUAUUCACUCCUAGGAACCACCUGUUUGGAAACAGUCAAUGUUUACAUAGUUCAAUCCUCUGUUUCCAGAAGUAAAAGCAUUUUUUCUGCCUAUAUGCUGUUCAGGAUGUUCAUUUCAGUGUGCUCAAUUUGUCUCUGGUUUUGGAAGUGCUCAUACUUAUAGAUUUGGUUCUUGGAUCUGGUCCUAAACGUUAUGUAGGAUUACAACACAUGCUUCAGCAGAGCCAGUUAAUAUUACAAAAUCUCUUUUCACAAACUGCCAUUGUAAUGUGUUAAGCUCUAAGCCCUCUAAGGUUCAGGUUAAGUACUAAGGGAACUAAUGAGCACCGGGUUUUAAGUUCUGUACCUUUGUGGGAAUUUGAAAGCUUACACAACCAUUGGCUUUGAUAGAAUUGUAAAUUCAUACCUUCUUCUGAGAGAAGGCUGAUAGGGAGAUUGUUCUUAGGCAUACAGUUUCUUGAAAAUGUAAUCUACAGUUUUGUUUUUUAAGUGCUUUUUAAGUAUCCUAUCUUUCCACACCACUUUCAUUUUAGGAAAUGCCAACUCUUUAGUUGAUGAAUUUGUAGCGAACAACAUGUCACUCUCUGCUAAUUGCUUGGAAGAUGAUUUAAUCAACAUUGCUUUUGAAGUUUGCAACACUAAAGAAACAGGUACGUUUGAUGCUUUUCUAGAUCUUAUUCCUAUGAGCAAUUGGGUGUGUAGAGUCAGUGAAAGUUUGUACAUUUAUUUGUAACUUUUCAAUAAAACUUAUCCAGCCUUUCCUUAUAACGUUUGCAAUGUAAAAUCUAUGAAAAUCACUGCUUCUUCCCUGCCCCCCUGCUUUUUAAAUAACAGAAGGUGUACCUGCAUAUGCUUUUAUAAAGUAUUUGGAGGAUAUGACUGGGCAUAGCCUUGAGAAUGGUAAACUGCUCACGCUCUACAACAUGCUGGACCCGAAAAGGCAAAAUGUUCUUGUUGACAGAGAAACGUUUCAUGAAACUAUGAAAGAAUGGAUAGCCAUAUGCUGUCAAGAUUGGUAAGUGAAAGUCCAUUUUACUCUUCUCUGCUUUCCCAUUGGCUUUAAUUGAGAUACAAUUUGAUAUAAUUUCUAAAACGCAGAAGCAGUGGCAACAAGGCUUCUAUUUCUUGUACUCUGUUCUUCAUUCUUGGUCUCUGACCGCUUUGGGGCAAAGCUGGAAGCCUGCAUAGUCUACAGGGUGGGUAAUGGGACCAGAAGUAGAAUGGUAAAGCUAUUGCUCAUUACGUUGUUUCCCACUGCCCAAGCCCCUUUAUGCACACACCUUAAGUAGUGGAGCUAUAUGUUAUAAAGCACAUGGGUUACUUAGAUUCUCUAAAGAUUUACUUUUAAACUGCAGUUACAAAUGUACAGGAUAAUGUAUUUGCAUUCUAAUUGUAAUAUGGGGGCAGAAAAAUUGCCAAGGAGAAUUGCUGAAGAGCACAUCUGGUUCCUCAAAAAUGCCACAGUUUUGGCUAGUUUUCCUAAGAUGGCUUUCUUCCAACUGGGCUCUGACUCCAGAAUAAGUCUUAACUGUAAGGAAAAAUAGCCUGGGAUGGUGGCGGAGAGGGAUGUUUGUAUUUGGGAAAGUGGAAACUGAUAAAAGAACUGUUGAGCACUGCCUCCCUGUCUACAAGUUCUUUCCCGCAAAUCACCUCAGUCUCUACAUUCAGGUUAAUCGGCAGGUUUGGGAAACUGUUUUAUAAGCCAUGGGUUCUGCUAUGAUAUUUAUUUCAUUUAUUGUCUUUUUCUUUAGUAUAGUUUCCCCCCCCCCCCCGGUCUAUUAAGGACACAUUUUGCUUAUGAAAGACACACAUGGAGAGGGAGACAAUAGGGGUUGGAUAGUGUAUAGUACAACCAGUGCUUUUUUGCACCUGGAGCUUAGUUCUGACAACCCUCAGGUGGGUGCCAUUGUCAUUAUAAGAGAACCUCUUUUUCUAGAAAAACACUAACUCUGAGGUAGAAUUCUUUGAUUCUGUUUUGUUCCCUGCUGUUGACUUUCAGACUCAUGUACUGUAUGAUUCCCAAGCACUCGGGUAUGAAAAAUUGGAUUGAUUGUUGCCUAGGGAGACAAACAGAGGAGUAAUUUUAUAGAUAACAUGGGCAUUCUGUCUCUCCAUAUAUUACCUCUCUGUUCUGCUGGAUAUAAAUAAGGAUGAGGCUGAAGCCAAAUGUUCUCCUCUUAAUUUUUUGACUUCACUAUUAAGGUGACUGGGAAAUGCAUCCCUAAUAUAGUGCUGACAACUAAAACUGGAAAUUCUUACUGUCAAUUUCUGCUUAGCCUUUAUCGCUAGCUACUUGUGGAGAAGAUCUCAAGCACUUAGAGACAGUUUGAAGUGCAAUCCCUAGAUCAUUGUUAAUACAAAUAAGAUUUUGGUCAAAAUAUUACUUCACAAUAUUUUAUCACAUUAAUUCUAGGGUUUCUCUGUGAAUUCUAUAGCUUAUGCUUAAUAUAAUAUAAUGAAGUUGUUUGCAUAAAUUCAGUAAAAGAAUUUUGCAAGUUCUUGAAGAAUCAACCUUAUCAUUAGCAAAUGUCUUCAGACGGUUUAAGAACAGCUUUUUUUUUUUAACCUAGCAUUUCAGAAACAGAAGUUGACAAGUUCACUACUACCACUAACAGAAAUUUGCAUUGCAAUGGUGAGUAGGUGGAUGGCUUACUUCUCCAGUCAUGCAUUAUUCUUCACAGAUGUGGGUGCUAUUUCUGUUAAAAGCAGAAUCAGUCAUGACUUAUUUGACUGACUACUAUGAAUGCAGUGUUUGUGUCAGGUCCUGUGGUACCUCGGGUUACAGACGCUUCAGGUUACAGAUGCUUCAGGUUACAGACUCCGCUAACCCAGAAAUAGUACCUUGGGUUAAGAACUUUGCUUCAGAAUGAGAACAGAAAUCGUGUGGUAGCAGUGCGGCGGCAGCAGGAGGCCCCAUUAGCUAAAGUGGUACCUCAGGUUAAGAACAGUUUCAGGUUAAGAACGGACCUCCAGAACAAAUUAAGUUCUUAACCCGAGGUACCACUGUAUCUGGAACUGGCCUUGUGGGCUGUCCUGGGAAAUUUUUAAUCAAAUUAUCCAGGAGAAGCUGUAAGCCUAUGCUUAAUAAAGGACAAUUGCCACUACUACUGUCAUUAACUUGAAGGGCAUUACCCAGCACAAUUUUGGUCUAGUGAAUGUGGAUAGAAUGGGGAUGUGGUGGACAGAAUGUUGAAUGUAGAUCUGGAUUCAGUUCCUCACUAAGUCUUACUCAGUGGCCUAAGCUACUUCUGAGGAUUAUUGUGAGGUUAAAAUGGGAUAACAUCAAAGUGCACCUUCUGUUUUUCAUGCGAUGAUUGUAUUGGGUUUUUAUUUAAAGAAAAUUAGAUAUGCUUAAGCUCAGCUGCCUCAAGUAUGCCUAACACUUGCAUUACGGCCAACACCUACACAUUCAUUUUAUGUGCCUACUUCUCACAUGUUUGUGUUAGUUUUCCCAAAGCCUAGCUUGAAACAACCAAUGUCGCCAACACAAUGUCGAUACGUAUUGCAAAACAACAUUUAAUACAACACCCUUUCCCCCCUUGAACAGAUAUGAUGUCCUUCUUAUCUGAUGAAGAUGCUGACAUAUAUGAAGGAAGACCUGGAGAUUCUGAAAUGGACAUUUCCAAGUAAUGUUUAUGAAUAUGAAAGUUGAAGGAAUUCAGCUGUGUACAUUGCGUGGUGUUGCUGUUUACAUUGCAAGAGGGGCAACACCAUUGCCUCUUUCAACACAGUGGGCAUAACUCAAUACCCUCCUAUUAGAUUUUAUCAGCUGUAAUGGGUGGGGUCAAAAGGACACAUUGUUGAUCUUACCACCACAAUCCUGUCCAUGUCCUUGGCUGAAACAACUGAAUCCUACUAGGUAUAAUUUGAUGGUGGUCCAGGGACCUCCAAUGGACCUGAACUAACUGUGGCAUCAAGUUUAGCACAGAUCUGGGUGAUUUUGCCCAUAAAGUGGUUCACAAAUCUCUCACAGCAGGCUACUGACUGAUGGUUUUUUGGGGUGGGGGGUGGGGUUGGUCAAUGAUAGCACUCUGGUCUGGACCAGCUGGUUUACCACUCUAAACAGUGAAUUGCUGGGCAAUUUACUGAGGAUGUUACAGAGACAGAGUAUUACACCUCUGCAGGGAGGUUGAGUCAUAGCCAAUCCGAAGCUCACUAGUGAAUGAUAUAUCCAUGACGGUGGGGCAAUAUUCACCUACUGAUUUUUCUCAGUGCGCUCUGUAGCAAAAGCCUAGGACAUUAUCUGUGGUAUGCGUUGGGUGCAUGAUGUAUUGAGACAGCUCCAUGGUUGCCAUGGCUGCCAGGAAGUCCUGAAGUGGCCCACAUAGGGCAGCAUCAACAUAGAUACUGAUGACCCUCAAAACUAAUGUCUUGGGAUUCUCCAACAUUAUCCCUCCACCAUCUCAGUGAGGGAAGUUGUAGGGCUGCAAGGCAGAUGGUACUCCAACUAGAACCCUGUUCUGUGUCUGGCUCCCAGCACCAAGUACAAACUAUCACACCCAGGUCCCAGAUGGUCUGGCCUUCUGGUGAGAAUGAUGGGAUUCUUAUGGAUCACUGCCAUGCUCCCUCCCUAUCCCUCCAACCUUGACUGGCACGGCACUGAAUAACCAGGCAUGCAAAGCUAGGUAAAGUCAGCCCUACCUCCCCAGGUCUCUGUAACACACCAGAUUGGGCACCUCACCCAUGAUCAAAUAAUGGAUGAGAAUUGUUUUAUUAGACUGACCUGGCAUUAAGUAAUACUGGAUGGGAGGGCAGGCCAGCAUGCUACCCAAGUCUGUGUUGGGGGAAGGCUGAGCAAGGCAACAGGUGUCAAGCAUCUACUCCCUACUUUUCUAUGACAAUAUUGCCUAUUCCCUGUUCCAUUCCUCCCACACCCCAGGACCUUAGCGAUAGCUGCUUCCUGAAUCUUCCUCACCUUCUGUCUGUGCUAAAGGCACAUUAUGCUGUUGCUGGCUUUUUCCUCUGCCCCAAGGCCACUGUUCAACAUCAGUGGGAGAGCUCAGUAUCGUAUUACCACCCACCGAGCAUCCUGCGUAUGUACCCUCUAAUGGUUUCCAUGUUCUCACCAGAUUGCCAUUUCCCAGUAGUCUAUCUCUCACCAAGAGGCUGGGUUAGGCACAUACACAUCUGACAAGUUUUUUUCCUGGCUCUUGCCCAGGAAUCAAUCCAAUCAGUAAUCAAACAUUUUGCAGGGUUAAUGCAAAGGCUUGGACAAGCAAGUAUUAGCAUGAUUAUUCCUCAGGUUCUGUUCAUGUCAUCCCAGCUAGGAUGGGCACACUGGAUCAGGGUGGGUGGAUAUUAAGUACACAUUAGAUUAGCACUUAAUGACUUGUAAACCUGCCAAAGGUUAUAAACUGAGGAAAAGGUCUCUUAAUACUGAAGGCCUACAUUUUAAUUUAUUAAGGGCUUUCGACUUAAACAGCAGCGUUGAAGACUUAAAAUACAUGAAUCAGAAAAUGACUGCGCAGUUACUGGGAAUGCAGAAAGUAAUGGAGUUGUCUGAGGAAUCCUAUCUGCAAUUGACAGAUGAUAUUGUAGAGCUGAGAGACAGACUGGCAAGGUAUUAUUUUCUAAGUGUGUGUGUACAUAUACUCUCUCCUUUUCUCAUUUUUUGAAGCACUGUUUGAAAGCAUGUUAUUAUGACUGCGCUGCCAGUGUACAAAAAGGUCAACUCACAGAUCCAACUUCUUGAAUGGAUCACUUUAAGAGAAGUAGUUAGAUAGAUUGGUGGGUGGGUAAGAAACCGGACCAACCUGACAGAUCCUAUUCUGAUCAGUACUCACAUGUAGUUUAAAAACCAACAAGGCUAGGUGGUGCUGGGCUCCAUUUUCCAAAGCAGUGCCUUUUCUGACUUUAUAAGUAGGCAGUAUUAAUGUUCUAUUUAGUUUGCAACCUGUUCCUAUGCAUGUUUAAUAGGAGGUUUCUCCGAGUAGGUUCCGUGGGACUUUCCAGGCAAGUGGCCACAUUGGGAAUUUUGUAAAGAUGCUGUGGGGUGUGUGGCAUAAUACCAAAUGGAUGCUUUGGGAGUAAGGCAUAAUGGCUGCCAUAUCUAAAGGAGCAAAAAAAUUAAAAAGAACACAACCACAAAAUGCUGCAGCCAUGCCCCUCUCCCAUUAUCCCUUCCUCAGUGGUAGAAAAAUACACCUGUAUCAGCUGCCACUGUGCUUGCUCACAGAGAGAAGUUAUUUUCACUUCUCCUCUGUUCAGAACAGAUGUGAGGCUGGGUGUCCAAUCCUGGCAUCCAAUGAAAUGUGGGCAUGUUUGAAGGGCGUUCAGGACAGUAGAGACUGAGCUAGUGAAAACAGGAACUGAGUGGGAACCUUAUUGUGGCUUUUUGAAGCAAUGUUUACUAAGACCUUCUGUGGGUGCUAUACUGGCGGGACAACCCUGAUGUAACUUGUUGGUUCAUCUUUUUUUUUACUGCUUUUGUGCCUUGUCCAGCUUGUGAACUUUGCUGCUGCUUAAGAGCUUUCUAAAGACUCUACUGAAAUGUAUAUAACCUUUUCUUUUAAGCAUGCAGAAGCCUUUAGAAAACUACAAAAACAUAUGGCGUGAACUUGAAGACACCAAGAAUAAAAUGGCAAGCUUGCAUGAAGAGAAUGGUGUGAUCCGUAAAUGUGUCGCAAGUCUGGUAUUUAACAGCUCAUUUUUUACUGAGGUUGCUGCUUUGAGAGAGAUAAUGAAUUCAUUAGUAGUUGACAUUUUGACCCUAAUAUGUUCAGAACUUUAUUUUAUUUUUAAAUGGUCUUGCCAAUAAUCUGAACAUUUUUUACUGAGGUUGCUGCUUUGAGAGAGAUAAGUAUAAAUUCAAAAAAUGCUAUUUUUCAAACUCAUGCAUUGUUCACAUGCACUUUGAUCCUGAUAUCUGGAACUGGCUGCCAAUGACUCCUGCUAGUUGUAUGCUUUGCAGUAAACCCAAGUUUGCUGCCAUGUAAUGAAUGAAAUGACUGGGGGUUUGAAUGUAGGGUGCUUCAAAUGAUUUGAUGGUAAUCUGGCCUUUUACCCACUGUCCAUGAGCAUCCAUGUACUGGUGUUUUUAUGGGUACUUUAUUGUGCUUGAGACCCAAGGCUUAAGAAACCAGAUUGCAGAAAGGCCUUUGGACAAGCACGAGACCCUUACCAUAUAAUUUAUCGUGCCUUCAAACCCAGAAGCCAGCCAUUGUGAGUGGCAUUUUGAGCCCCUUACACUUGAAGCCAAGUGUUGUUCAUUCUGGCUUACCCAUUGUGCUUAUACAACCACCAGACCAGCUGCCGGGGGCUACAGGGGCAGCUUCUACUGUGGAUAAAGUAAAUGGGUCCAGACCCUUGCUUCAAGGCCACCAAGAGGGCAAAUCUUAAUACAGUGCCUAGCAAAUUGUAGCAUGCAGCUGUGAGACGUCACCGUUGCGGGUGGAGUGUGUGUGUCCUAUGUUUCAGUGUGUACACACAGCCUGUGUAGCACUUUAAUAUACCUCUCACACACUCAUGAAAACAGGGAUUUUCUAAUGAAACCAGUGGUAAUAACAAAAGGGCUACCUUUUCUCAACCAGCCCUGUCCAUGAUUAGCUACAUUGUCAUUUUUCCAGCCUUAAAUUCAAUAGUGCAGACAGACCCAUCCAUUCCUUACCUCCACAUAAGCUUUGUGUAAGCAAAUGCUCAAUAAGUAGUUUGUCUGGAAGGGCCCUGAGUCUCUCCACCCCCUAAUGCAUUUUCAUUCAUUUUCAUUUCUUAAAACAGAAAGAAAGCGUGAAGUCCCUUGGUAUAAAACUUGUUUCGCUAGAGGAGGUAAGUGGUUUUUUUGGUAGCCAUAAAAUUUGCCCAUGGGGCAUAUGUACAAAGCUUCUUGCAUCGAGUCAGACAAAUGGUCCAUCUAGCUUGCCAUUGUCUGCAGUGACUGGUAGCAGCUCUCCAGGUUUCUGACAGAGGUCUUUCACUGGGAGAUGCCAGGGAUUGAAGCAGAUACUCUGCCACAAAUCUAUGACACUUCUGAACAAACAUCUAAUAUUAAAGGGGGUGGGAACUAAAGGGAGGACUACGAUUUUGUUUAUUCAGUAUGCUAUAAUCUUAUUUCAAACAUUUCUUUUGCCUGGUGUUUGAUUUUUAUCAACAUAUUGCUUUUGUCUUGUUGGAUCAAUAUCUCAUAUUUGUUUUGAAGACUACUCACAUCUUCACUUCUUUUCAGUUGGUGAUUACAGUGCUAGUGAGUUAACCACCUAGGGGAAAAAACUGGUUGGCCUGAAGAGAUUAUCUUAACCAUGCUGCUGAUUUAAGUGUUUCUUUUCCAGAUGCCUUCUUUGUAAAUUCUGUAGUCUGCAGCUGAAUGAAACAAGAAAUCCAUUUACAUGUGUCUGCAUCCUUUGUAUUGUGAAGAAUAUACACAUUAUCAUAUAAUCAUUUUGGUAAUUUUCACUAAUCUAUCUCUUUGGCAUUAGAAUGCAAAAGCCCAUGAGGAAAGAAAUACUUCUGUGUUUGAAGCAUUAUUGUUUCUGCAUUCAAGGGAACACUUUAAGAAUUUUUUACAGGAGAUAGUCUCUCAGAAGGAUAGCAUGUUUCAAGCUCUGAUGGAAGAAAUUGUAAGUAGUUCUAUUACUGAAUGUUUAUUCUGGUGUUUCAUAUGUGGAGACUGUCAAGCAGUAAAAAUGUUCAAACUCCCACCUCCUCUGCCUAACUAGGCUCAAAUCUUUAAUCUCUCAUUCACCUCUUUUCUUAAAGGGCAGAAUAAGAAAGGGAUUACCAAAUAUAGAACAGGCUUCCGCAAACUCAGCCCUCCAGAUGUUUUGAGACUACAGUUCACAUCAUCCCUGACCACUGGUCCUGCUAGCUAGGGAUCAUGGGAGUUGUAGGCCAAAAACAUCUGGAGGGCCAAGUUUGAGGAAGCCUGAUAUAGAAUGUGUGUAUGUCGCAGUGGACUUCCAGGUAGGAGUUUAUUGUAGGAUUGGUGUUUUUUACGGACGUAGGUUUUUCACAGCAUUCACUCAACAUCAUUGACAUCAAAAUGUCAGUUUAUUCACUCCUCCUGCCCUUUAAUCUGGAUUUACACUUCCUAUGGAAAAUCUUGUUACCAAGAAUCUAUUUGCAAUAUCUGAACAAGCUAUUUGCAGUAUGAAGCCCCAUCUGGAAGCAACCACGGUGAUGUCUGUAUUGAAUCAAGAUUUGCCUUGAAUGUAAAGCAAACAAAUACAUUAUAUUUGUACAAAAAUAAUAAAUGUGAACUAGAUAAUGUGUCAGAAGAGGGCAGUAUUCAAUUAUACAAUCAGAGUAGAAGCUAGUUAAGUAAAAGGUAUGUGCCUUUUUGGUUAUUUUCUAAGACUUUAAUCUUAUGGGAUUUAUUUUAUGACCUGUAGUUCUGAUUAAACCUAGGCUGCACUUGGUCUUACAGUUAUUCAUGAGUCUUGUUACAGCUGAUAAAUUAUAAUCACAGGACUGAGGACUCUGUAAUAUGUUUCAACACCUGAAAGCAUCUUUUGUUCUGUAGUUUUCCCCCUUCAAACAUCUAUAUCCUUAUCUUUCUAGGAGCUGAAACAGAAAAUGGAUCACUCACUAGUAACUGUAUUACAGACAUUGGCCAACUUAUGCCCAUUCACUGAAACUUGGAACAAAGUCGUAAAAAGAUUAGAAACAUUUCUGGAAGGGCCACAACUUUGGAUGAAAUCACCUUGGUAUGUUUUGUUUUUCCUUAAAUCAAGAGGCAGCAAUCUUAAGCAUACUUAACUUGGAAGUAAAUCCUUCUGACAUUAAAUGGACUUGCUUCAGGGUAACAUAGAUGAGCCUUGGCUGCCAGAUUUUUGUACAGGAGCAAACAAUGACAUAAUCAACAAGAGUUCAGCUGCAAAGUGAAAAAAACAUUUUUGAGGCCAAAUUGUGAGUGGGAUGUCUGUCAUGAGCUGACUGUAAAUUGUCUUUUUGUGUUGGAAAAUCCAAUUGUGUGACUCCACCCGAAAUGAAAUAUGGGGGAGGGGAAUCCUUAAAUCUCUCAUGUUAAUCUCCACUCCCUCUUUGAUUGUCAAAGCUUGAACUUUUGUUCUGACCUAGAUAAGUAUCUAGUAGACAACCAGAUGUCACCUAGUAGACAGUUUUUAGAAGGCAAGUGGCAGGAGGCAGUUGUGGAUGCCAAGGAUAAUAUCACUUGGGUGUGCCACAAGGUUGCCAAAAUUGCUCAGGUGGAGGGUUGCUGUUGUUGACAUCCGUCUGUCUCAAGGGACAAUGGAGUGCGCCUCUGGGGGUGAAGUCAAUUUGCUACAUUAGCAGCACCAAAGUGACCUCCCUGGGAUGCAAGUCUGAGCAGUGUGUUUGGAGGUCCCCUCUGGAAUGGUAAAAUCUGGGACAUUUGAAAGGCACAGGAACUAAGCUUCCUUCAGAACCAGAAGAGCACCUCAGGAUGAUUUGCAAGGCAAUGGCGGGGGGGGGGCACAGGCCUAAGGUUAACUAAAAAGAAUUCCUGAAUGAGGGCAAGAUUGGUAAUUCUCUUGGGGGAUUGUGGGACUUAUGGUAAGAAAAUCAUCCUGGAAGCUGUAAAAAGGGAGGGUCAUCAGAAGUAGUUAGGGUUUCAUCCAUUUAAUCCUAGCCAUGUCUACCAAGAAGUAAGUCCUCCUGAAUUCAAUGGGGCUUCCUGCUAGGUAAGCAGUUAGGAUUGUAGCCCUAGUUGUUCAUUUUGAACAGGAAGUCACAUAUUUACAUUAUAUUGCAUUUAUAGAACAUAAAAAAUAAAUGGAAAAACUAUAUCUAAUGUAAGUUAGCCUGAGUGGAAGCCAGAGGGUUUCGGGUGGUUUUUUUUUUAGUGUUUGAAGGCUAUGAUUUAGCCAAAAUGGCAUUUAACUCACUCCAGUUUCUCUAAGGCUUAGAUAAAUGUCAGCUAUUUAUAACUCCUAAAUUUCAAAAUAAAACAUAAUACUGUUUUAAAGAUUUCAAGGCACAUCUUUAUAAUACUUUGCUUAGCGGUGUUUGUUUCUUUUUUAAAAAAAAGAAUUUAACCUUUUGGUACCUAACAAAAAUAGGAAGGGGAAAGGACACUAACAAUAGUGAAAAGAUAAAUCCUGCCAUCCGGGAACAUCUAAUCUCAUGUAUACAUUUCACUUUCUUUAGUGGGAUUGUGUUAUUAUCUGUGUUAUGGUUUAGUUAGUGUUUAGAGAGUCUUGCAUCUUUGUUUAGCGCUGGGCAAAAUAAAAUGGGAAAGUGAAUCCUUGUUCUAAAUAUAACCAGGAGGCGAGUUAAUAAAUCAAGGUUGAAUGGAGUGCACAGCCCACAGUAUGAAAAGGCCAUGUUUUUAAAUGAGGAAUUCCUUCUGUGCAAAGAAUAGUCAUGUGCCCAUUGGAAUUCCCACAGCACUAAGACAAGGCAACUCUCUUGGCUGGAAAACAUAAUGGCAAUAUUGGUUCAGAAGCCAAUGGUAUCUCAACUGAAUAUGGGCAGCUGUAUAUUUAAUAAAAUAUACAUAAGGGAACAACAACAACAAAAAUCCUAAUCUUUAUUGCCCGCCUUUAUUUUAUAGCCUUAAUGUUGAACUUCAUGAGGAGGAGGAAUUGGGUGAAACAAAUGAACAAUUGGAACAAAGCACACUUGAAGCAGAGUUUCAAGCUUCCACAAACUAUAUGAUGAAUUGUGACAGUUGCUGCUUUGAGAGAGCAAACAUCAGAACUUCCGAAGAGUACCAUGGAGCCAAUCUAAGCAAAAAAGCUUUGCAAAAUGUAAAUGCAAUCACUUUCAGCAGCCAAACGUUAACACAAACUCCAGAAAAAGACCAAAUAUUGGUACAGUGUCAGACAUGGAAAAAAUUGUUAGGAGGGAAAAAAUGGUGGAAUCCAGAAGGAAGGCUGGAAGCCAUUUUGGAAAUUUCUAAGACACUGGCAAAUGACAAUAAUACUGUGUUAGAUGAAAAAAAAGAGUCAUGUAAAGAGGAACAUAAAAUUCAGCCAGAACAAAAGAAGGGAAACCUACUUGCAGCUAUAAAACUGAAAGAACUGGUUCUUAGAAUUCCCAAAGAUCUCUGUGAGGGUGUAUCAGAAAGCAACGUGACAAUUCUAUACGCCCAACAGAUGAUAAAAGCACUUCAGCUGUGGAUUUCUGAAGGGGAAGGAAACUUUCUGUUUCAGGAAAACUCAAAAGAAACAAAGGAGAAUUUUCAAAUGGACAAAAGGAUGCCAAACUUCACUCAGGUAGUGUAUGGAAAGCAAAACUUAAUAUACCGGUAAUUUGAAGCUCAAUCAGCAUUAUAAUAGCUCAUUUCUGUUGCCUUCAUAGGAAGAUUUCCCUGCUUCAGUGCACUUUAUUAUCCAAGCUUCAGUUAACAAGCAGCAUGCAUACUGUACUCAUUUAGCUCAUUUAAGAUUUUUAAAAUCUGUACCCAUAGACUAUCUAUAAUAGCUAAACAAUUUUAUUAAAAUAGGUGACUACAUGAGGGUCCUGAAGCUAUUUUGAGCACAUAGAAGCCAAAGCAGCCAAAGUGUGGGGAUAAUAUCCAGUGUUAAUCAGAGUAGACCUGCUACUACUACUACUACUAAUACUUUCAUUAUUUAUACCCCCAACGUUUGAGAGCCAAAACACAUGCACAUAUGAGCACAGCUUCAUGGGAUAGAGCUGGAUAGCUCAGUUGGUUACAGCAUGGUGCUGAUAAUGCCAAGGUUGCAGGUUUGAUCCUGGGACAACUGCAUAUUCCUGUAUUGUAGGGAGUUGGACUAGAUGAUCCUCAGGGUCCCCUCCAAAUCUACAGUUCUAUGAUCAAUAGGAUUUCAGAAGGUUGUGGGAGAGAGGGACCAAAAAGGUCAUGUGCAUUGUGUGAAGACAUCCCCACCACAUCUCUAAUGGGAACAACACAGUGAUUUGACCUUGCUGUGUUUUAAGCUGCUAAUGUGAACAUACAGUUUACUUCUUUUCAGACACUAUAUGAAAAGGGGAAACAGGGAGCAAGCUGAAGCAUGACCAGCCUCCUCACAUUAAUUAUAAGGUCUGAAAUAGCCUUCAUAUGUAUGUUGUAGGUGUAGAGAGCACUGUCUACACAUUUAGGAAUUCUCUGCAGGGUUUGGGCAGGAAGGGGUUGAUGGAGCCCAAAGGAUUUGUUUAAACUUCCUUCAUUGUCCAUGGUAAAGCAUGCCAGUUUGAGAUUACUCAGGAGGGCUGCACAGAGCUAAUGCUUGGAAGAUGGCACCAACAGGCCUCUUGCAGAUUAAUAUUACAGACAUUUUGGAGAGGGAGCAUUUAUUUUUCAUGGUUUUGGUUGGGCUUCUUUUCAUAGUGAGAACAUAUGUUUUCUCAUCUCUACAGGGAUAAUGCAGCUUUUAAUAUUCAGAACUAAAAUAUUGUGUUUAUUCAGUCUGCAGAACCAACAAACUGUGAGGACUUCAAUCACAGCAGUGACAGCAUAACAUUUGUUGGCAUGAAAAAUGAGCUACCCCAUUGUUUUUCAAUGGCUCAUCAAUGUUCAGCACAUCAAGAAGACAACAAUAAAAUGAGUGGUAGGAGAAAACUUUCCCUAGAAAACGCUAAACAGAGUGUUGUUUCCUCUCUCCCACUAUGCAAUUUGGCUAAUAAACCUGGAAGUGUGUUAUGAAAUUGACUUUAAGUAUUCAGCAAACAUUGUAUCCUAUAUACCAGACAGAAAUAAAUGACAUUCCUACUUAGGGUUCCUCCAGACCCGCUAUUCAGCAUUCGUCUUGAUGUGCUUGCUCAAAGCUUAAGUGUUAGUCUGUGUCUUUACUGAGCAUUCAUUCUGAUUUGCUUAUGAGAUAGAUAAACAACAAUGAGCAUCCGUCCUGAUACGUUUGCAGUGAGGUUACACAUCUUCCCAUUGAUAAUUUGUUCUUCCCAGACUUUUCAGUGAAUGUCCCUGUCACUUUCCUAACCGCAAAAAAGGGGAUUUAUUAUGCUAGGGUGACAGAGCAUUUCAAAGCUCUUUAAUUGCACCAACCUAUAUUUCCAAUUUGUUCCUGAAUCCCUCCUGCAAAAUAGUGACAUUUGCCCCAUUAUUUUUUUUUGCCAGCAGCACACAGUUAAGACUGUCACUCAGUUUCAUGUUUUUUCUCCUGCCAACCGGACGAUCUCACCCUCUCAUUACUUUAACUGAUGUCAUUAUGUUUUAAUUUACCCAUCCCAACAACUCAGGUAUUUGCCACUGGACUUGCGGGCAACUGCCAGCUUCCUAUCCUCCCCCCACCUUUAAAAGUCUAUCAGAUAUAGAGGAUUCAAAGUUGCAGUUUUUGUUAGCAAAUUUAUUUGUAUGCCGCAUCUCCAUGAGCAUCAUUCCUGAUUAUUUAAAUUUCAGUUGUUGAGUAGGAAGACAAGUUAAACUGUUGCUAGGUAUAAUCAGACUGAAUUGCCUGGAGUUGUUCUGAUGGGUUAUGGUUGCCAGGCUAUUGUUGCCUGAGAUAGAGAAAAACAUAUGCCACAUCUAUACGCUUGAACGAGGAUGUUCAAGGCAAGGAUGGCACUGUUUCUUCAAAGUUUCAUUCUUUUCCUAGCAUUUAUUGUGUGGUUCAACGGUAUCAUUUUAAUAAGUAUCUAAUAGUACUUCUCUGGUCUCUUUGUAUGGGCAGAUGAAAAAUACUCUGAAAUGGAAAAACCUGCAUUGGUAAUGAAAAACAGAAAACCCAGCAAGGUAAGGAAAUGAGAUUAUAAGAACCUUUGGUAUUUUAUAUUUGAAAUUAAGCUAUAUUCAUGUAGGCAAAUAUUCAUGUAGGAGUUGUUUCCUCUAAUGGAACAACCUGCAUUUCCAGGCAAACUGGGGUUACAGCAAUCAUACCUCAUUCAUUUCCUGGUGUAGAGGUUUUUAAUGUAUCUUAGAGCAUUUCUUGGUAUUGAUAGUGAACAGGUAUUCAUUCAUUCCUAGACUGAAACUAAUUUCUCCAAAGCAAUAACAACUAUAUUAAUGACUUUCAUAGUGGGAUAUUGAACUACAUCAUGAUCAGCAAGCAGGUCUAGCUCUAGUAAGUAGAGGCUGCCUGGCAACCCUAUUGUGCUCUGUGGGUAAAGCUGGGUACAGAUGUAAUAAACUGGAAUAAAUUAACAGAUUCUCCAAGCUUUAUUGCCUUGCCAGAUAGGUUUUUGUUGGCAAUGGGUGGUUUGCAGAAAUUACAAGUGUAUAGGUAUUGACAAAAUGGGGAUAUGUGUCUUUGGAAAAGAAAAUAUAAUAGUUAGAACUCUUGGUGCUUGGGAACCAUUGCAAUCAUGGGCGUAGGCAGGCUUUUUGUUGGGGGACACAGGCAUUUUUUUGGGGCGGCAGAAUCUCAGUUAGCUAUGUAUUUUUAUUGAUUUUUAUUAGUUUAGGUGGGCGGCUGCCCCUCCCUGCCCCCUCCGGCUAUGCCCAUGCUUGCAAUGCUCUAAAGGAACAUGAGGUGGACACCUGGCUGAAGCUUAAGGACAUGUGGGCCUAGUCAGGGACUAGAUGGGAAACCACCUGAGAUGUGUGCUUUGUAUGUUACCUUGGGAUUUAUAAUGGAAAAAAGCGAGAUGUAAAAUACAAACUUUCCAAAUCUCAAGGGAAAGAAUUUUACAGAGGAGAAUAAGAAAACUGAAAUAACUUUGGAAAGUUGCAUGUAAGUAUGAAGGUUGAGGCUGAACUGGAGGCAACAGUCGGAGAUAGUUCCUAGGAGUAAGGAGUUGUGCCAGGAAAUAGGGGUUGAGGGAUAAAACCCUGAAUAAGGACUAGAAAACCACCAAAGAAUACAAAAUGCACCAAAGCUCAGGAAGACUGUGCUGCUUGGCCAAGGCACAACUAGAACAGGGAGGCAACUUAUGCGCCUUCCUAUCCAAGAAGAGAUCAUGGCCAGCCUGGGUGGGUGGAGUCAACUCAGGGCUUGAGAGUAUUUCAUUGUCUAAAUAAAUGCUGCAGCCGGCAGUUUGAGGACUUAUUAGGCCAGCCACACACAGAUCCAAGGACUUACAUGUUUCCAGGUUCAAAUUUAACAUUAUGCUAAAUGUGUAGCUAGCGACUACAUCUGAUAUUUUUCUUUAUUUAAAUACAGGCAUGGUGGGGUGAUUUUUCCAUGGGGACCACAGAUGUGGGAUGGGGAGGUUAAAUCUUUCUAUUGCAGUCACAGUAUGGGCAAGAAUCCCCCAUCCCAAGCUACAAAAAUUAGACAAAUGAACUGGAAUCUUUCUUAGUACAUCUGAUGCUCAUGCUUGAGGUGGGAUUUGGACUGCAGCUGGGGAAGGAAGGAUUAGAUUUAAAUUCUCCUCAUGCUGUGGACCCCAUGAAAGUGAGCCUCCUUCCCCGGCACCUGCAGUUUAACUAAGAAAACUCCCAAAUAUAGCUAGCCACACAUUUAACAUAACAUAGAGUACCCUGAGUUGCACUAGCUGGAGAGAAGAAGAGAUGGAAAUGGAUGCAAUUCUGAUUUAAGUACAGUUAUGUUUUUAGGAUCUUCCCCGUCCCCUCCGUCAUCUAGACAAAAUUGCUGAAUGCCACAUUAUUUUGUUAUAGUAUAUUCAGGACACUGGGCAGAACCCUGUCAGUGGAAGCCCUGCGUAAAGACUCCCACUUGUACAACAGGGCAUUCCCACCCCCCAUAUCCUCCCCCCCCCCAGCCUAUCCCUGCACCUCCCAAAAUUGGCUCUGGCAGUUCAGGAGAACCUCCAGAAUAGUUUGCAGGGGGAGAGGACGUGGGAUCAUUCCAUCUGGCAAGCUGAUAUGCCUGUGCACUCAGAAUGUUUGUCACAGUGCAGUGUUGAAUUCCAUCCACUAAAUGCUGCCCAUUUAAUGUAGGAUUAUAGUGUAAUGCAGUUUCAUCAGCCUAGUUUGUUAUACUCCCAUAUUUGUUGUCUACUUUAAAACAAAUACAGUACUGUAAUUCUAAUUCAGUUACUCUACUCUUAUAAAAUCUGACUGCAGAAUUAACAAAUAGUUGAACCAAUUUCCAAAUGAUCCUUAUUAAAUAACUUUUACUAAUGUAAAAGCAUUCAGGACUCCUCAAAAUUGCAUUUAAUACAGUUUUUUAAAGAUAGUUGUCGUUCCCCUUAUUUUACUGGAUUCUUGAUCCGUGUGGAAUAACUUUUUGUAGUUUAACAGUUUUGGUUUUUGAUGGCAUGUCUCUCUUCCUUGGGGAGUAAAUUCUCUUGCUAAUGAACGGAGAAUAGUGUUCCCCAGGCCUCUUUUGACUUUUGACUAAGAAUAACAUCUGUCACUACCAAGAAGCUGUGUGUAAAAUUAGAAUUUCUCAGGGCAGAUUGAGAACAAGAUUUGUUUAUGCCUUGUGCUUUUAAAAUAGGACGACGUUGCAGAGCUUGCUUUAUUGUUAGUGUGUGGAGAGAAUGAGUAUCUUCUACACCACCUAUGGAAAGAGGUUUCAUUUAUGGCCGCAAAAACUUUCAAAUAUAAUAGCUUGUAAGAACAUUGCUUGAUUUCUUGGUGAGAAAAUUUCUUUGGAAUAAAAUAACUCAAAUGUAUCUAUAAGAACUAGGCUAAGACCUGUACGAAAUGAAAUAUUGCCCAAGAACAUCUUUGAAACCUUAUGCAUGGCAAAAGCAGUACUGUAUGUGACAAAUACUUUAUCCAGUCUUGGGGUACCCAUGGCCAAAAUGUACAUGGCCAGACACUCUUGACUGUGUGGUAGAACAUUGGUUUUCAUACCACAUUCAUUAUCGGUUGAAGCUGCAGUUGUGCACAGCAGGGCAGAAGCUUCAGUGGAAUGUUGCGGAAGGUAGUAUUGUCUGCAGAAGUCCAUAUCUUCCUUUCCUAGGUAGUAUACAUUUCACAACAAAGGGCUUGGGAUGUUUGAUUUUUUUUAAACUGAGUCUAGAUAUUUCUCUAAAUCUAUUUAUUUACAAUAUGUAUAUUCCACCUUUUAGGUGGACAAUGGGCUUCCAAGUGAAAGGGUGCUGGUCCCUUAUUAAGGCUCUUGGGGUGGAGGAGUGAUGAUAGAAAAUAGAAACUGCUUCUAGUGUUAUAACUAAGCAAACUUGCAUGUAGAAAUACUUCAAUUUGCUCUUGGCACAUUCUGUCAUUUGUUUUGAAGGUAUCAUGGAGAGUUUGGUGCAUAGUUUUAUGAAACUGGACAUCCCCUUUUGUCUUUAGUUUUUCUGUAUUGGUGGGGUUUGAUUCUGUUGCUCAAGAAUGGCAAAAUGUCCCCCCUCCAUGUCAAACACUUUCCCAAUCUAUGUCUAAGCGAAUUCAGAUGAAUAGACUGCCUAAGGGCAAGCACACUUGGUCUCUGGUAGCAUGGUUGUUUGAAGUGCUAUUUUUCUAGAAAAAGAGGUGUCAGAACUCACCAUGAACACUUCCCCUGUUCUCUUAUAAUGGCAAUGACAGGGAUGCAUUCUGGCCCCCACAUUGUUCUGCCUAUUCUUAAAUGACCUAGAAGUGAGCCUAAUGGACUCAGAUGGACACCUUCCAAAAAUAGGAAUGAGAAGGACCCCCUUGUUAUAUGCGGAUGAUGCGGCCAUCAUUUCACGUUCCAGACCGGGUUUGAAAUAUCUGCUGAGGAAGUUUUCUGAUUACUGUUUUGGAAAUGACUUAUCCAUUAAUUACGAAAAAUAAAAAAAAUUAGUAUUCGAAAGAAGCUUCUCCCGAUUUAAAUGGGUACUGGAUGGCCAUAACCUUGAGCAGAUUAAAUACUUCAGUUAUCUAGGGCUCACUUUCCAUCAUACAAGAUCUUGGAAGUACCACUGGCAAACCUCCCUUCAAAAGGCGGCAAUCACAAAGCUAGCCAUACUCAGAUUCUUUUUCACAAAGGGUAUGUUCCAGCAAAUAUGUUCCAGCAGCCUUAAGGGUUUUCAAUGCAAAAUCCGUUCCCCAACUCCUGUACACUGCAAAUGUCUGGAAUAAUGGGGACCUGCCUAAGCUAGACGGCUUUCAGGCAAAAUUUCUAUGAUCUCUGCUGCAGGUACCCAACUGUGUCCCCUACUCCGUACUUCUGUUAGAAGCUGGUGAAUGCCCAAUUACAACUAAAGCAUGGUGGGCAGCAACUGGCAGAAAACCAUGGCUAGAAAAGCCACCUCUAUUGUUACCCCCCCCAACUCUAUUACCUGGGUUAUGAAGGCGCCCUAAAGAUGUUAAAGCAAAGAUUAUGGGUUAAUACACACAGUGACUUGCGAUCCCGAUCACAUGCAGUCUGUAGUCCAUUGGCAGUAGGAGUACAAUAUGGGCAUGUCUUUAAGUUAACACCUUACAUUAAAAACUGACAGUACCAAAUUAUCGAAGGUUAUUCACCAAAGCCAGACUAAACCUUUUCCCUUCUGCAGUGUUGGAUGGCAGGUUGAGAGGAGUUCCCUACCAGGACAGACUUUGCUUGUGUACCUAGCAAUUGAGUCUAUAAAACAUAUUUUUCUGCACUGUGCGAAAUACGAGCAAGCCAGGGCUGAAUUGAUAUUACCCUUGCUGGUACCUUUCCUGGGAAAAUCAGAGGCUCACUAUGUCAGGUUCCUACUGGAAAACCAGACAAACACUAGAACAUUAGCAGUGGCGAAGCUUUUUUGUUUUUGUUUUAUAAAGGUUUUUAUUAAUUUCCAAUACAAUAUACAUAUAUUACCAUAUCUAAAGUUUAUCACAAAUUAUAUAUUAUGGACUUCCUUCAGCUUAUCUGCCAAUCGUCCGUAAUUAAAUUUUAGUUACGCAUUUCCUAAAUUUAAUACUGCCUUUUUAUAUACCUUCCCAAUUGUAAAGAGUAUGGGUUGCUCGUGCGUAAGUUGCCGCCUCUCCUGGCUUUGUUGCCUUGUUAAACCUUUCAGUCUGGACAGACCUUCACUUCGUGGCUGCCUCAGUCGCUAGCAGAAUCCGUCAGUGGGCGUUUCUUAAACCGUUUCCAACAUAAAAGUUGUUUGACACCCAGUCUCCUCCUACUCUCCCUGCGCGGAAGUCUUCUGCGCAGGGAGGGCGUGGGUAGCGGAGGACCCGUGCUCUCCCCGCUGGUGUCCGGUAAAGAGUCUGGGAGCCCUCUCGCCGAUUCCCCAUCUCCCCUCCUUAUUCCUGGUGCUGCGCUGAAUUGCUUCCCCAUCUGCUGAGCUGCCUCUCUCCCUGCUGGGCCCUUCUCCAGCAUCAUUUGAGAGCCUUCCCUCCGCCUCUAGCUCCGAUGUCAGUUCCCUGACACCAAUCUUAUUUUCUUUUUUACAAUACUCCUCAACCUUUCACAGAGCUUCUUGAAAUCCCAUAAACGUUGUUUGUUCAUCACAUAUAUUUUUCAGAUACUCUACAAACUUUCCCCAGUCCUCGAUGAACUUAUGGUCUCGUUGAUAUCUAAUCUUCACAGUUAAUUUGUCCAGUUCUGCAUAGUCCAUCAUUUUCAUUCUCCAUUCUUCCAGGGUCAGUAAUUCCUCCUGUUACCAUCUUUGGGCCAUUAAUGUUCUCGCCACUGUAACUGCAUAUUGGAAAAUUUUACAGUCCUUUCUAUUUAUUUCAUUUCCUACUAUUCCUAACAGAAGAGCUUCUGGUUUCUUUACAAAUGUAUAUUUCAACAUCUUUUUCAGUUCAUUAUAUAUUGUCUCCCAGAAACCCUUCACUUUCUUACAUUCCCACCACAUAUGAUAAAAUGUCCCUUCUUUUUCUUUACAUUUCCAACACUUAUUACAGGUUUUAUACAUUUUCGCUAAUUUGACCGGUGUAAUAUACCAUCUAUAUAUCAUUUUCAUAACAUUUUCCUUUAACGCAGUACAUGCUGUAAAUUUUAUAUUUUCCUUCCAUACUUUUACCCAAUUAUCUAGUUGUAUAUUAUAUCCAAAAUCUCUAGCCCAAUGUAUCAUAACCGACUUGACUUCUUCGUCCUUCAUAUGCCAUUCCAACAACAUUUUAUACAUUUUUGAUAAAAUUUUACAAUCAUUAUUUAUUAUUUCUAUUUAAAAUUUUGAAUCUUUUUCAACAUAUCCAUUCUCUCUAAGAUCCUUUUUAAACAUUUCAUUUCCUUGAAAGUAAUGCAACCAAUCAAGCAGUGGAGAAGUUUUUAUCGGUGGUUGCAAGAACCAAUGAUCCCUAUCUUUAAGUCUGAACAAAACGCUUGUUUAACUUGGUGGUAGGCUGUCUGAAUUGUGUAUUGCUUUGUAAUGAUUUGUUGGGUCUCUGGACCAUAAUAAAGAUUGAUAUAAUGGCAAUGAUGCCCACCUGAGAAUUGCUGGAACUGAGUUCUGGUGAGUUCCGGCUGAAAAAAGCCCUGAUUUUUUGUAUCAUCUUUCUAAGCCGUGGGGAAGAUUUGGCUUGCAUCCGAUAACAGAUGUGUGGUUAAGAUGGUUUUGUGGACUUUGGAAGAGAGAUCUUGACCUGACAUGACCAAGAGUAGAAGCACAUGGACACAAUGAAGCAGUUGGUGAGACAGACCAUAGCUAUAGAGCUCCGACUGAUAAGAGGGAUACCCCACCCCCAAACCCUGGCCCACCCCCACCAGGCUUUCUGUGUGUCUUAAUUGCUUCUCAUCUGCUGCAUUCUGUGUGCUAUUGUAGAGCAGGAGGUGCUUGGCCUCUUGGGUGAAUUGAGCUUGGCAGGCCUAAGGAUCCCAGUUCAGGCUCCACAGGUUCAAAGCUGUUAUGUUUCAGGUUUUGUAUCAAGACCUCCUGGUCAUGUUCUUCAGCUCAAGAUGCAAUGGCCAUGGGCUUGACUGGCUCAGUCUCUUCUCUUUCCAAACCUCAGCUAUCACUCAAGGCCAGGACCAUGACAGGCAUUAUUCCAGAGGUACCAGUCAUAAACAUUUCCAUUCUGUGUUCAUAAGGUGGCUCAGUGGCCUGAGGAAAGUUGGUAUCAGUGGUAAUAUGGUAGUAACAUCAUUAUGUUAAGCUUGAAAGCAACAGAGCCUUUUUGGAGGAAACAGACUAGUCUUAGUAGAGAUUUGUCUAUUUUUGUAUUGUGUUUGUGUCAAGCUUCUGACAUUGAUUGGCUGAGCUAGUGCAAUGACAUGGAGCAUUCAGUUGCCCAGGGAACAAAAAGAGUUUGUGGUCUAGCUUCUGUGAAGAAAGGGAAUGUUGCACACAAGAACAGGGUGGCAUUGUAGGAGAGCACCAAGGAGGGAAGAGGUAAGGAGGUUGAAGAAAGAGAGUAAACCAGGCACUAAGAUUGAGAGAGGGGUGGAAGAGGAGGAGGCUUGGGGGAAAGGGUAGAAGAGGCAGGGAAUUCAGGCAAGAUGGGGCUAAUUGGAGAGAACUCCGUAGAAUCUGUGCAGCAAUUAAGGUCAGAAGGGACUUUAUGGCUGGGGGAGAAGCAACAGAGUGCUAAGAAACCAGGGCUGGAUCUACAUUAAUCUUUUAAACGUUAUUAGUUAUAUCGUUCUAUAACAUCACCUUACCUUUAACAUGCUGUUUCCCUAUUGUGGGUGGCUCAUAGCUCUGCAGUGCCCUCUGGUGUCAUAUUUUAAUAACGCAUUAUUAACCACGAGUGUAGAUCCGCCCCAGGUCAAGGGACAAAGCAAGUGUGGCCUGAAAAGGUAUAGAAGAGAGAAGGGAAGGUACAGAACUGAAGAAUGAAUGGGACAAAAUUGGGGAAGUAGGAUUGCUGCUGUGCACUACUGGUAGGAAGGAAGUCGGCCAUUGGGACUCGUAGGGCAGGAGACAGGGAGGUCAGCAGUAGGUGGAGACAGAAACAACGAUAGGUGGAGUCAACUAAUUCUAGUUUUGUCCCCAUCUUCCUCCCUACUGAGUUCUACUGUCCCCAUCCUCCUCCCUACUGGGAACACUGACAUUAAGGGGGAGGAAGCUGAUAGCCAGUGCUGCCCCCUGGACCGGAUAUAAAACAGAAGGUAGGCAGGUAGGGCAGACAGAGGUUGAUGGGGCAGUACCACAUCUGCCCUAAUGGACAAGCCUCCACAGGUUCACUGGGAGCAAUAUUCACUGGCCUUAAAAUUUUGAGAGAGCACAUUUAGCAAUAGAUAAGAGGAAGUAAAGCACCCUUUUGACUCAAGUGACAUGUGUUGGCUCAUAGUAGAUUAAACUAGUGGUUUGCCACAAUAGCUAACAGACUUUCCACCCAUAUACAAACUUACUUGUUGAUUAUGCUAGGAUGUUGUUUGCAUUCCUGUAGGAUCGUGGCGAGGAAACAGGAUGUGACUGUGCAUUAUGGUGUGACUAUUUCUUGGUGAACAGUAAAUGGGCACCGUUAACACUUAAAAAUGUUAUAUACAUUCUGUGGCAGUACUAAUACUAACUAAAAAGCCUUUUAAAUGUCUGUGACAUAUGUAUUAUGUCCCUGUGUGUAAUAUGAGACAAGUAUUUUGUUACAGACUAAUGGACUAUUAACAAAGUAACUAACAAAGUAUACAAUUGUUUUCAGAAAACUAAAGGAUUUGGGCAAGUUAUUGAUCUAAAAAUAGAUAUACUUGUGUGAUGAAAUAUCUUGAUUGGCAAAAUUGAUUGCUGCUUUUCUGGCUGCUGGAAUAUUCAGUACUGGCUCAGUUAGGACAUUUAAGUGUAUUUGGCCUUCUUAAUUAUCAAAUUAAAAAAACUAAAUGUGUUUCAUUCUCAGUCUGGUUUUCCAAGAAAAACAUUUCUGCAUCAGAUUACUGAACUUUAAAAAAUAUUUGCUCAUCUGUGAUAAUUGCUUCACGUAAAAAAACAACAAUCCUGUAUUGCCUAUGUCAGCUAAUCAUUUUAAAUUGGUGAAUGACUUCCAGUUGUGCAAACUUGAUAAAUGUUCAUCUUCCAUUCUGCUAGGAACCAUUCCUAAAAUUAUUUUCUAGCUUUGUCAAUUCUACCACUUUCUUUGAGGGGGGUGGAGUCUAUUAGACCUACAUAUGAAUGGAUAUGCAUUUUGUUUAGUUCAUCAUUAGUAAAUAUUGCAAGAAUUGCUGAAUAGAUAUGCCUGAAUUAUAAUGUAUUCUUAGGACUGAUCCACACUUUUCCAUGUACAAUUAGGUUUAAGCUUCAACAGAAGUCUGAAAGACUAUAUGGUUGAGAAAAUAGUAGGACAGAGACUGUGGUGGUACACACACAGACACACACACACACAGAGAGAGAGAGAGAGAGAAUGUGCUCUCUAUCUCAUGAAUGUGCCUCCCAAAUAUCUACAAAACUGCAUAAGGAUUACAUGUCCCCAUUUCAGGCUUGUUUUUACUGCCCUUUUUCUAUCUUUGUCCUAGGGUUUAAGGAUGUUCAGUCUUUUGCCAUUGUGUAGUUUACACUAGUCAUUGUUUAGUUACACAACUAGUUUGAGUAAGUCCUGUACAUGAGCAGCCAUUGCAUUGGGCAGAGUGAGGUGCCUACCUCAAGCAACUGAUUUUAGGUGUGAAGGGCAGCAAAUGUAUGGUUGUUUGUUUAUGUGUUUUUCCUGCCAGACAGGAGAAGAGGUGAUUGCCUCAGAUGCCAAAAUAAUGGGUACUGUGCACCUUGAUUUAGUAGGGGGUCGUUGGGCGGGUGGGGGGAGGUACUUUGCUGUUCUGGCUCAGGCCGCAAAAUGUCUUCUGCCUGCUCUGGCUGGGGAUGACAGAGCACUGGUGUCAGCAAAGCUUGUUUACAUUCUGCCUGCUUUUCACAAUGGUUAUCAUCAGAUUCUUGGAAGGUGGCUCUUCAUUUCCCUAAGUUCCUUUAUUUUCUACAUUUAUCCAGUACAGUUUUUAAAUGUGGUGUGUGUGUGUGUGUGUGUGUGUGUGUAAUGCAAAUGAUACUUAUGUAAAAGUGUUUUGGAAAAGUACUGACUGUGAACCAAGAGACUGCUUUCAUGAGCCAUAGAAUUAAAAUAGAUGGCUUAAAAAAAUUAACCCUUCCACCCUCAGAUAUUUUUGCAGAUAUAGACACCCAGUGCUUUUUCUGCUUUCUGGGGAUACUCGAGGGUACGCAGUACCAGCACCUUUCCCCCUCCAAAUGUUAAAAGGGUGACACUUACUGUGACAAAUUCAUGGUGAGUACCGGCAGCUUUAAACAAAACAAAACAAAACAAAACACUGCAGUAACCCAUAUAAUGGGAGAUGAUGUUAACAAGCAAGUGUUGUUUUUGAUAGUACAGAUGGAUCUGUGUGUGACUAUCAAAAUGCAAAUGCAAAUCUUAUUUUCAAACACAGAUUUAUCAGAUUCCCAGGAAUGGACUGGAGAUCAAAGUGAUAGAAGAGCUUUCUAUUUCAUGCCAUAGUGAAUUGAACUACAGAAAAGUACUUGAUUCCCCCCCCCCCAGGUUUGUUUAUUUCCUUGUUGGGAAUAAUAGUCUUCAAAGUUAACUGCCAUCUUAUUUAAAUCUGCUGUAACUAAAUGUAACAAGAAGAAUGCUAUCCAUUCUCCUAAUCAUUUAAAAUCCCAAUGAAACAUGAAUAGGAUUACCAUGUAAUUGGACUGUGAAUGAGGCCUUGUUUGUUUGUUUGUUUGUUUGUUUGUUUGUUUGCCUUCUUUUAGGGAUUUAUACCCUGCCCUUCAAUAGAAUUCUCAGACCAUCUUAGAAUUAAAACAAACAAACACAAAAUAUGCACAAGAAUGACAAUGAAUAGCAUUACUGGAUUGUCACAUGUACAAAACUGAGGACUGGACUCAUUUUCCUCUUUUUGUAUUAGAAGGCUGCAUACUCUUACAUCAUUAUAAUUUUGCUAGAUUUAGAGUACAAUUCUAUACCUGGGAUCUGAUGGCUGAAGAGUGGUAGAAUUUGGUGGGAACUGCUCUGUGUUGCAUAAACAAGCACUGGCGGAGGAAGAUGAGUGCAGGGGGAGUGCACUGCCCCCGGGAGCGCGAUCCUGGUGGGGUGCCAUCACGGCUCCCCCCCGCUCACGCUGGGAGCCACGCCCCUACAGGCGGCGCACCAUGCCCCCGGGACACGCGCCAGCCCCGCCCCCGCCUGCUCUCCACCCCCCACCCCCGGUGCCGGAGCAUGAAGCUCUGCCACUGUAAACAAUUCUACAAUAUGCUGCUGCUGUGGGGUUAAUAGAGAGCUAAUGAUGUUGCAUAAAAAGAGCAAAUGCAACUCAAUCCCACAUCACUAAAAAAUACGCAGAGCAAAGCUGCAAAGACCGGGUAAAUAAAAAUGUUUUUAUCUGGUAUGUAAAAACAGAUAGUGAUAGUGCCACAGGUACCUCCCUGGGGAGGGCAUUCCACAAGUGGGGAGCCACCAUUGAGAAGGCCUGUUCUCAUGUUACCCCCCCCCCCCAAUAUCUCCCUUGGAAGGGAGUACACAGAGAAAGGCCUUCGAUGAUGAACGCAGGGUCCAGAUUGGUUCAUGUAGGCAGAGGAGAUCCUUGAGCUAUUGGAGUACUGAGCUGCGUAACACUUUAUAGGCCAAAACCAGCACUUUGAAUUGGACCUGGAAACUAAUUGGUAGCCAGGUGCACUUGUGCCAGGAUUGGUCUUAUGUUCAGGCCAUCUUGCCCCAGUCAUUAAUCUGGCUGGCUGCUGAAUUCUACACCAAUUUCAGUUUCCAAACCAUCUUCAAAAACACCCCCACAUAUAACACAGUCAUUUUGGUAAUCUAACCUAGAUGUUACCAGAUCAUAGCCAACAGAAGUUGAGCUAUUCCUGUCCAGAUAAGGGUCUAGCUGGGUCACCAGCUAAAAUUGAUUGAUGGCGCUUCACACUACCAAAGCCACCUGGACCUUAAGUGAUAGUAGUGAAUCUAGAAAUACCCCCAAGCUUUGAACCUACUCCUUCAGAAGGAGUGUAACCUCAUCCAAAGCAGGCCAUGUCCCUCCCACCCAUUUGGUCAGGUGAACCACCCACUAAUAGUGCAACAGUCUUAUCUGGAUUAAGCUUCAGUUUAUUGACUCUCCUCCAGUCAAGGCCAAUACAUCAGUCUAACCACUGCCACACUUGCAGAUGUAAAGGACAUAUAUAUCUGUAUAUCAUCAGCAUAUUGGUGACACUGUACUACAAUUCUUUGGAUUACCCCUGCCCUUCAGUAAUUUCAUGUAGAUAAUAAACAGCAUAGAGAAUAAAAUUGAACUCUGUGCCUCUGCAUACUGAAGGCUCCAUGGGGUCAAAUACUAUACCACCGCCUGGAGAAGGUCAUCCAAGUAGGAUUGGAAGCACUGCAAUACAGUGCCUCCCACCUCCAGCUCAGAUAGCCACUCCAGAAUGCUCUGGUUGAUGGUAUUGAAAGCUGCUGAGAGAUCAAGGUGGAUUAAUAGGGACAGACUCCCAUUUCUCUUUCUGGACACAAGUCUUCAAACAGGGUGACCAAGGCCGGUUCUGUGCCAAAACUGGGCCUCAACCACGAUUGAAAUAGAUCUAGAAAAUCAGUUGCCAGAAUCUUGCCAAUCUAUUGGAAGUCACUCAGAGAUUGAUCAGUAGAUUCUUCCCAUCUAUCACAUGGUGUUUUAGAAAAUAUAUUCUACUUUUCUAGCUCCUUUAUCAUGGUUAAAAGAUCUGGCAUUUCACUUUACAUCUGACCUCCUGGUUGUUUGAGGUAGAAUGGAUGGAAGAUUGUUAAAUAAGGCAUGAGAAACCAUAUUGGCUUAAUAUAUCUCUAACAUUAAACAUGCAUCCAUUUUAAAUUUUGAAAAGUAUUCCUUGAUCAUAUAUAGAGUGCUUUUCUUCAGUAGUGAGUAACUUCAAACAGCCUACAUAUAUCAGUAAUUUGGGAGGUGAAAAGCUCAGGAGGUCUAAUUCUAGAAAACCCUGAACUUUGGUAUCUCUUGCUUGUAGAAAUUAAGUACUAAAUGUUGUUGUAAAAAUUAAAAGCUUUGUUUUAAGAUAAAACUAUGAAUCAAAAAAGAAGUUUUAGAAAGAAGAUUAACAACCUUGGAACAGAACUCCAUCAGUGGUUCAGAUUUUUAUUAUUUUUUAAUGAGAUAGACUUUGAAGAAUCUCAUGCUCUUUCUAGCUACAACUUCACAAUGCCAUGACUUUUUAAUGCUUUGGCUUUUAAGAGGGGUUUUGUUUUGUUUUUGUUUUUGUUUUUUUGGUCUCUUACACAGUCUAGGUCACUGACUGGCUGUCCCUGGCUUUGUUCCAUUUCUGAACUCUUCUUUCCUUUGUGGUUUGUGUCCCUCUCUGUAUGUUCAGUUGUUUAUGUCUUCGUGAGUCUAGUUUUCAGUAUCAUUCCAUCAGAAGGUUAAGUGUCUCCCGGGCCCUUCAAUAUGUUAAAAAGUAGAAGAAAAAGUUAAAACAACAACGCUGUGAUAAAAUGAAAAGUCUGUGUGUUGGUUUGUGAAAAUCAAUUUUUAAAGUUGUGCUGUUGCCCACAUGGACUUCACUGCAUGUAUGUGGGUCUGAAGGAGUGGGAGAGAGAUGCCGUGCGACAAAAAGAGAGGGAGAGAUCUAUGUUUGGUUGUAUAGAUGGGUGGGGGGAGAUAUAUGCAUGUUCGUCUGUGGUUUGUAUGUGUACAGUGAGUGCUUGCAGGUGCUGCUCAGGUGCGAGGAAGAGUGUGGUGUGACUACCUUAUAUAUCUUCCCUGGCAUCAGGGAAUGUUUUCUGUUGUUGUAUGGGGAGGGGAUCGAUUUUGUGAGAUCUUCUUAAUCGAAACAAGCAGGGCAUAACUGACUUCCCAUGGAAGGUGUUGUCAGGUGGUUGUCAGGUGGGGGUGGGGAACAGAAACGAGUGCAGUUUCUUUUAUUUUUAGAGAAUGCCACAUGGGAACCAUUUUGUGAGUGGCACCAAUGGCACCUUCUCAAAAUUCAGAAUGUGCCCAGUGAAGCAACAUGUCUGGCUACCCCUGCUCUACCAUCUAUUGCAAGUGCAUUGCUAGUUACUUAAAAGAUUCAGGGCACAGGCCUAUGACACUUAUUUGUAUAUAUGAUAAUAUUCAUGUGUAUAUGCUUAGAUCUCUGAGCAGAUGAAGAUGGUGGGGUGUCACCAGUAUUAUGCUUUGCAGCCCUAUAAGCACAUUUUUAAAGAGCAGAGAAAGAGGCAGACAAUCCAGGGCAGACAAAAGAUUUUGGCCUCAGACCUCCAAUGGCCCUGGUCUGGAGUCAUAGAAAUAAAGGAUUUAUCGAUUCCUUGACAGGCUAGGAAUGAUUCACGAACCACAAGUCUGACAGUUUAGUUUAUGCUACAUGAGCUGUAGAACUGGCCCCUAGGCAAAGUUUUGUGUACAGAUACCAGCAGAUUGUGAAAAUAGCCUCUUUUCUUCUCAUGCAAGUUGUAAAUAGCAGCCCCUUGAGUUUACAUUUAAUUUUUUUUUAACUUUCCCUUCAAGGACCUCAGAGGGGUUUACAUUUAUUCCCCCUAAUAGGAAAACACUAUCCUUAUGUGGAGCUAGGCCAAAGUUCUCUAAAUAUUUGCAUGUACCGGUACCUAGUGGCUUGGGCUAGUGCCUUUGCCCCAAAGGGCUGUGUGUAUUUGGAAAUCCCAGAACGAUUGCAUUUGCUCUUGUGUGCACCUGUGUUAAGGGUUAACAAACACAUCACUUCAGUCUUGCCAUUUCAUCUGCUUCCUCCUUGCCCGAUUUAAAUUUAGUUAUUCAGAAAUGAGUAACAUUCUCAUGUUCUGAAGCGUGUGCGAAUGCAAAUGGGUGUUCUGCUGGUAUUUGUUCUUGGCAUUUGUGCUGAAAAGGGGGAAGCCUUUCACUCUAAUUCCUUGAGACACAGAAGAGACUUUUUGAAGAGUCAGUUAAAAACAAAACUCAUUUUUAACGUUAGUUGCUCAGCUUGCUUUCUUGAGUUAGAAAGUGCUUUAGCUUAGUUAAGGGAGCCAGAUGUAACACAUUGACCUUAAAUGGUAAAAGCUCCCAGAGUGAGCAGAAGGGAGAGAGAGAGCGAGCGAGAGGGAAGCUUCCCCGAAGGGGGAAAACAAGAGGAAUAGCUCAGUUUUAGGUAAGUAAUCUCAGUAAACCAAGAAUAAACAGCUUUCUUCAGCUAAGAUCCAAAACGGAAGGCUUUCCCCUCCUUAAAGGUACAGUACCUCAUUCUUAUGCUUUACGUGGGUGAAAUGUUAUUGAUGUGCUGGAUUUCAGUUUCCUAAACAGGAGUAGUAAGGCUGCGCACUUGACUGAAUCCUCUUCCCUUUAAAAGUACACAACCAUCCUAAAGAAAUGUAAGCGCUUAGUCUGUGCUGAAGUCUGAUAUUUAAGUAAUUUUAUCAAGAGAACAUGUCCUUGGCUUAGAAUCAUUAGCAGCUGCCCUGUGCUUUUUGCUAACAAGUUGAAAUGAUUAGCUACUACUCUGAUUGUUUAUAAACAAGUAAGUGUAAAAUGAGCUCACUGUAACAGUAGCAUGCUAUUGUAUGAGCUUUUCUGCCACAUGGUCCCUGAACAGAAUAUAUACCAGAACUGCUUGCUUGAUGGAUUGCAUUGUAGCCUCUGGAACCUGUCUUUUAAGAAGAGCUUUGUGGAGCUGUUUCUCUGGUGUAGUAGUCCAUAUCUGCUUUUAAAAGAAGCUACUGUAUAACUAAGCCAAGGGGAUCUAGGAUAUGAGGAAGUUUUUUAAUUUCAUGUAAAAGAUUAACAAAUAUAUUAGAGGAAGGAAUUGGUGCAGUUAUCAUUUUAGCCACAUGGGUUGCAACUCUAAUUUACUUGUCAUGAAUUCUUUUAAAGUAUACUUCCUGGGUGUUUUGACUUGUGUGAAAAGCAUAAUUUCAGCUGCCAUAAACUGAAAGUUUCAAUAUCAUAUUGUUUAUAUUCACGUUUACACAUUCAUGCAAGAAAUUGUAAGCUGGCCAGUAUUCCAGUUCUACAUGGUAAAACUUUUCUUGUGGUACUGAGUAUUUUAUGAGGAAUGUGGCAAGAAUAAUCAGAGUUUGGACAGUACAUAUUUAAAUAAGCCAAGAACUCUUGCAUAUUGAAAUAGUUACUGUACUUUUUUGACAUUUGCUAAAGGUUGUGUUCUGCCCCAUCAGAUACUGCAGACAAACUAUUUUUUGGAUUGCAGCCAUGAUGUUUAAUGCAAAGCGCGAGGAAUACAGUUCUAUAUUCAUAGUGAGUGUCACUAUUUCUGUCACUCCUAUGGCUGAUCCAUUCUUAUGAAAAUAUGUAGCUUCCAUCGCUAUCUACAUUAUUUCUGUGUUUUUCGGCAUUCUAGAACUUGCAUUUGUUUCAUUUCACAGUAUCAGUCUGGUAAUUCUCACUUUCUUAUUUAAUUUAUAAUUGCUUUAUAGCAUAUAUGCUAUAUUCUUAGCUAGCCCAGUACUUAUGCAUUCAAGAACUUGAUCUAGUUAUAAAGUUGGAAGAUCGUUUGAAGGUCAAGUGAAGGCCUUUAUAAUACAUAUCCAAUACCUUACUUUGGGAUCCUAGAAACAAAGCGCCUAACAAUUCCUGAAAUACGUUUUCCCAUCUGAUAGAGAGCUUGUCUAAUCUAAACAUGAGAGCAGGAAACUGCCUAUUUUAUUGUUAACAUUUCAAAAUCUCUUGCUAGUUUGCGUGUGAGAGAGCAGAGCAGAGUGGGAUUAGGUGCCUAAAGAUUUACUGGAGGGAGGAUACUUGGUUAGCUCACUUCUGCACUGUUUGCAGCUUGCCCUCUAAGGCCAGCUGGGUACCAUCCUGCUUUCAUUUCUCAACUGCUAGAGAAAUGUUUAUUUGGUUUUAAACAAGUCUUAAAUCUUUCAAGGCGAACAGGUGAUGCACUUAACACUUACAGUAAGUACUGUGAUUAGCUAUGUGAAUUGUUUUAUUUUUCAAAUGGCUGCUGUGUGUGAAUACGGACCCAGCUUGGUGGCAUCAUUAAUACAGUAAAAAAUAGAAGUUGUACUAAUUUUAGUGCUGUGAAAUAGUAUAAUCACUUAAGCGUUAUGGUGGAGGUCCUUAGAAAUAGAGUUCUUUAUAGUAACCUGUUAACUGCAGUUUACCAGGAUGUGCAAGCUGGGCCAUUCUAUUUUGAAGGGCAAAACUUCUCUUCCCUUAAGAAUGAAUGUAUAUUUAGUUAAUGGAAAUACCAUGUGAUUGGAAGACACAGUACAGCAAAAGCACACUAUUGUGGAACAGGCCUCGAUGAGGCGUUAUACAACAGAGAUCCUCCAUCGCUUGGCUCAGGCAUCAAACGAAGCCUCGCAACAUAAGCCAAAUGCUCUCUAUUGGGAAUAAUUUUGUUGUACAAUGGCACUUGCCCACAUUAUUCCAUUCCUGCCUGUGUCAUUUCCCCAUGUCAGAUAAUAAGCUCCCAUCUGUGUUGCCAAUGUAACUGUGUAAGGGACCAUGUAAACAACUGUGAACAAUGAAAUUUACAUAUCACCAUUUGAGUGCUCAGAUUCAAACACAUUAACUCAGAAAUCCUUAUAACAACCAUGUCAGGUACUUUAGUAGAGUAAUCACUGUAUGUAUUCUACACUGAAGGAUGAGGGUGGUUUGCCUAAAAUUACCUAGUGAGUUCAUGGAUGAAUCAGGUAUGACUUGAACCAGGGACUAUGCAGGACCAAGUCUAUGGAACUAAUAAAAUUCAGAACUGCAUAACUAUAUACUAUCCUGAACUAAAUGCAUAGGGCAGUGGUGGCGAGCACAGAGCCGACAGAAGGCAAGGGCAGUGCAUUGAAUCCUCAGCUCAACUUGUGUCCAAGUAGAAGCGCCUCAGAUGGGGAGUCGGGGUGUGUGUGUGUGCAAAACGCAGCAACAACCUCCUGGGCGCACGUUUUCCCUUGGGGAGCCUCCACUGUGGGUGGGGAGGGCACAGCACUAUGCUCAGAAGCAUGCUGACGCAGCUCAGCUGGGGAGUGUGAAGCCUCCACUCCACUUCUGAGAGAUCCCCGCCUCCACUCCUGCUUUGCCCUGCUUUGCACGCAAGUAGAAACAGGAUCGGGCAGCUCAGCUGAGGAGCGCCUGGCUGCUUUCAGGUGGUGCAGGGGCUCUCAGAUGCAGCUUCUGGGCUGCCUCCACCUUCCCCAACCUCAGCAACUAUUCAGCCUGGCUGCCUUCAUGGGGUUGCCGGGGAUCUGAUGCAGAGGUGGGGGGUCCUUUAAACUUCUCCCUUGAGGGGAGUGCAGCUAUGAACCCCUCAAUGGAAAGUGUGACGGAGGCUGCACCUCCCCAGCUGAGCAGCCCCCACCCAGCUCCUGUUCCUGUGCAGGCAGCAACGCUGCCUAGCAGAGCAGCCCAAUUCCACUUCUACUUGCCUGCGAGCAGGCUGGGGGGGGGUGGCAGCAGCAUCCCUUGCCUGCUCGCUUGCCGCCCCAGUCCAGCCUUACUUCACUCAGCGCCUCCAGAGCUGGAGGCAGCGGUGGUUGCUGUUGUGGCUGCGGCAGCAGAGGGAGAUAAAUAAGUGGGUUUUGGGUUGCAGUUCGGGUACUCGGUCUCUAAAAGGUUCGCCAUCACUGGCAUAGCGUAUUGAUAUUGGGUUCGACUUUUAAAUAUCUGGUCAUAAAGAGAACACUGUAAAAUAAGUCAUAUUUUGUUUCCUUUAAAAAAGUUGAAGCUAGGAACUAAUCUUGGAAAUUGUUUCCAUGUUACUGCCAAUGCUCAGCUUUGAGACAUAUAAAAUAGUAAUUAAUAUAGUCCGUAGGAGCAUGCCUGAACAUGUACAAAGUAUUUUUCUCUUAGUAAGCAUAACUAGCCCUUUAUAAUCUGCAGAUAGGAGUUGUGGGGGGAAAUAAUUUACAGUUCUUGCUUGACAAUGUUUUCACAAAGGCAGGUUUGGGGCCUGGCAUUGGGAGUAGUUUAUAGUAGUUACAGUAUGUAGUUUUGCUAAUAUUCAUGGUGAGAUGUGAUGGAAGCUCUAAAAGCUGCUCUCUUCAAAGGCUGAAUUCUAAUGGCUAUCUUGUUCAGAAACAGCAAAAUGAAGAAGACGAUAAAGGGCUUUUCAUAUAGAAAUUGUCUUCAUGUAGAGGUGAGUUGUCCUUGGCCAAAUUCAAGCUGUUCAAACCAUCACUGGCAGCUCUUCUUGCCAGAUUGGUUUAAUCUCUCACCCUUAAAGAAGAGUAUGGUUCAUUUCAGGAUAACCUCACUGAUCAGGCUUCCCUCAGGUCGGCUCCUGGGGGAUUUAAAACAGCCUGCACCAGCUCCCAACACCCAGUUCUUCUUUGUCAGAUCCACUAAAGGGAUCCAUGAUGGAGUUGCUUCUGUCCAUUUGCCCAGACAGGGGCUUGGGCCUCUGUUCUCCCAGAGGCAGGGAUCCCCCUAUUUGAUGUAAGUCAUGGGAAUUCCCACUGCCGAGUUGACCCUGCAGACGGGCCGGAAAUCAAUGCCUAUGCCAAACCACUUUAUCUGUGGUCAAUAAAGUUGUGGCCUGAUUCGAUCCCAUUCAGCUGUGUGGUCUUGUUUAUUUGCUAGUUCUCCUGAACAGAGGAGGGGGAAGUGCACUGCCUGGGCCUGCAAAGCAGACCUCAAAAUGGUGCCACCAAGGAAGAAGGGGUCAAUGAAGAUCUACAUAAGGAACAAGCGGGGAAGAAAUAUUGACAUUGGAAUCUGCUGCCCUUGUUGCCUAAGGCAGUCACCUCACCUUGCGUUAUGAAAGGACUGGCCCUGGUUGUAUUCCUCCCCUGGUCCUGCUUCUGUUGUUACUGAGGGUUAGCCCAAUGGUUUGGCUUAGGGUCACAUCCAAACUGGGCUUACGGUAUGUGUCAUUGCAGGCAAACUGGGUAUUCUAACCAAAGUUUUCUCUUGGUUUUCUGCUCAUGGUUUGUCUGAGGGAGAUAAAUCAGAAGCCUGGAUUUAGGCAUAAUGUUAAGACAAACUUUGGCUUAGCCCUGGUAGUGCAGAAGUAGUCUUCUUCUUCUCUUUGGCAAUCACUCGUAGCCGAGAAAGAUUGUCUUCCAUAAGCACGGUUUUAACAAUGAGUCCAUAAGUGACUGUGGAGGCCAAUUCUGGAUCCACAUGUCCUUCCACAGUGGGGACAUUGGUUCCAGGGUAGGAGUUGAUCAUGGGGUGGAUUUGCCAAGAGUGCCUUCCUCUUAGCACGUUUCUCCCAUGUGUCCUGAGUUUGAGUGUCUUCAAAGCCCAUGACACCUUUGGUAAAGGCUGUUCUCCAACUGGAGCGCUCACAGGCAAGUGUUUCCCAAUUGUUGGUGUUUAUACUAUAUUUUUAAAAAUUUGCCUUAAGACAGUCUUUAAACUUCUUUUGUUGACCAUCAGCAUUACGCUUUCCAUUUUUAAGUUCCAGGCAGCUGUAAUUUUUAUUCUGGGAACCCACAUAUUUACUCAUUUGUCCUAAGCCAUGUUUUGGCUAAGCAUUAUAUGAGAACUGGGUUAGUGGUUAAUAGAAAGAAAGAAAUAAACAUAUAUCAUGGUAAAGAUCAUAUUUCAAAAUUAGUAGGUGUGUGGCAUCAGAUUUUAUAGAAAUAAGGCUUGUACAGUGGUACCUUGGGUUACAGACGCUUUAGGUUACAGACGCUUCAGGUUACAUACUCCGCUAACCCAGAAAUAGUACCUCGGGUUAAGAACUUUGCUUCAGGAUGAGAACAGAAAUCACGCGGCGGUGGCAGCAGCAGCAGCGGGAGGCCCCAUUAGCUAAAGUGGUACCUCAGGUUAAGAACGGACCUCCAGAAUGAAUUAAGUUCUUAACCCGAGGUACCACUGUAUGCUUGAAAGUUUUUCACUCUAUGUAAAACAAUUGUACCAAUUUCCCUCUGUAACAUGUGGGUGGGUGUGACAUUUUGUGCUCUUUCUUUUUUAAAUCUAGACUUUAUUAUGAAGUUAAAAUAACAAUCCAGUGUUAUUUCCCAUGUGAAGUAUGAAAUAAAAUAAAUAUAAAGAAAGGGGAGGGACUGUGUGUGUGUGUGUGUGUGUGUGUGUGUGUGUAAAAAAUCAGGAGUCCAUAGUCGUUACCUCAUAAAAUAAAGUACUGUACAUUCUCAAGAGCCUACACAUCAAAUUAGAUGAUAAAACAAAAACCAACCUUAUACAGAAAUAAUUCAAGCAAACAUUACAAAUAACAACUGUUGUGAAUACUGAAAAAAGUCAUAUUUCACUGGGAUUUGCCAUCCCUGUGAUUGUCCUGUCAUAUAAAGGGACCCCUGGCCAUUAGGUCCAGUUGCGGAUGACUCUGGGGUUGCAGCGUUCAUCUCGCUUUAUUGGCCGAUGGAGCUGGCAUACAGCUUCCGGGUCAUGUGGCCAGCAUGACUAAGCCACUUCUGGCGAACCAGAGCAGCGCAUAGAAACGCCAUUUACCUUCCCGCUGGAGUGGUACCUAUUUAUCCACUUGCACUUUGACGUGCUUUCGAACUGCUAGGUUGACAGGAGCAGGGACCAAGCAACGGGAGCUCACCCUGUCGCAGGGAUUCAAACCUCCGACCUUCUGAUCAGCAAGUCCUAGGCUCUGUGGUUUAACCCACAGCGCCACCCGUGUUCCUGUUGUUGCUGCAGUAGUACCAAUAACAGCAACAGAUUUAAUAAUAAUAACAACAGAUUUAAUUCCCCUUCAUUACUGUAUCUUGGUAAUCUUAGAAGAGUCCUGUAAAACAUUCCCAGGAUUUAACCUUUUAUUACAUGUGGAAGGCUGAGAGAGAGAGGCAGUGACUUACUUAUGACUAUUCUAUAAGAUCCUCUUUUGAACUGAGAUCUGAAUAGGGGACAUUCAACUAAUGAUUUGUUAAUUUAACCACUACCUCUCAAGCAUUAGGAAAGGAAACUUAUUUCCCCCUCAUACUAGGUUUGAUGAGAAUUGGUUAAAAAGAAAAAAAGCCUUCCUUCAAAAAAAGGUCUUAAUUUAAAUGUCCUGUUUUUGUGUUUGCUUUUCUGUUUUGAAGGCUUCCUCCCUUCUGCUGCUGUUCUGCAUUACUCAGGAUGAAUCCUGUACCACGUUCUGUACCAUCCUCCCACCACUGCCACCUUAUAUUUGCUGUGAAUAUAAAAGCACAUGCCAGUUUGACAGCCAAGAAGAUGCUAUAAAAAGUCUGUUGCCCCGCUUAAGUGCCUACUCCUUGUUACUAUGGCAAUUAUAUUCUUUAACCGAUGUGAGAAUUGAUAAUAGCUUAUUGCCACCCUUUUCUUGGACAGGAAGUUUCCUGUAAAGAAUGUCAGGAGUGCUCUGAAAUAUGUCAGGAGUGCUCUGAUGGUGUUUCCUGCUUGGCAGGGGGUUGGACUCGAUGGCCCUUGUGGUCUCUUCCAACUCUAUGAUUCUAUGAUUCUAUGAAACCAAUCAUAUUAGGACAGGAUUUUCACCACCACCACCUGCCAUAUGCUUUAUAGGGUGGGUGGGUGUGGCUGCAUUUUAGGUGCUGCAGUAUGCAGUUCAAAGCAAAGGUCAUUGAAAUCAGUGGAACUUACUUCUGAGCAGCCAUGCUUAAGAGUGGGCUGUAUAUUGGGCUCUUCAAACUCUGAACCCAGAACUGUGAAAUCCAUGGGGUUGGAAUUGACCUUUUUUGUAUUGCUUUUCUCAGUGUUGCAUAUUGUGGACCCAAAUGAGCGCAAUUCUAUAUGGAGAAGUAAGGCUGCAUCAACAUCAUACAUUAAAAGAACCAGCCCUAAAAAUCCUGGGAACGGUCCAUUCUUAAGGGUGCUGGGAAUUGGGGGGGGGUAUACUACAGUUCCCAGGAUUCUUAGGAUAGGUGUGUUUUAAAUGUAUCAUGUAUACACAACCACAGUCUCACUGAGCUCAAUAGAUCAUAUAAGACUGCAACCUUAAGCUGUUAGGUGAUAAAUGUAGAACAGCAUAUAAGAAGCUGCCUUUUACUGAUUCAGUCCAUUGGUCCAUCUCACCCAGUAUUGUCUGACUGGCAGCAGCUCUCCAGGGUUUCAGACUAGGGACAUUUCUAACCAUACCUGGACCUGCCAGUGAUUGAACAUGUAUGCAGAGCCGAUUCUGUACCAUAGAGCUACAGCCCUUACUCCUGUAAAAAGGCUUUCUUUGAAAUGCGCUGGGCCAAUUAAACGGGUUUUGGCAUCCUAAGCACCCACCCACCUCCUUUGUCUUUGGACUGAUGCCUUCCCUUCUUAUUCUUCUCUUCCAGUCUGUGCCAAGUAGAAUUCAUUCAUUCAUUCAUUCAUUCCAUAAAAUUUAUACACCGCUUGAUUGUAAAAAAACUCAAAGUGGUUUACAAAAUAUAUAAAACAUUUGAGCUGUAGGUUUUCUAGACUGGUAAAGUGCUCUCCCAUGCUUCUGAUAAUAGAGCUUUUAGAACUACAGUAUCAUAAAUGACAUGGUUGAAAUGUUAUUAAAGCUUUAGAGAGCUAUGAAAGUUUUUGUGUGCUUUGGGGAGGAAUAAGGGCAUUAAACACCCUAGAAAAAAACCUUAAUUAGACUUCAUAGAGCUACGAAUCUAUAAGGUGUUCCUUCAAAUGAAAUGAGCCUUUUGGAAUGCAAAGCUGGAUAAGCAUGUAGGCAUGCAGAAAUGUAAACAGGGAGCUGAUAACCACUACUGUUUGGAAUAAGGUGGUCAGAUUUGUCAUUUCUGUAUUAAUCAUUGUUUUUCCCCCCGUUGAACAAUAUGUUGUUAAUCGGAAAUAGAAACUGACCAAACUUUCUCUGUAUGAGGUGUAUGCAGUUGCUAGAUACAGUGGUACCUUAGGUUACAUACGCUUCAGGUUACAUAAGCUUCAGAUUACAGACUCCGCUAACCCAGAAAUAAAGGAACUGGAGUCAGCACACGGGCAUCUCUUUAUCUCUGAAUCUGCCUUCCCUACACCCCCUUUCAUAAAAAACACCUGUUUACAGAAAAAAGAUGCGUGGGGUGGUGUGUGUUUUUUUUAUAAAAAAAAGUUAAAUCACUCACAUUUAUUAAGUUAGAAAACACCAAUUGAAACCACUGAUCAGACAUUUCAUGUCGAGGCCUAAGCUCUUCCUCCAUCACAAACUCAAAUCUGGUUGCAGUUUUUGAGAAGGAUCUUGACUUCCUUUUAAAAAGGUAUUUGGAGCUUAGGGAAUUCCAAGAUGCAGGAUAGAGACAUGUUCAGGGCUGGCUAAAGACCUCAAGACUGACAUUUGGCAGAUCUCUCCUUUCCUAGGGUUCCCUUCUUGCUAGCCUAAGUGGGGGAGCAAGUGUCUUUCUUUGACACUGGAAUUAGCUAAUCAUUGGAAGCUGAGACAUUACAUAGAAAUUAACUAAAACAGAUUUCCAAGUAACUUUGCUGCGUGACAAUUUACUCUUUCAUGUUCUUUAAACAGAAGUGUCAUAUUUAUCCAAAAGUAUAUUGUUCUAAUAAAGACUUGAGUUGGGGGGUUGCUUCAUUCAUUAGACGUAGAGCAAGCAAGUACUGAAUGUGGGCAUGAAGAACACCAGGAAGUUCCACAACCAGAAUACUUAACGUUUCCUUGGAGUCUUUCUACCAAGGCUAGUGGUACAAGGCGAACCAAGCAAUUUGUCAUGCAAGCAGCCUGCACUUUAUGUAAACAGGCUUUUGGUCAAAGAACUCUUGGUUGAACUAGAGCUGAUGCCACUAAAAAUAAAUAAGCAAUGUGGGAUAACUAUUUAACAUUUUCAUUGUAAUCCCAGUGGUAUUCUCUGGUGUCCAAACCCAUGGGCAGCUGGCCAAAUUACAUACUCCCGUAUGGCUGGCUGUCUUGAAUUAUCUUUCAAGUUUUUGCGUGCUGUGCUUUUAUGUAAAUGCAUUUGGCAAAGUGUUCCUUUUGCUUGUGAAAAAUAAUGACUCUGUAUGCUCUGUAUGCUCUAUGGUUAGUGGAAGACAUAAAAUGCAGCCAAGAAUGAGGAACAAGGAGACCAAAUAUGCAAAAUGCCGUGCAUUAUAAUUUAGUUUUCAAGUUCAUCAGCCAUUGUCAUUGCUUAAUUUGGUAUUGUUUGCUUUAUUGUAAAAUGGCAUUCAUGUGAUCUCUUGAGUCUCGGCAGAUGCUAAUCUGUGCCAUUUAAUUUUUUCAAGUGUCUACCUGGUUGAAAUACUAUGAGGUUAUUCUUCUGGCCUUGACUCACAGACAUCUGUUGUCCUUUUCUACCCACAAAGUGGGAAUUAAGUACAGUGUAUUGAUUUGAUUAUUAUUAUUUUUGUAGAGCAUGUGAGACAGUACCCACCUACACUCAGAGCCGUCUUUCCUGUUGGGCUUAGUGGCGCGUUGCACCAGGGUGCUGGCCUCUCAGGGGUGCCCCAGUGAGUGGGGGAGCUGCACGGCUUUGCUGGCGGCCUCCCCUUUCCUUGCACGCCCACCAGCUGUGCCCCAUCAACCAUAUGGCUGACGGGCAUGCAGCUUGCCUCCCAAGCCUCCGCGGGAGGAGAGCGAUCCCUGCAGAGGCUUAGGAUGGAAGCUGCGCCUGCCCUGCCAACUAUAUGGCUGGCGGCAGCAGCAGCAGCUAGGUGCGUGCUCGUGGAUGCGUGCACUCUCCCGUCCAUCCGUCAGUGCCCGCAGGAGCCUCUGUGUGCUCACCAUGGUGGACAGCAUCUACUGGACCCACUCGCUGGGCGUGGCGGCUGCCAGACCAGUAUGCCGACGGCUGUGCGGCGCGGGUCUGGCAGCUCUAUAUUGGCGACACGCAGAGCCGCACCACCGAGUACAAGAACUGGCUGGUGUCGCUGCUGCACGCCCACCGCUGCAACACGGUGCUCGAUGUGGCCUGUGGCACAGGGUGAGUCACACAGCAGGAGGAGGAAGUGGUGCUGGGUGCUGGAUCAUGACCCAGCUUGAAGGCCUGGGCUCCCUUCUCCCCAGGGGGUUUUGUGUCUCAGGAUGCUCUCAUCCGGAUCCAGGCACACGGCAGCUGAUCAGGACCUCCCCCCCCCAUUGAAAGCACAUGGCUCGAUACCCCGAACCCAAGAAUCCUGGGAACUACAAUCCCCAAACUACAAUUCUCAGCGCCCUCUAACAAACCACCACUUCUCAGGAUUCUUUGAAGGCAUGUGCUUCAAACACAUCGGGUGUGCUUUAAAUGAAAGGAAAGAGCCCCGUCACUUUGUUGUGGGAGAGGCUCCUCCCCAUUAGGAAUAUGACACGUGGGCAUGCAGCUUCCUUCCCAAGCCUCUGUGGGAGGAGAGCGAUUCCCGCAGGGGCUUGGGAAAAGGUCGACAACUCUGGGAAAUGGGCGCCGGAGGGAUCUUUGCACCAUGGCGCCGGAUAUGCUUAAGACGGCCCUGCCUACACUUACUGUCCCACUUAUUUCAAUUCUUGUUCAGAUGGACCAGCAUAGCUACCAAGACUAUCACAAAGACCAUAACAAUGAAAGUAUGUUUUCUCUUUACUUUAGUGCACCUCUAUCCAAAUUGAGAAAAUGGCCUGUGUUUUAAACCAGACCAGUAAUGUGUACACAGCCUAGAAAUGUCACAGACUGUGUCUGCUUGCAUUCAGUAGCUUUUUGGCCUACUGCUUUCUCUCCCCACCACCCUGUAUAUGUGUAUCUACUGAUGUUUACUUGACUUCAAACUCAUCCAACAGUGAAUCUGACUUUAAAGUGCCAUCAGACUCUCUGAUGUAACAACCUAACUUGGCUACCCUUCUGAAAUUGAUGGUUGUGUUGUGUCUAAAGUUAAUGCUUAUUCCAUAGUGAAUGCUGAUUUCAAUAAAUGGCAUUUAAAAGGUUUAGAGAAUUGUUUCAAGUUGGAAGGAACCAGGGGAAAGUAUUUUAAGACAGACAGGAGGAUCUGCCUCCCAUAAGUUGGUAGUUGGGUAAAACUUAAGUUUCUCUCUCACAGACCUUUGCUCUUUUUAAAAUAUUAAACAGGAGGCUGCUGCUUGCUCUAAGUCAACGCUUGUGUUGCCAAUUUAUUUUCCCUUCUUGAGCUUGAAAGCUACAUACCUCCUUGAAAAUGAUGAUUCCAGACUUCCGACAUCACUUAUAGGUAUGAACAACUUAAUUUCUAAACUUACUGUAUAUACAUUAGGCAAAGAAUCAAGUGAUCAUGGUUCCCCCACCUUCAACUCAGCUCAGCUCAGCCAUGAGUAACUUGACAGUUCUUAUGUUUUGUUGCAUGCCACCCCAAUCUCCCAAAUGGUGCAAGAUUCCAGGGAUUCCAGGUGUGCUUUACCCAGGGUUCGUGUUUCCUUUUGGAAAUGAGGCUCAGUAGGGACUGUGGUGUCUUUAUGAUAUAUGGUUUGUUUACACAUAUAUACAACCUGAGCCUAUGGGCAGAACAAUGGAAUGUCUAGAUGUGCUUUUUAAUAACAAGAAUACAAAGCUGAAAAUGAAUGAACUGCAGCUAAAGUAUUAUGCUCAUUUUUCACAUGGUCUAGUCCUUCCCCUGCCCACCCCCCUAAUAUUCUUAAGAGGCUCUCUUCUUCAGUCUUCAGAGAGUAUCUAGAAGUAGUGAGGCAGAAAAAGGUACUGCGCCGAGAGCUCAGAAACUGCUCGCACUAAUGAAAUUCCCUGUCGCAAAAUGCACCUAGAACACUGGGAGUUUCGAACUGGCUCCAACUUGCAUUUGCUCCAGCCAGCAUGGGCACUGGUCAGGAAUGAUUGGAGCAGGAGUUCAACAACAUCUUAAGGGUACCACAUUGACUACCUCUGCCCUGCAUUUUAACUAGUAUUACACAGCAGGAGCCUAGGCUAACUUUUUGCUUAAGCUAUGAGCUUUGUCUGAGCCAGAGCUUGGCUCCCAGGCUAUACUUCCAAGUGACUGGCACCCUUUCCCCCCAGAAUGGAAGCACUGAGGCCAGGAAUCCAUGAAUCUGCAAGACAUGGCUAUGUCUUGAAAUAGUGGUAUGGGUCUGCUCCCUUGUAGGUUCAGACAAAUCAGGUACUCAGCUUAAGAACAGCACUAUCUGCAAAUGCUGUAAACUUAGAACUGUGGCGUGGCACUGUGCAACAGUUCGCAGAACCAGAUUAGUUGGUAGUUCUGAAGUCAUCUAAACACUUUUGGCCCUGUAUUGGAAAACUGCAUUUGCAUGAUAAUAAAAGGCUCUACCUGUGUUAUCUAUUUUAAACUAAUAAAACUUUUAGAUUUUUAGUUAUAGCAGUAAAUGUGGUCAUAUGAAUCAGUCCUUAGAUACUUAACUUUAGCAGGCACUGUAGAAAUGGGGGGGGGGCAGUAUUCUGGUCAGUUGCCUCUUGGAGUUUUGUUUCAGACAGUAGUACUGUACACCUAGUUCUGUUAAGGUUCUGAUCGCUUAAACUUUGAAAACUGAUGAAAUGCUUUUCACAGUACUUCAGUGGCUUCACUGUGAAAUUAAAAUCCUUCAAUUAAACAAAAUAGAAUUGGGCAAGUAACAAGUAUUUUCUAUUAACAUGGAGUCCACUAGUUUAGAUGAAAUAACACACUGGUGCCAAUUUUAAAAGCAUUUAAAGUGGAUGUGAAUGCUGCCAUGAAUACCAUGGAAACUUACAAUAAAUAGUCUCCUGAGACCUGCGUAUAAAAGUUGUGUUGGAAAAGUCUCUAUGGCUCCUAAACUCAGUCCAGUGUAUUUUAGGAACUUGACUUCUUGCUUAUUCUUACAAAAGUAAAAAGAUUAUUUUUAGUUGGAGUUUUAAGACUUUGUUUUGAGGCAUUGUACCUUGAUAGGGAUGCGGGUGGCGCUGUGGGUUAAACCACAGAGCCUAGGACUUGCCGAUCAGAAGGUCGGCGGUUCGAAUCCCUGUGACGGGGUGAGCUCCUGUUGCUCGGUCCCUGCUCCUGCCAACCUAGCAGUUCGAAAGCAUGUCAAAGUGCAAGUAGAUAAAUAGGUACUGCUCUGGCGGGAAGGUAAACGGCGUUUUCGUGUGCUGCUCUGGUUCGCCAGAAGCAGCUUAGUCAUGCUGGCCACAUGACCCGGAAGCUGUACGCCGGCUCCUUCGGCCAAUAAAGCGAGAUGAGUGCCGCAACCCCAGAGUCGGCCACGAUUGGACCUAAUGGUCAGGGGUCCCUUUACCUUUACCUUGAUAGCAAAAGUACCACUGAUGAAUGAGGAUAGUAUAUUCAUCCUAGACUCCAUUUGGUAGAAUUAAUAAUUUGUAUUCAUCUGUAAUACUGAUUCAGGUCUUCCUGUGCUCAUGGUUAUGUAGUCCAAACCACCAGAACAUGCAGGAGAAGUACCAGUAGACUUGGGUACCCUGAAGGCAUAAAUUGUUGGACCUUUCUCAGGUUGUACGUGUGUACCAUGUAUGAAGGAAAGAGUAGCUCACAGCAACCCUGCAGUGUCCUCCACUGUUAAUACUGUUGUGAGUUUGGGGGGGGCAGGUUGGUAUCUAAUGGAAGAUCCCAUUGUUGUCCUCUCUGUAGAAGCUCUGGAGCCAACGGAGGCUUCGCAGGUAAGAUUCACCUUCUGUUGUGUGGGCAGGACAGUCCCUCCCCCUACCUGGCUGAUCCCCUGGCAACGCCUCCCCAGGCGGGAUUGGGCGAUUGGCUGAGGUAGGCGGAGACCUCCAGGUAUCCACCCUGGGGAGGGCGAAGCCAGCCCAUACUACCAGGAGCCGCACUGGGAUCCAGGGGGCUGCGUGUGAGCACACAAAAGGUGCCCCCCAUUUGAUGUGGGGAGCAGUCGUUGUUGAAUUAGCCAUAAUGGCCAUAAGUAUGGGUCGUUAGUAUUUGCUCUGUGCCAGAAGGCAAAUGGGUGGGCCCCCUUCCUCACCUUUCCUAUACUAAUGGUCCAUACUAUGGACACCACAGGCUCUGCUGUACCACAUUCCAAGGAAACUGAACCCUAAGGAAGCACCUGGAAUCCUUGGAAUGUUGCACCACAGUGAUUUGGGUGGCAUGCAACAAUGCCGAAUGUCAGAGGUGGAGCUGCAGCUCAUGUUCCAUUGACUUACGUGCAGAUUGAUUGCGCUUUUCAAAUGUUCAAAAACUAAUUAAAAAUAAAAUUUAAAACAAAACCCCAUGAAGUAAGGCCCACAUUAGAGCAGGGACUGUUUACUUUGAUGCUAACUUUUGUUUUCCCUCCAGCCCCAAAGUCACAGACUCACGUAAAGUACACACCAGGGCCAGGGAUACCAUGCAACAUUUUGUUGUAGGGCCUCACUUGUUUAAUGUAUACUUGGAAUCUGUUUUGGCUUAAACCUAAGGGAUACAGUAUAUCAGUUAUGUCAUACAUGGUGUUUAUCAGCAUUAGCCUAGUCCAGUCAUAGGCAAACUCAGCCCUCCAGAUGUUUUGGGACUACACCUCCCAUGAUCAGUACCUAGCAGGACCAGUGGUCAGGGAUGGUGGGAAUUGUAGUCCCAAAACAUCUGGCGGGCCAAAUUUGCCUAUGCCUGGCCUAGUCCUUCUUUCCUGCAAACCAGUAUGGAUUCAAGUUGAAUAUUCUUGUCUUGGGUGGUUUGGCUGCAAUCAAUCUUAUUAGUCUCCAUUUUGCAGGCCCUCAGGCAGAUGGCAUCUUAUUCUCCCUGGUUCUUAGUACUGACUGUAGGUAACUAUUAGCAGUGGGAUAGAUUGCAUCUGAUGGUAGGAUACAUAAUAAAGGACAUUUUAAUAGUGUUCAGAGGUACGUCGCAAGCUACUGGUUUCUCCUGUUAAACCUGCUUGUCCUGUAGCUAUAAUAUCUUACAAGUGAGAAGGGCAAGCAAAAUCUUCUUUAAAUGUCCAAAUAAUAACAAAAAAAUGUAUGAGCUACAUUUUGGAAUUAAGUUAUUCCUUGAAAAUGAUUUCCCUUCUCCUCCUUUCCAAAUAAACUCAAAGUCAUUGUCCCCCCCCCAAAAAAAAAUUCUGAUUACAACAGAUUUGAUUUAACAUGUACUUUUAAAAUAAACUGCAAUGGCAUCAUUUUUUGGUUAGUGCAACUUUAAUCCUUAUACCAAAAAGGCAUAAAAGGCAUUUGCAAAUUACAUGGCACAAUGUUGCCUCCUAGUUUCUGAUCUUCAAAUAUUGUGUGUUAAUCACAGAUGCACUGAAUUUAGAACAUUUUUCGGCUCGAAAGAGAUGUUGUCGCACAUUGCCUAAUCUGUUCUUCCUGAGCCAGAGACGGGGAUCCAAAGAAAAUCUCUUAAACAAGGAGAGGCAUGCCUAUAAAACAGAACAUGGGCAAGACAAUAAAAGGUAAAGAGAACCUAUUUAUGUUGUAUGAGCAUUGUCUUAUUAAAAUGACUUGUAAAGUUCAAGAUCUUUUUCAGCAAGCACUUUAUCAGAAGAUGUUAUUGCUAAAAUGAUGUACCUGAAUGCCUUAAUAGGAAGAUGUUUUGUUUAAGUGAGUUAUUAAACUUUUGUUUUCGGGUGUUCUCUAGCAAUUCCCAUUAGGAAACAUUUUUUUUUAAAAGUCUGAAAGGGACAGUUAAUAAGGCUGAAGUAAACCACUGGAGUACUAAAAAGCAAACAAAAAAGAUCCCUACUGCUGAGAAGCAAACUGUUUUCUAGCAUGGCAAAUAAAGAGAUGUAGCAUCUUCCUGUGUCUUCUUGAUCCUGGAAUAUUGAAAGCCAUCCACAAUAGGUUCCUAUGGUAACUAAUAAUGCAGCCAUAUGUUGUUGACCGCCAUACAAAAAUAACUGUGCUUGAAUACCACGGCCACAAUAAAAAUUUAGCGGAGCCUUUCUUUUUGUGAUGGGAAAUCGGUUUGCACCUGUGGUUUCUCUUGAAAAGAGGACAUGUUACAUCAGGUGUGGGAGGGGGGACCUUUGACCCUCCAGAUGUUUACUGAACUACAACUCCCAGCAUCUUUGAGUAGCCUUUUGCUUAUGGAACGCUCUCCCCAGGGAGGUUUACCUGGCGCCUUGGCUACAUACCUUUAGGCGCCAGGCAAAAACAUACCUCUUCUCCCAUGUCUUUGGCUAAUUAAGCACUCUGUGGUCUUUUAAACCUUGUGGGGAGGGUUAUUGUUUCAUUUGUUACUAUGUUAUGCAUUUUUGUGUUUUUAUAUUGUAAACUGCCCUGUUAGAAUUCCUGCUCCAUGAUUGCAGUCAUGCGAGUUUCGUCUAUCACAUGACGGUGUGUGUUUUGACUCCACAGAGUGGGAAGUGAUGGGGACAGGAUGUUUGUGUUACUGUGUUCCGUGAAGUGGGACUAUUGUCCUUUGUUCUUUUUCUCUUUGCUGUCUGAUGCUAGAGAAAGAGGGAGCCAUGUUGCAGUGCUCUGUGUGUGUUUAUAUGUAAAUAAAGUAGAUUAGCCAAAAUGCUGAGUUGCUGAUGUCUGUUACACAAGCUGCGAAGACUCUGCGGAUCCCUAAGUGUGCCGAUGUCUGUUGGCAUCAGUCGCUCUGAUGUUCGGGCUGAAGAAAGCUUUUGAAGCUCCCGAACGAUCAACCAGGAGGAAGAGAACAUGCUAGUUGGGCGUGUGUCUCUGCCAGGGUCCUACUCAAGUGUAGGACGAGCUCCUGACAGGAAAGUAUAGAAAUUUAAUAACUAACCACUGCUCUACAAUUCUAUGAUGCUGUGAUUCUAUGAUCAUAAUCUCUGGCCAAUGGCCAUGCUUGCUUGGGCCGAUGGGAGGUGUAGUUCAGCAAUAUCUGGAGAGCCAAAUCUUCCCUGUGUUGAGCCAUUGUUCAGUUAUGAAUUCUCAAGCUUUUGUGAAACACAUACCCAAUUCUUACCUGCUUAUUGCACGUGGCACAGAUUUCUUUGCACACAGAGGGUGCUUUUUUUGGUGAUUGCAUUUCCCCAGUGUGGAAUGGGCCCCCAUAUUAUUAUUUUGUCCAGGUGGUGAAUCCAUUCCCACUGCAAGGGGUCUAAGAGAUGUGACUUCAAUCCCCAUCACUCCAAGCCAUCAUGGCCAAUGGUUAGGAAAGACUGGUCACAUCCAUACCAUACAUUCAAAGCAUAUGGCUUCUCCCCCCCCCCCCGAAUCCUAGGAACUGUAGUUCAUCAAGGGUGCUGGGAAUUGUAGCUCUUUGAGGUAAACUGCAGUUCCAUGGAUGCAUAGGGGAAACAGUGUGCUUUAAAUGUAUGGCAUGGGUGUGAGUGAUGAGAGUGGCUGAUUAUCCAGUUCAGGGUGGGCCGCGGUUGUGACUCAUUGCUCCAGCUCCACACACCCCUGAGCAAUGCCAUCGUGGCAGCAGCCAUUGGCUUUUCCUCCAGGCCAGUUGUGGAGCAUCAUGAGUUCCCACCACACCCACUUUACAUUUGCACCAAUCUGUGGCAACCUGGGGACGGGGCUUGGGAGCAUACCUGAGUGCGGCAGUCUUGACUCGGGUCCGCUCUCACCCCAUAUAAUGCAGCUGGCUCUGCCCUUGGCAGCACAGGGUUGAGAGUUGUAGUCCAACAACAUAUGGAGCACCACAGGUUUCCUGUCUCUGGCUUAAAGCUAUCUUUAAAUCUGUGUCGCUGGAGGAAGUAGUGAGAGCCCUGUGCCAUGCCCAAGGAAAACAUGGAAGUGCCAGGAUACUCGGGAAAUGAUUUUUAAGCUUCUUGUGUUUGUGCUUCCCUUUUUACGCUUGCCGUGGUUGAGCAGAGCAGUUGAGGUCAACAGUCAGGCCAGCACUGAAGAUGGAGUGAAGCACCUUCAGUCUCAGUCUUUGCCAAGGUAUUCAGCUGUGACUCAGAGGGUAAGUUUACUGAUUAUUUGUGUUCGACUUUCCCUACUGUGGUCUAAUGAGCUGCAAGAAGAAGGCCAACCAUUUCUAAAUACUUUUUCCUUUUAUGGAAUAGAACUCCUAGAACAUCACUUCCUGGAUAUUGUAUUCUCUAAAAUUGCUCGGUGAUACACAAACUUCCUUGUAUCCCGUGAUGAGGUCUGAGCCUUGGGGUGAGGAUUAAUCCUCUGUCUUUCUAUUUUAAGCAAAGAUAUUAUGAAACAUGCAAGAACUAAACAAAACCUAUUUAUAUUGUAUUGCAUAAUAUUAGAAUAGCAGAAUGUAGUGGCCUGGGGGUUUUCUUUUCUGAUUAAUGUAAAACAUACGCAUGCUGAACUAAUGUUCUACAGUUUAUGAAAUGCUUAAUGUUAAAAUCUGCUUCACGAAAGGGAGAAUGUGUCACUCCUUGGAUUGUAUGCCCAGUUAACUCCCACUGGGUUUCCUUCUUCACUCUAGUGUCAAUUACAACUGUGCACAGUACCAAAUUGGGGUGGGGGGAGUGGGAUGGACCAGAUUCUGUUUUCCUCAGAACCCCCUCUCCCAGGACAGUCAUAAGAUAAACAUCUGAUUGAUUAGAUUUGUCCUAUGCAUCCAAAUUAACCUAGAAUAACAGUCAAAAUAAAAAAAAUCCUUCCAGUAGCACCUUUAAGACCAACUAAGUUAGUUCUUGGUAUGAGCUUUCGUGUGCAAGCACACUUCUGGCAACUUCUGUUUCAGUGUAUCUGAAGAAGUGUGCUUGCACACGAAAGCUCAUACCAAGAACUAACUUAGUUGGUCUUAAAGGUGCUACUGGAAGGAUUUUUUUUAUUUUGACUAUGGCAGACCAACACGGCUACCUAUCUGUAACUAGAAUAACAGUGUUAGAGGUUACAAAACAAUUACUAUUUGAUGUUGUUAUGAGGCUAGAAAUUGCUUGUUCAGUGUGAUUUUGUAAGGUCUUUAGAAGCGGGAGGGGAAUUCCUUCAGAUGUGGCCCAAGAAAUAGAAGAAAGGGGAAAUCACAAAGGAAGAGUAUACACAAGUAGCCAACAGUUGCAGAGAGAAGGUCAGGUGGGCCAAAGCUCAGAAUGAGCUCAGGAUUUCAACAGAGGUUUAAAAUAAUUUUUAAAAAGGCUUCUUCAGCUAUAUUUGAAAUAAGAGAAGGAACAAGCAAGUAGCAGGUCCUCUGCAUAGACAAGAUGGAGAAAUGCUGUUGGGUGACAGAGAAAAGGCAGAACUGCUCAACAGUGGUGGAGAAAGGUGGGGGUGGUCCGCCUCGGGUGUCAUCCCUGAGGAGGAGGUUUGACAUCAGUGCACCACCCCCUGGGAUGCGCGCCGCUGAAGCACCCCCUGGACUAGCUCUGCCUCUGCUGGUCAAACACCUACUUUUUUUCUGUCUUCACCCAAGAGGAAAGCAGUGCCCAAAUUGGUGAUAACAGAAUAAACAAGGCAAGGAGGGACUGCAGCCCAGAAUAGGAGAAGAGGUAGUACAGGAACCCCUAGCAACUCUAAAUGAAUUGAAAUCUCCAGGGCCUGAUGAGCUGCAUCCAAUUGUACUAAAGGAACAGCAGAUGUAAUCUUAGAGCAUCUGUCUAUUAUCUUUGAGAAUUCUUGGAGAACAGGUGACGAUCCUGCAGACUGGAGCUGGGCACAUGUUGUCCCCAUCUUCAAAAAGAGGAAAAAGAAGACCUAGGUAACUACCAAAUAGUCACCUUGACGCAAUACCAGGAAAGGUCCUAGAACAGAUAAUUAAACAUUUGGCUUGCGGGCACUUAGAGAAGGUUUACUAAAGUGAUUAUUAAAACUCUGCUUGGGUUUGUUUAAAAAAAAAAAAGUUGUGCCAGACAAAUCUCAUUUCUUUUUUUUGAUAGAGUUACAAGCUUGGUGCAUUAGGGAAUGUUGUGGACAUAGUGUAUCUUGAUCUGAGUAAGGCUUUUGACAAAAUCCCCCAUGAUAUUCUUGCAGAGAGACUGGUAAAAUGUGUGCUGGAUGAGGUAACUGUUGGGUGGAUUUGUAGCUGGUUGACUGAGUGCUCACUAUUGGUUCCUUGUUGUCUUGAAAAAAGUGAUAUGUAAGGUGCCGCAGGAUUCUGUCCUGGGCCUGUUGUUGUUCAACAUCUUUAUAAAAGACUUGGAUGUAGGAAUUUUCAGUUAACACCAAACUGGGACAGGUAGCUAAAGACAAAAUUCAGAUUCAAUAUGACCUUAACAGACUGGAGAACUGGGUCAAAACUAGCAAAAUGAAUGUCAAAUUUUCAGUUUACAUUUCAGUUUAUAUUGUAUAGGGUUAUUGGCUCCCCAGUUUGUGUUUUGUUUUAUGUCUUCCUAAAUAGAAUGAAUUAUUUUUAAAAAAUGUUUAGGGAAAAGAGGGAGCAGAUGGGAAAACAGGUUCUGCAAAGGGGAGGAAAGACUCCAGUUUAAUUUUCAUGCUGAAGACCUCAGAUGUGGUAAUCACUAUAAUGCUGUUUUGUUUGAACACCAUUUCUCCUAACAUUAUAGCACUCGUGCCAUCUGUACAGUGAAUAAUCUUUGGGGGUGGGGGAAGUUUUCAGGAAAUGAUUGGGAAAGGGAAAAAAAUUGAUUCCUAAGAGACCUAUAUAGUUAUAAAGUUUUAUUCCUGGGAAACUCUUAUCAUCAUUGACAGGGACAUACUUCCAUAAAAAGCCUGCCCCUUAAGUAGAAGAAUAUUAUUAUAAAAACACACUUCAUGUAGAACAAAUUGAAAAGUUAAAAGGGCACACUGAAAUGAAUUUAGAAAUACAAAAGAUGAAGAAUAAAGUUGAACUGAGGGCAAGUUUCUCAAACUUCUAAUCCAUUCAUUGGCUUUUGUAAGUCUUGCACAAAUAGGCAAAUUCUAAGCAGAACUUCCAAUAAAGCUUUGGAAUUAGAUGCUUACCGAAAAAUCCAGUAUACUCUCAGAAAUGUGGUUUGUGAGAAAUGAACAGUUUUUCUCUGGAAAACUAGUUCUGUGAGGUUGCCCAGAAUUGAUUGGCUAGCACCUAGUACAUCACAUUUCAGUACAUGUAGAAGUUGCAUGUCUUUUAUCUCUUUUGAUUUUAAUCAUCUUUUAAAUUAUUUUAAAUACUUGAUUUAGCUGUUUUUCAUCAAGAAUGUCCAUGUUUUACUUUACUUAAAUGUUUUCUUACAAGUAAGUGGUUUAUAGAUUUUGAUAAAUAAACAGGUAAAUAAAUAAACAUCCCUUCAGGGUCUCAGGGAGAGAGAAAUCUCUUCCCAUCAUCUACUAUGUGAAAUCCAAAAGCACGAACAAGGUGGAAAUGGGAGGGAAUUGAGUUUCACCUAAAUCAGCCUUUCCCAAUCUGGUGCUCCUGGUUUUGAACUACAACUACCGCUAUCCCUGACCAUUGCCCAUGCUGGAUGGUUAGUGGUAAUGAGAGGUUGUAGUCCAAAACUCCUAGAAUACACCAAACUGGAGAAGGCCAAGCUAAAUAUUAGGAAAACAUUCCUAAUGUUAAGAUCUCUUCCGCAGUGGAACAGACUGCCGAGGAAGGUGCGUGGGAUCUCCUUUACUGCUUCAGGCAUUUAAGCACCUGGACAUCCAUCUGUGUCAGGGAUGCUGUAGUUUCAUCAGGCGCUGCAGAUCCUGCAUUAAGCACGGUGUUGGACCAGGCUGCCUAAAAGGCGCCUUUCAUGAUUCUGUGAUUCCAUUUCUAAAACCUACUUCUAAAACGUAAUGGAGAAGAAUAAAUAUUUGCGUGGAAUAUUGUCUCUCUAAAUAUUUCCUAGGACAAGGAAUGCAGAGUGUGUACUGGAAGUAAUAGGGCUUAAAACAGGCAUAGGCAAACUCGGCCUUCCAGAUGUUUUGAGACUACAGUUCCCAUCAUCCCUGACGACUGGUCCUGUUUGCUCGGGGUGAUGGGAGUUGUAGUCUCAAAACAUCUGGAGGGCUGAGUUUGCCUAUGCCUGGCUUAAAAAAACAAAAACUGUCAACGUUUGGUUUUUCUAUUUAGAAUAGCACAUAGACAUAGCUAUAGUGCCCAGAAUUACUGUUUUUAAAAAAAGAUUUGUUUGGGGAGGGAUGCAACAGAACAAAGAUGCACUUAGAACUGUUUAAAGUCAUGUAGUUGUUUUCUAGGUACGACUUCUGGGUUGAUUUCAGUGGGAAAAAGAUGAAAUCCCAGGCUCUGUGACACUGAGAUGGUAUCCCAGGCUCUCUGUCAGGAAGUUCUUAAUUCUACCAUAGAAACCACAAAACACUGCAUGUUUCUCAAAAAUUAGUUUCAUUUUGGUUUCUAGAGAGGAAAACAGAGAUAGAAAGGAUCAAGACAAACAAACAAACAAACAAAUCACCCAUGAUGGAUCCACAAAAUACCAGUACUACUGAAAAGAGCUCAUGGCUUUCAGCAUUUUGUUUUGCUUGUUUAAAGUGUUUAUAUUCUGCUUUUCAGUGCCCCCAAAACCAAAGUGGUUUAUAACAAAAUUAAAUGCUUUAAAGUGUAAUACAAUACUGAAAUAGAUUAUUCCAACAGAAGAGCAUUUUAACUCCCAUCAAUCUAAUAAACCAAGGAGAAGGAUUUUAAGGAAGUUCUCACCUGGACUUGAAAACGUAUGUGGUAGCACCAAGCAAACUUCUCCAGGGAGCAAGUUUGAAAAUUUGGGCACCACAACAUUAAAAGACCCUCUUCUGGUGUGUUCUGCCCCCACCUCCUACAGCACAGAGACCCAGGAAAGGGCAAUUAACAAGAAUCCUAAUAUCUAGGUUUGGAUGGGAAAAAGUCGCCCUUGUGGUAUCCUGGUCCUGAGAUGUUUAGGGUCUUUUUAGGUAGUUGAUCAUAUGGGAAGAGGUACUUCUAGGACAUUAUUCACCAGGGUGGCUCGACAUUGACUGCAGUAUUUGCAAUCAGUCCUUCGUUUGAAUCAGAAAAAGGGCAUAUUGUCUGUCCAAAGAAAGUCACUGUCUGAAGCAGGUCCUAGGAGCUUUCUCUGUAAUCGUGUACACAAAGCUGACCUAUGAAAACCUGGGGGCAAAGGCUCCAUAUUCAGAUUGGAGCUUAAUUUUAUUUUUUAAAAAUUAUUUUAAUUAUUUUAAUGCAUUAAACAAACUUUAUUAACAUGAAAUAUAUACAAUAGUAAAAAGGAAAAAAAAAUCAAUGUUAUAAUGGAAUAAAUUAAUCUCACAUUUCAAAUGCCAACAUUUUCAUUGUAUUUUCCAUUUAUAGCUAUUUUUUUCCUAAACUAAAUAUAUAUUUUAAUAACAUGAAGUAGUUCAUGCCAUUUGACCAAACUGCGGGAGGCAGUGGAAGACAGGAGUGCCUGGCGUGCUCUGGUCCAUGGGGUCACGAAGAGUUGGACACGACUAAACGACUAAACAACAACAAAGCUCAUGCCAACACCUGAAAUGUCAAAUUCUCUUUUUACCAAAGCUGUUAACUGACUCCAUUUGUUUAAUUCUUCAUGAUAAUUAAUUCCAUUUUUAACAUUGUUGAAAAUUUUAAUCAAGCUCAAUUGCUCUCAUAUUUUUAUGAUGGUAUUCUGCUUUCUUUGCUUUGACAUAGAGCAGCUUUGCAGUGGUCAAAACCUGUAAAAUCUGGAUCUUAUAUGAAAUUAGAGGCUGACUUUUUACAGAAUUUAAUUAGCAGAUUAGUUGUUCUAACAGUAACUCAGCUUGUCAACUUUCCCUUAUAAUUUCAACCACGCAGUUCCAAAACUGCUUUGCAUUAGUGCACCCCUUUAUGGCUUUACAAAACCUAUAUAUCCCUUUAUGGCUUUACAAAACCAACGCUUUCCAUCUCCAACCUUACUUGUGAUCUUUGACUUCCUGUUUUCACUGUUUGGCCAUAUAAGCAAUUGGCUUUUCUCUAUGUUUAUUUUGAAACCUGCACUCUCUCUGUACUGCUGUAAAACUCUGUGUAAUUCUUCAGCUGCUUCUUCAGAUGAAUCACAAUAUUGUCUGCAAAUAAACCAAUAUUCCUUUUGGAUUCUAAUUCCUUUAAAUGCCAGAUUAAAAGACUGGAGCAUAAUUUAAAGCAAAGUUGGGGAGCCUGUGGCCUUGCAGAUGCUGUUGGACCCCAACUCCUACCUGCCUUGCCAAUGGCUGGGGAUAAUGUUGUACUCCAGCAACUUUUGGAGGCCCACAGUUUCUCGAACUCUGAAUUAAUGGGUAUGAACUUUGAGCAACAGUCCAAAUCCAACUGGUAGAAGUUGAAGGGAGUGUACAUAGAUCAUGUAAUGUGUACUACCUACCAAGGCAGAGGGCUUGGCUAGAUUGCUAUGCCUGCACAAUGGCCUUCUAUGGUUGGUGAUGGUAUUAGUGAUUGGCACAAAAGUCAGCCAAUCAGUGCUAUGCAAAUUUUGGUUUCUGUUCCAGACAGUAGGAACCACUUCUUUCCAAGCCAGUCAAAAAGAUUGAAAGUGUGUCAGAAAAAUGACAAGUCCACAAUAAGCUCAUCACUGAAAUGCAUGUGUGCAAAAACAUUUUUGUGCACUGAGCAAUAUCCAUGUCAAAUGUAUGUGAUUUACCAAAAAAAUGUCAUUUUUAGUACUCUGAUUUCAACACAAUCAUUCCUUGACUUUGCCUAGAGUUUUAUGAAGGACUGACAAGGAGGUCUAUCUUAAUUGGAAAUGAGAGCACUUUAAAGCUUGCCAACGAAGCCUUCCAUGCAAUAAUACAAGGAAUGUUGAAAAGGUUUAUCUUAAUGUCCUUACUAUGUUACAUUAGACCUUUCAAAACCCCAAGUUAAUAAAACACAAGGAGAAGCAUAAGUUGUUACUUUAAACUUUAUUGCUGCUUGCUGUAAUAAAGUGAUCUCAGCCUGGACUUUAAAUGGGUUUAAUUUGUAUUUUUGGCAUCUGCUAUAGCCUUGGGAUCACAAGGCCCCACAGUGCUUAUCUUCAGAGGUUAACUCGAAACAGACAUUCCCAUCAGUGCAUAGCCUCUUUAGUCAACACUGCAAUCCAGCGUGUCUUUCACCUCUCAUUAUGCCAACCCUACCUGAAGAUGAGGGACAGCCAACAGAGACACAGAACCCCAUUUUGCCUUCUCCAAUCAAAGUAAGCAACAUUUAUAAAUAUGCUAUCCUCAGUGACUUCUGACUGCUUUACAUUAGCUAUCAAUUAUUAUUAUUUUACUAUAAUUUGUGCCUUGAGUUUGAUGAAAAUAUGCUUUGGCGUGUAAUUUAGUCUUGCUUUCCCCCUCUGUGACAUCACAAUAUUCUAUGCUUUCUCAUCACUACCUGAAUUUUAAUAACAAGUAGGGGAAAAGAAUGGAAUGUUGUCAGAACCCCAAGGUAAGUUCUACUACAUGGUACAGAAGGAAGAACGAGGCAUUGGCAGCAGUUCUUGCGAUAUUUAUGACAAGAUUAUGACCACAUCCCACACUGUUUAGCAUAUUUAUCCUAACAUUGCAAUGUAAUUUAACACUGAUGAAAAAUGGGAAUUGAUGUAGUGUCAUAUGGUGUUACAUCACCACUCAUUGAUCUUUAUUCUGGUUCUUAAGACUAUUGUUCUUGUCUGAAUAUUCUUAUUUGUGGGGCUGGACCAUGAUUAUGAAUUUCACUUUUUCUAGUUUGUACUCAGGGCUGCUGCCAUUUCCUAGCAGAAUGGGCUGUUAUGACGUUAUAGUUUAGGAUGCUCUGCAAUUUGUUCUGCAUGACUUUUUAGCCAAUGUUGGCUCUAAAACUAAUCCUAUUAUAAAAUAUAUUGGAAUAGCUUUGACUGCUGUGUCCCCCCCCCUUCCAUAUUUAUCCAUAUUAUAUGGCCAGCCCUGGAAGUAGUCCCUGAACAAUUAGUGCUCCUUGAGACAAUGUAUGAAUGGCAUCCUAGCUGGGGUGAAACAGAAAUGGUAGUAGUUGCUACCAAAGUUGGACUGAGCAAUGUUUGCUUUUUUUUUGCUUUUUUUUUUUAAGAAAAAGAUUUAGCCCUAUUUGGCAUUAGCAGUAAGAUCAACCCAUGCUUUCUGGUAAUAUUAACAGCAUGUGACACUCCACAUUGCACACACAGAGACAACUAUGUCAACACAGUUGAUGAUUUCACAGAGAACUUCCUGACCUUCUAAUCUCCCCUCAAAAAUAUUUUUGAUGUUUUGCACAUCAUUUGGAUGACUUGCAUAAAAUGUGUAAAAGAGGGACCUUCUGCUAAUAUGCAGUACUGAAUCAACAAGCGUAAUGAUUUUCAAGCCUGCUUCUUUAGGAUUUAUGUUAUCAACUGCCCUUUUUUUAAAAAAAUAGCAACACAAAACAGAUCAUCAUGUUCUCUUGAGAUGUGUUGAAAACUUUAAAGCCAAUGUAUAUCUGGCACGUUCAGUUUUACUUUUAUCAUUGUCUUUUAAACCUAGGACACAGUAUUCUACUCUUUGGAUAAAAACAUCCGCUGCUUUUCCUUUCAACGUCCUAGGAAAAUGUUGUCAGCAGUGAACUGUGCAGUUAUUUGUCAUGCAUUCUGACACCAUUACACAUUUGUGCUGAGGGCUAGUUUCCUGAUUUAAGAUAAACAGCCCACGUGUGUGAGUUCUGGUGAUCAGUCUAAUGGAAGGCAUACAGUAUAGGUCAAAGAGAUCUUGAUUUUGCUCCAUCUUGCAUGUAGUUGUGUGUCUUUAAAGUGUUGUCAGGUACAGAACAACGGUAAUUGUUCACUAUAAGAAACUAAUGCUGUGAGAGCCUGCUCAGUAGCCUCUUUUUCAGCUGCUGGCUGCUGCUUAUUUGAAAGUUCGUUUAGUCAGCAACAUCUAAGGGUUUCCUGUUUCCCACAGCAUUAUGUAUUACUACCUAGAAAAAGCCAUUAUAUGUCCUAGGUAGUAUUAUAAAAAGGUAAACAUUUAGAUUGACCCUGCCAAUCCCUCCAUUCCACAGGAGCAGGCAGAGGAUGCCAUGGCUGUUUGUGACUCUAGAGGGUGAAGAACAAAUGUGAGCUAGAAUGGUUGGCCACACGUUGAUAUUGGGGAGAAAUCACUGGAUGUACAUGGAAAAAGCUCUCAUGAAACAUGUGCAUGCCAUAAUACCUCAACAACAACAAAAUUAAAUAAAGAUUUUUCAAACAACACACACACCCCUUUCACAGGAGGCAAAGCAAAGAAAGCCGUGGUAAAAUAAAAAAAGUGGAGUUAACUAAUUGCUGUGUAGAAUGUAGGACUUGCUUCCAGGUGGCCAAAUGCACUGAGCUGUUCAUGAGAAAUUUAAAGAAACAUUUUGUUACCUGGGAAGGCAUUUUACACACACACACACACACCUAUUAUUACUUCAUAUUAGUAGUAGUAUUAUUGGUAUUAUUAAUCUCACUUGUCCAAUAUGGCAGCUAGUCCUCAAUUGUUUUAAAAUGGAUUUGAAACAUCUGGGUUCUUUAUAAAGUUGUUCACAAAUGCUAAUUCAUCAAGAAUUGUGUAUUAGUUACUCCUGCAAUUAGGUAGGUGUCAGGGAAGAGUUAGAAGUUUCCAGUUUCUCAGAGGGAGAAAGCAUUCGCCAAGGGGGGAAGGAGAGCAGUGAAUCUAACAGAAGAGAGCAAGAGGAACAACAGGGAGGGACUGGCUGUUCCCAGGAAAGGCAAGGGUUAAGUUCUAGCUCAGAUUCGGAGGAGGGGAGAUGCAAGCCAGCUCUAGCCAGGAGGUUAGAAAAAAGAGCGGAAAGCGAAGGGAAGGGCACCUUUGCCAUUUUGAGAGUGGCUGGUCAUGGAGAAGCAGAGCUCAGAAGGUAUCUGAAAUAAGUGACUCUGAGGAAUAAUAGUUAAGAACCGUUUAUAAGAUUGUUUUGUUAAUACACAAUAAAAAGUUAUAAAAGAACAAGAAGUGUUUGUGUGGUGAUCUGAAGAGGACAACGACCAGGCCUGAUAGUAGGGUCUGCAUUAGAGCAUAGGACUUGAAUUAUGCAGAGCCUGUGAAUAAAUUAGGCCUAGAAUUUCAUGUGAAAAUGUCAUGUUUAUUCCAUUGCAAUCAUCCUAUGGUAUAUUUCUAUAUUCCAAAUUAAAUUUUCAAAAUAUUUUUUUUGUCACAAACCAUUCAGGAGUCCCCUGUUGAAGCAGCAACAUGCAACACACCUUCCAUCGUUCUUCCAGAAAACAUAGUCACACCAGAUACAGAAAGAGAAAAAAAUCUAGCUUUCAGGUAAUACAUAAAUAAGUACACACAAUUUGUUUUCUACUCUGCCAUAGGUAAAUGAGGAACCUGCACAAUCCUCAUACGUUGUUAGACUCCAACUCCCAUCAGUGCUGGAAAGCAUGGCCAAUGAUCUUUAUGGCGCAACAUGCUGAGCUCUCUACAUCAGGAAUGCCUUCUCUGCAUCAUUUGCUAUAAACUGAUUUGGCCUUUCUAUAUGCUUGGUGUGUUUGUUUGCCUCUUGCCUCUAUAACUUUGUAGCAUUCUAACAUAUACACAGCUUGUAAGGAUAGAUUUGAAAGUUCAUUCCUCUAGAAAAUUAUACUGUUGGGUCCAAUCUCAUGUGGACAUUUGUGUAAAUCUCUUUUUUUUGUAAUGAAGUCUAGAUUUGAAUAAUUGGACACAGAACUGUUGCUCUGGAUACAUGUAACAAGCAAAGCUUUUUUAAAAAAAAAAAAAAAACCACCAGAGCAUGCCGACUUAUCCACUUCAUGAGAUCAGCGGUUCGAAUCCCCGCAAUGGGGUGAGCUCCCGUUGCUCGGUCCCUGCUCCUGCCAACCUAGCAGUUUGAAAGCACGUCAAAGUGCAAGUAGUUAAAUAGGGACUGCUCUGGCGGGAAGGUAAACGGCGUUUCUGUGUGCUGCUUUGGUUCGCCAGAAGUGGCUUAGUCAUGCUGGCCACAUGACCUGGAAGCUGUACACCGGCUUCCUCGGCCAAUAAAGCGAGAUGAGCGCCGCAACCCCAGAGUCGGCCACGACUGGACCUAAUGGUCAGGGGUCCCUUUACCUUUAUACUUCAAGCACUAUUUUUACUGUAGCAAUGUAGCCAUUGGGUUAAUUCCUGAGCAUUCAGUGUAGGCUGGCACACCUUCCCCACUCCCAACCAUUCUGACCUACUGACAGCGGUAGUUCAGCUCAUCUAAAUGUAUCAGCUAGCUAGAGGCUAGUCACAAAAUCUCAGCUUGGAAUGGAGAUGUCAACAGUCAGUCCGUGGCUGCAGUAUCUGGCUCCCAUCUUGUUCUUAGCAUGGCAUGGGAAACAUUUAACACAACAGAAGUUAUUCUUACCAAUUAAAUGUAGCUGAAUUUUCUGGAACAAUUAUGGCAACAUCAUUUUUGUUCACACAAAAUAAAGCUGAGGUGAAUUUAAUGAAAAAAUUGCAUAUUCAAGAUGAGAGAAGAUUUCUUGGGGUUUACACAUGAUGUGAAAAUUGAUCCUAUUUUGCUGGUUUUUGUCCAGCUCCCAUAUAGGAAGCACUUCUCUCAUAACUCUAUGGGAUGUCCCAAAGGAGCUAUUUCAGUGCAGAGUAGGAUGCUGACUUGGCAAGUGUGCCUUUCCAAAUUCACAUUUGCUAAAGGCCAAACUAGUUUGUGAAUUAAAUGUGUGGUGUUUUUAUUUUAAAUGUGUGUGUAUUUAGUUUUAAUACUUUUAUAAACUGAAUUAUAUAAUGCUACUUUAGUUUUAAUAAAGCUCAUUUCCCCCGGCCUUUUCUUUUCCCCUCCAGACCUGUUAGUCCUCAUCUGCGGCAUUCUCACAGAAAUGCUAGGACAUCAGCUAGCUCACUGACAUCUGUGGGUAAGAAACACACACACACACACACACACACACACACGUUGGCAAUUGCUUGAUGAAAAUGUGCAGUUGCCUAUCUGCCCUGUAGAGAUUUUAAUGACUGUACCAUCGUUCAAUAUGCAACAUUGCAAUGGUAUGAAAACUUGUUUAUAUGCUUGAUUUAAGAUAUGCAAACUCUGUACAAGAUUUGGUGGAGGGGGAGAAGGGAGAAAUGCAAAAUAAAAUAAAAUAGAAUCCUCAGGCUUCUGAUAUCCUAGUGAGCUCCGCAUGGAUCAGUGCAAUCCUGCAUUUUAUCUAUCAAGGGUUCAAGGGGUUUAGGGCAAAGCUACUUAGGUCUGAUUCAAUUGCCAGAUGUGGAAUUCUGCCUUAGGUCAGCUGCUCACACCCAAUAUGCACUUCUGUGGUUAGCAUAACUCCUUGGCAAAGCUUCAAUAGCUGCAUAUACUGUACCAUUUAACACAAAGAUUGUUGUGUGUGGGAGUAUAGUGCACCAUUGUGUCACCAUUGCAGCAAGUCCGAGUUUCAUUAGAGCUCAGCUACAUCACAGGGUUUCCAUAAAUUCAGUAUUUCACUCAGUGUGUAAUUAGAUGGCAGUAUGUUGAGUAAAAUCUGACCUAUAUAGCACACCAAGCGAUGAAAGACUUCAAAUGCUGUUACAUGAUACAACUGGAUAAUUUGGAUACUUUUCCAUUUAGAUAACAGAGGUAAUGUAAUUGACUUGGUGAAUGACCAGCUGCCAGAUGUUAAAAUAUCUGAUGAAGAUAAAAAGAAGAAUCUCGAAUUGUUAGAAGAAGCAAAGAGGGUGAGUGAGAGGUUCCUCACACGAAGAGGAAGGAAAUCAAGAAGCAGCCUUUCAGAAUCUCCCACAGGUACAUGUUUUAAAAUCCCAUACCUUGAAAUUAGGGAUGUGGGUGGCGCUGUGGUCUAAACCACUGAGCCUCUUGGGCUUGCCGAUUGGAAGGUUGGCAGUUUGAAUCCCCACAAUGGGGUGAGCUCCCGUUGCUCUGUCCCAGCUCCUGCCAACUUAGCAGUUUGAAAGCAUGCCAAUGCAAGUAGAUAAAUAGGUACCGCUGUGGCUGGAAGGUAAACGGUGUUUCCACGUGCUCUGGUUUCUGUGACAGUGUCCCGUUGCACUGUCUGUGAACAAACACCGGCUCCCUCAGCCUGAAAGCGAGAUGAGCGCCGCAAUCCCAUAGUCGCCUUUGACUGGACUUAACCAUCCAGGGGUCCUUUACCUUUACCUUACCUUUACCUUGAAAUUAUGCAAAUGGAACCCAGUGUUAGCCUGUGUGCAACGUGUGUUUUACCAUAACAAAUUAGCAAAGGUCAUUUUAAUGUAAGAGGCCUGUGGCACCAUAAAGGCAAAUAUAUAUUGUAGCAUAUAAGGUGCCGAAAGCUUUUUGCCCGCUUAUUCUUGACAUCAUUCAUAGAUUUUAAAGAUGCACAUGUCUUUCAGCUUUUCCUCAUGUUAGCUGUACUUGGACAUUCUUUGCUCCCAUGUUCACCAAGUCAUGCAAAGUAGCCCAACCCCAACGUGCUUCUCUCAGUGUUUGUACAUAUAGCACUCUCCUGUGACAUCACUCAGCAAAAGCAUGGUGCCCUGCUCAUUAUCUGUUGCAGAUUUAAUGAUCUGCUUACUUAAAACCGGAAAAUGAGAACUAACCACUCAGAAUAACUAUUCAUUGUUGUGUAUAACUUUAAUGCAGCUAUAUCCCCAGCACUUAGCCCUAAUGUUUCACCUGCUGCCUCUCGGAGCAACUCUUUCACUCUGCCAAGUCCAACAGGUAAAAUUAAUGUUGCAUGUUCAAAUUAUAUACAUAUUAGUUGAGCAGCCAUAGAUGUUUGGUCAUUAUAAGAUCUCGUAAUAUUCCCUGCCCCCACCCCACCCCCGAAAUGGUAAGCUAGAAAUCUUGCUGGGCAAAUGAAUAGGGAAUGUUUUACAGCAAAAUGUGAUGUAAAUAUGAGAAGAAGCUUGAUCAGAUCUAAGCUGUAUCUAGUCCAGCACCCAACAGUGUUCAGACAGAUGUUUCUAGGAAUCCAAAAAGCAGGGUGUGAAGAGCCCUUUGUCACCCACCUACCCACUCGCCCGCCCACCAAGAGAGUCUUUCUCUUUUUCCCCAGGGGCUAACCUGACAGGUUUUAGAGCUGGCCAUAUGGCCCCAUGGCACCUCCCACUUCUAAGGUGGUAUUGUUCUGUUAAAAGAUUUUUGGCCGUCCUUUAAGACAAUGUCCACUCUAUCCUAUAUGAAACAGUUAGAUUUUACCUGCCUUAUAAUAAGUCAGCAGGGUAGAGGCAGUAUGAGCUCUCAUGGAAGGAAAUUCCAUGGCAAGGUGGACAAUGUGCUGGCAGCUGUAUGCUCUGUUGACUCCUCCACACCCUCUAGGCUUAUUAAACCUAGCAGAGGUUUUAUUGGUAUUUUUAAUGUAUAUUUUUUGUAAACCGCUUAUAGGGUUUAAUGAUUAAAUGGUAUAUAAAUCCUCUUAGGCUGCAAUGGGUAAGUCUUCUCAUAAAAAGGAAUCCACAGCAGAACCUCAUUAGACAUUUUUGAAAUGCUGGAGAGGCUCAUAUGGGCUGACACGUUCUAUGAAGCAGUAGUGAUUGUAGUAGAAGUCCUAUAAGCUAAGGGUGUGUUGAAUUGUUCAGGACUUUUGUUAACGGGAAUAGCACUCUUUUCUGCCUGUAGUAGCCAUAUGGCCACUGAGUUUAGAGCUAACUAUGACAUCUUACAGUAUGUGGUGGAAGUUUCAUCACCUGUUUUUCAUAUUGUAGGUUCUGAUAUAUGCCCAUCUGCUUUGGGUUCAGUGCCUCCACUGCAGGUAAGAAUGCUCUAAUGCUGAUUAUUGUUGAGCACUGCAUACAAUCAAUCAGGAUAACAACACAUUACCUUGACAAGAAAAUGUGUGUGUGUGUGUGUGUGUGUGUGUGUGUGUGUGUCUGUGUGUGUGUCUGUGUGUGUUGGGGGGCUUUAUCAAUGGGAGAACAUGUGCUUAACCGGUACUGCAUCCCCAUAUUGUCUCCUAAAAAUCAUCUCAUUACUUUUGGGCCUGAAUCUUCCACUGGCUCAGUGUAAAUGUUUCUUGAAUAAGGACUUUUAUAUGUGCAAUUCUGACUUGUAACAGCUUCUACUGCUUCUUUUUGUGAGCUUAGCAUGUCAUCUGAGCCAAACUGUAAACAUAAGACCAAAACUUGGUUGCAGGUAAUGGUUUGUCUGGAGUGAGCCAAACAAUGAGCUCAGGAUUGAACAACAUGCUAUUCCAAACUAUGGCUUAGCUCAGAGCAGAGAGGCAGCAGGAGACAAAAGAAAGGAGUGCAGGGGCCACAGUCUCUCCAAGAACCUGCAUAGUUGCGCAUUUGCACUAAUCUAUAGUUUGGCCUAGUGUUAUGUGUAAACAAACUCAUUAUACUAUUUCUUUGAUUAUUUUUAAUUUUUAGAAUGCCACAAAAGGAUUAACUGAUCGAAAUGAGAAUGAUCAAAGAAAACUUUCUCAGGAAAAACCAGUUACACACACAACUGCUUUGGAAAAUCCAAAGAAGUUGACGGAACAAAAGGAGAACUUUGAUCCACAUAAGCCUAUGGAUAACCUACCCAGAUCCUGUACUUCAGGUUAUGACACUGGCAGAGUAUCUCUAAAUACCAGCCCAAGCACCUGUGAAAACAAACUUCAGAAACUAAUCCCUAAAAAAAUAAAAGAAAAUGAUUCUCCUUUCCAAGGCCAUUUACAAGGACCAGGGAUAUUUACCAUGGACCCAAAGUUAAAGGGAUCAGUAGCACCAUUAUCAAAGGAUUCAAAAGUUUCUUGUAAAACAGAACCUGGUUCCCGCCCUCCUCUAUUACGAGCUGUGUCGUGGGAUCACGCAGAACCUGGUAAUAUAGAAAAGGUACCUUUUAAAUGUCCAUCUGAAGAUGACAGACACUUUGCCAUUAACAAUAAACCCAACAACAUAUCGACUAAACAGUCAGCCUUCAAAGACCUCCAAAUACAAGUUCAACCAGUAAGAAUGCAGAAAUUGACAAAGCUCAGAGAGGUGAGUUUCUAUAAAUUAGCAGGAUUUUAUUUUAGUCUUUUGUUGUUGUUCCAAAAUUGUGUGAUAUAACAGGAUUGGGCUUUGAUAAAAUAAGAGUAGAACCUUGCAUUUUGAAGUAUUGGGAAAUGAAGAAUUGUUUUCUAGUUCAUUACACCAAAGGCCACAUUUCAAAGGUAGAAUAAGGUGAGUCAGGGCUUGUCAUAUUGCUGUGCUUCUAGUUAAGCAAAACUUGAGGUCUUUAGGAAAGCGUUAACAGCAGAAAGUGAGCAUCUCUAUCUCUUGAUUAUUAGAAACACCUACCACCCACAAUCUCUUGUCUCAAAAACUUUAACUUCCUUUUCAUUAAGCUUAUCUACUGGAUUGUGAAAGCUAGGCACUUAUUUUUUUUAUGGGGAAGAAGCACAGAGAUCCUAUGAACAUUGUCACCACAGUUCACGGACCUCCUUUUAGGCACAUAUAAAAAGUAACAUAGGAUCCCUGUCAGAUAUGACCUGUAAGUAAGAGGACACUGACUGAAUAUUUUGAUUAUCAGUUGGAUUGAGGGGGUGCUGUUCCUGUGGAUUUAUUUUUAAUUUUGGUAAAUUCAUUUAUUAAAAUGUGUUCCAACUCUACACCAGAAUUACAUAUCUAAAUUGACACAUUCUUUUCCCUAUAUAAUUAGCUUUUCAACUCUGCAGCUUUAAUGUUAAAUUAGAAAGCAGUCUUUUGCCUUUUAGUGAAACAAAAGCUUACCGCUUAAAGGUGAUUGUAAAAUACAGCGCAGAGGUACUUUGGUCUCUAAUAAAGUAUGCAAUAUGUAAACAGGAAGAAGCUGAUGAACUGUCCUGUCAUCUUUCAAAGUAGUAUUUAGGAAUUAAAUAAGCUACUUUUGAUCUCUUAGGAGAUUUCUUCACAUCCAGAAAAACCUUUCCUUCCUGAAGCUAUAUCAACAAAUCAUCUUAAACAUUGCUUCAGGUGUUUCUGCUGUUCAUGUGCUUCCUUUUCUUUUGUGUCUUAUUUCUUGCUGCUUUCAACACUUCUUUCCCAGGACAUCACAUCACAUUCUUAUCUGCAGGCCUCAAGACAACUGGUUACUUCUGUGUAGCUGAAAUAAUCUACAUGCAUAAAGGGGAAAAGAAAUUCAGGCAGAACCGUGACUAGAGAGCUAAAAGUCCAUUUGGGGGCCUAUGCUCUGGCAGCAAAGAAGCAAUAGUUUUCCUUACUCUGAUACAAUGUUGGCAGUUUAUUAACUGGAUCAAAUGUAAUAGAGUAGAGAAGAAGAGAAGUCUUUCCAGCAAGAAACUCUCUCAUAGGAUUUAAAAAAAAAUAUUUUUCAAAGUUUUAUUUUCAUAAAAUGUGUUUAUUUUCACCAGGAGAUAAGAUAUAGUUUAUAUAAGCACAAAUAAUUAUACAGUAUUCAGUAUUUCUUGGCAUAUACCAGAUUCUACAGCAGUGCAUCACAAAAGUCUUCAAAUUCUUAAUGAGCGUGGAUUCUUGGUUUUCUCAAAUCUUGCCAAGCACUUUGGCCAUUCAUCUGUUGUUGAGUAAUUGAUGAUAAUAAAAUGGAAGUCGUGUUGGGUGGAAUCUACACACAUAUAAAAACCAUCCUGAAAAUGCUUUUUUUAAAAAGCGUUGUUAAAAAUUUCAUUAAAUUUUCCAUAAAACUCGCCAUCUCCAUCUAGUGUCACAUUUUAUAUUGCACUUAAAACACACUUAAGACGUUUUGUUUGCAGCUGUAUAGCAGAGUCCUUGGUCAGCAUUUCAUCUAUCCAGAGUUUAACCUCUAAUGGAUAGGGUUUCACUCCUCUAAAGGGAUAGGUUUCAGUUUUGUCCGGGAAGUGCAGGUAGCUUAUUUUUGGCAUGAGCCAAGGAUGGUAAACUUGCUGUUACUCCCUCUGGACAUGGGGGGAAAGCUUGGCUACAGUGAUCGGCACUCCUGGUAACCUCCAGCCUAGAUUACAGUAAUAUGUUGCAUGUGGAACUGCCUCUAAAGUUAGUUUAGAACAUGGCCACUAGGCUGCUGUCUAGGACCAUGAAUAAAUUUCACCAGUUCAGAGUGCUCACUUUUAAGGCUCUUUGCUGCUUAGGACUAGAGCAUCUGGAGGACUGUAUCCUCCCAACAUAAGCCUGCCCAUACACUCAGGCCAUCUUCUCCAAGUGCCGUCACUAUUUGAGAUGAGGUGGGUAGUGAUUGAAUGAAAAGCUCUUUUGGUUGUGGUACCCUUUUAUCAGGUGUGCUUGCCUGGUAUAGUGUACUUUGGUUUAAGAACAGCUUAGUUUAUGAACAACGGAUUAAGAACGCUGCAAACCUGGAAGUAGGUGUUUUGGUUUGUGAACUUUGCCUUGGAAGCUGAACAUGUUCCGCUUUCUGUUGAGUGUGUUCCAUUUGUAAACUGAGUCCCCCACUGCUAUGGGAAAGCAUGCCUUGGUUUAAGAACACUUUGGUUUCAGAAUGGACUUCCAGAACAGAUUAAGUUAGUAAACCAAGGUACCACUGUAUUGGUACCUUGGGUUGGAUCCCUAUACAGUGGUGCCUCGCAAGAUGAAAUUAAUCCGUUCCGCGAGAGUCUUCGUCUAGCGGUUUUUUCGUCUUGCGAAGCAACCCUAUUAGCGGCUUAACGGAUUAGCGCUAUUAGCGGUUUAGCGGCUAUUAAAGGCUUAAAGGCUUAGCGGAUUAGCUGCUAAAAGGCUAUUAAAGGCUAUUAAAGGCUUAGCGGAUUAGAUAAAGGGGGAGCGAAAAAAAUCUCAAGACUCGCAAGACAUUUUCGUCUUGCGAAGCAAGCCCAUAGGGAAAUUCGUCCUGCGAAGCAACUCAAAAACGGAAAACCCUUUCGUCUAGCGGGUUUUCCGUCUUGCGAGGCAUUCGUCUUGCGGGGCACCACUGUACUUAGUCAUACUUAUGAUAGAUCCAUUAAGAUCAAUGGGACUAAAGUUAACUUACAUCCCAUUUGAGUAAUUACUCUAAGCAUGACUAAGUCUAAAUCCAUUGUUUCUAGAUUUAGUGACUGGAAAUUUGUUAUGCUAAAGGGUGCAAUGUAAAUUUAUUGGUGACAUGUUGCAAAACCCAGCAACUUGAUUACCACCAUCUUUGCCAAUGUACUAUAUAAUUAUAUCACUGAGCUUGUUAUUUCUUGUAAAGAAUUAAUGCAGUUCUUUCCUACCUAAUCAGGAGCACAUAUUGAUGCGGAAUCAAAAUUUAAUUGGACUUAAGCUCCCUGACCUAAGCGAAGCUGCUGAACAGGAGAGAGGUGAAAUAUGAUAACAUUUGAUGGGAAAUGUACUUGUGGUUAGGAGGGAGGAGGCCACAACAGUGGAGUUUUUUUUAACAGACUGAGGCCUCUUGCUAGAAUACACCACUGAAGACCACACCAUAUGUGACUACUUGUGUGGGUAUGGGAGCGAAAAGAGCACAUUGUUGCAUGUGGAAAUUAUUGCAUCCAUCACAAUGGAUCCCAUUUAGUACAAUGUGCUUGUAAUCUCGGCCUUUUUGAAGUCAGUAAAACUAUUGUCAACAGACACUGGCAAUAAAAGUUGUAUCCCAGUUGCCACUUUCCAGACAGAGGAAAGUUGGUUCCACUUAAUUAUUGAUAAGACAGUAUUGAAAUGCUAGGUGACAAUCACAUUGAAUAGCUGGAUUUUACCUUCAGUCAGUAGUGCCUUUGCUGAAUUUUCCGAUUAGCCCUAUUCCCAUACUGGUUUCUUACAGCAGAAUGUGGAAUAUACCUUUUCUUCAUCCCCUUCAAACAUUAGGCCGGGGCGGAUCUUGGGGUCUCAAAUUUCAAUGACACCCUGUGUAAUGCCAAAAUUUGGCACCCCCUCACUCCAUUGUAAAUCAUAGUUGCUGUGCCCCCUGUUGCAUCCCUGAGGCUCCAUGCCCAAUUCAACCAAAACAGUCGUGCUCCCGUAAAUCCACCUCUGAUUAGGCCCAUCAGAGUACGAAGUUUAGUAAUGUGUUAAACUACUUUAGCUCACAAUGCACUACUGAAGCAAUAGAAUAGUAGUAGCAAUAGUAGAGAAGUGGUGGUGUUGGCAAUAAUGAUAAUGAUAAUAAUUUUUUUAAAGUUUUGAACUCUUCUUCAGGGUCUUCACCAGUGCCUUUCUCAUCAGAGGAGGAAGAGGCGAAAAGUAGAUGUGAGGUGAUGCCCAACAUUCCUGACACUCUUUUACGAAAACUCCGUGUGCACACCUCUCUUCCAGGAAGGUAAACCACUCUGUGCUGAUACUCACACUGUCACCCAAAUGCUUUGUGGAAGAGAUACUUAAGUGCAUUAGAUUCAGAAAGGCAAUGUGUAGGUGUUCUCCCUCCAUUUAUGCCUACUACAUGGUGUAGUAGUUAGUGCUGGACUACAGUGGUUGAUAUUCAAAUCCCAAGUAAGCUCUGAAACUCCAGUUGCGCUCUCCCAGCCUGACCUACUUCACAGGAUUGUUGUAAUGAUAAAAUGUGGGGAAAGUUACAUAUCCCACCCUGAGUUUGUCUAAGGAAAGUGGGAUGGAGAUCUAACAAAUAAGAAAACUAUGCAUUUGAAUUAGUAUUAUCUAAACUGUAAUGCAAAGUUGUAAUCAGAAACUAACUAAAGCUAUAUUUUACUUAGGAUAGGUUAUUUAGGAUACCGUCUCUUGGGAAUGAGUUCAUGUGCUAUGUUUUGUAGCAAGGAAAACUUCCGUUAAGCAGAAAUUAUACUUGGUCAAGCAGCUCAAAAUAUAAAUGACCUUGCAUUAUGACUGUAUGCUUACUGAGUCUUUCUGGCCAAAUUAAGGAAAUUAUAUUUCCUCUUCACUUCAGUCUUUGUAAGAAACAAGACCACAGUAUAUUAGGCCUGCCAACUUCUUCAGAAUGGUGUUAUCUUUUACACCAAUACAGGAAGUGAAGCAGCCUUUGUGGUGUUUAUAUAGCACAAUGCUGUGACAAUAAAUUAACAUUAUAAAAACAUUACCUUGGAUCUUGAGAGUCUAAUAAUUUUGCAUUUGCCAAGGAACAUACAGCACACUUAGGACCUGUAUUUAAUACAUAGUAGGCAGCUGCAUAUCUUGUUUUUCCUUAUCUAAGUACAGUAGUAGGGAAGCCUGAUGCUCACUGUGAAGUGAGGCUUAUUCCCCUGCCAUUCUUAUCUCACUGGGGAAGUAAUCACCCAAUGCCCCAGGGCUAGGGCCGUAGGAAAAUCCAGCAUAUGCACCAGUGGUGCCUCUAUGGUUCCUAAUGACAUUUUUUCUGCGCGGGCAAACUUUAUAACUUAGUUUCCCGUUUUAUUGCAGCUCUCCUCCGCUUACUGAGAGAGAGGUUGAGGUAAGUCUCCUUUUGUUUUUUUUACUGUAAAAUGCUUGAAGGCUCUUCGUCAUCAUAUUUUGUGUGCAACAUACUACCAAGCAACAUUUUGUAGAUAACCUUUCCAUGGCUCCCCUCAAGACAUUCUUUGAAGAAAAUCUAAUCCAAACUGGAGUCAGAGAAGUGUCAUUAUUUUUAACAACAAACAUAAAAAUUCCAUUAAAAAAAUCAGCAAAAUGGACAAAACUAAAAUAAGGAGCAGAGCCAGCAGUCUUCAUCAGAGCUAUCCCAAUCAGGGGAUAAGACAGUCUUCAAUAAGGCAGCCUCCACUAAAUAUCAGAAAUCACUAUAGAGGGGCCUGGUGAACCUCUGGCAGUAGCUGGGCCUCUUUGAAAGACCUUGGAGGGCAGGCAGAAUCAUGGAUCAUAAUCUCAUGAAUGGUUACCACUAUUUAUAAGGGACGCAGGUGGCGCUGUGGGUUAAGCCACAGAGCCUAGGACUUGCCGUUGGAAGGUCGGCUGAUCGAAUCCCCGUGAUGGGGUGAGCUCCUGUAGCUCGGUCCCUGCUCCUGCCAACGUAGCAGUUUGAAAGUGCAAGUAGAUAAAUAGGUACCGCUCCGGCGGGAAGGUAAACAGCGUUUCCAUGCACUGCUCUGGUUCGUCAGAAGUGGCUUAGUCAGGCUGGCCACAUGACCCGGAAGCUGUACGCCGGCUCCCUCGGCCAGUAAAGCGAGAUGAGCGCCGCAACCCCAGAGUUGGUCACGACUGGACCUAAUGUUCAGGGGUCCCUUUACCUUUACCUUACCGCUAUUUAUUUAUUUGAAACAUUUUUGUACCACUUAAUUAUUCAUAUUUCUAAGUGGUAUCUAUAAAAAAAUCCAUAGAAAAUAAGAAAAUAAAACAAUAGCAAUUUAUCAUAAAGCCAAACUGGUAUUCACUGGUAUUCACUGCUGUUCUUUCUACCAUGUUGUCAUAGACAUGGUGUCUGGAUAAGACAGAGAGAGCAAUUUUUAAAAGCUGUAGGAAGUAGCAAGGAAAGUUAACGUUGUUCUUGGAGUGCCAUUCUUCUCCAUUUGCUUUGCUGUUCUACGUUCUAACAUCCAUUGAGGAGCCCCAUAUAAAUUAUAUUAUGUUAUAUAAAAUAUUUUAUGUCUGUGUUGAUAAUUUUACUGUCUGCUGUUUCUAACGCCUGUUUUUAUUAAUUUAUAAUGAAUAUUUCAUACUAUCAAAUGAACUGCUUUGAGAUAUAUCUUUUAUUUAAGUGAUAGCUAAAUUUUGCUAAAUAAAUAAUGAAUAAAGCUUUAGAAGUUAUAGUUGUGGUCAGGAGUAAAAGGACUGAACUGAUAUGUUACUACUGCAAGCACUGAUUUCACAUUGGUCAGUGUAAUGCCUGUGGUCUCAGUACAGCCUUGGAAAGUAAGAAAUGAAUGUGCUUGCCUGCGAAGUAACUUCAGCCUAGUCGUCCAAGCUGGAGAAUAUGAUUCGAAGUGGAUUUGACACUUCUCUUUGUGGAAAUUAAUUCCUACUAGUGUAUGGAAUGGUCUCUCUCGGGAGGUUUUGGACUUUUCUUCCUUGGAGGUUUUUAAGCAGAGGUUGGAUCGCCAUCUGUGAUGGAUGCUUUAGCUGAGAUUCCUGCAUUGCAGGGGGCUGGACUAGAAGACCCUUCAGGUGCCUUCCAACCCUACCAUUCUAUAAUUCUAUGAGUCAACUUUAUGCAAAACAAUUUCCCCCUUUUAUACAUGGAUAUGACUGGUAAACAGAAUUCAAUGAGGCCUUUCUUUUCCCUCCCUCAACAGAAUGUGUUUGUACAACUUUCAUUGGCUUUCAGAAAUGAUAGUUAUACAUUGGAAUCAAGAAUUAACCAGGCUGAGAGGGAGAGGAAUCUUGCUGAGGAGAACACAGAGAAGGAACUGGAUCAUUUUAAAGUUGCUAUUACGGUAAGAGGACCAUGGUGAACAUUCACUGCAGUUUACACUUGUUAGAAUUCAGUGAAUUUUGGUAGGUAUUUUGAAGGCUGCUGCCAAAUAUGUCCCCAAAUCCUAUGUUAUCAUUAACUGUUCAGUACUCAUGGACUUCUGGGGUGGCGCCAUCGGCAAUGGCGGAUUCCCUCUGAACUGGAGGGACUAGCUCCACGGGAAUCGGGUCUUUUCCGCUACGGUGAAGCGGGGACCCAUUCAAAAAUCACAGGCGGAUGAAGCCUGUGACCAUGGGACUCGGCGGGCACCCUUAGCGCCCCCCCAACCCGCAAAAGAACCCAUUAACAGGCUCCGGAGCGAAGAGGGGAAGUGGCGCGGUGCUGAGAGUCAACUGCUUCUUCCGUGGAGCAAAGCCGCACAGCCGUUGCUGGAGAGCACUGCCUUUUUCCUGGGACAAUCUGGUUUCUAAAAUAAUCACCCGUGAGUACCUAAAUUCGGACAAUUGGACUCUAAAUAAGGACUUGUGAACAGAAAGGAAAAUUGGACUUAAAAGUUUACCUUAAUUUGGCGCUGAAACGGGAAGGUCUAAACAGGAAGUCAGCCUUCUGUUUCUUUGUAGAUAGAUUAAAGCAAAGACAUGGCAAACUAGAGCUCAGAAAAUUGCCUGUAAAAGAUUAACUUUCAUCAUUUAAAAUUGUUGAACCCCAUUCGGACGCAGGAGAAGAGGGGGAUUUUUCGGACUGUUUAAACCUGCAGAAGUGAGGGUAAAGUAAAGUAACUUUCCACCGUCCUGAUCCUGGAGCGGGGUGUUAGGACUGACGUUUCUUGAAGCUCAUUGACCAGAGACAACGUUUUUGACAGAUAGCUAUAAGAAGAGAAACUUUGACUCCAUUGUUCACCUUCGCUUCUUAAAGGAACAAAUAUUGACAAAAUAUCUGAAAAAGGAAACUUUUGUUGCUAGACUUGUCUUUAAAAGAACAAAUAGAAGUUUUCCCCCUAGAGGGAGACUGUGAAACUGUAACCAACUCCGGGGAGCUGGCAGCUGUUACAGAUUACAAUCGUGGGAAUAGACAUCUGACCUUGUAGGACAAUGUAUUCAGAAGCUCUGUUGUGUGCUUUCUAUAAAACAAAUGCCCUACUGGAACAGCUACAUGAGAAGACGAAUUUGAUGGCUGAUUCGAUCAGAAAUUUUGAACAGGCAGUGGGAAAUUUUGAACAGGCAGUGGGAAAAUAUGUGGAGCCCACCCAGGAAUUAAAUCAGGAGUGUGCCCUGAUAGAACAGGCCCAACAGGAACAUGAGCUUUCGGAUUUGACAAAUGAACUUGGAAAAAGCCAGAUUUGGAAAGAAAAAGUUUGGUUUGGUUUGGAAAUGGGGGGCUGGACAGACCCCCCUAUGCAGGGAUGUUUGGAUUUUUCAAGUCUGGCAAUGGGCCGUGAGAUGUCUGGGAUUGUGGGGGCUCCUAAUUUUGGAGGGAUUUUGAAACAUGUUCUUAAAUACCACAUGGAAUUUAGUGUGGAUUAUGGAAAAGGGGCUGAUCCGUCGAGAAGGGUCAAAAAUAUUGUUAAGCUGGAGUUCCCACGAGUGAAACGAGCAGGAGACAAGGGAAAAUACAGUUACAAAUAUGAAGAAGAGCUGCGGAAGGGACAUGGAAGAGACUUAAGGGCCUCGGAUAUAAGGUUACCAGGUUAAUGCGCUAGAUCGAUGGGAUAAUAAGGACUGACAAAACCCGGGACCAGGAGGAAGGGACGCUGGAUGAAGAUUGGAUUUUAUUUCUUUUUCUACUACUAGGAUUGUUUUAUAAAAUUGAUGAAUGUUAGAAAAAUGUUGGAAUGAAAUUACUUGGCUUUAGUAAAAAUGUUUAAAGAAUUAUGUAAGAAUAUUAUGGUUAUGAGAAGUUGGUAAAAAUAAGAUUUAAGUUUUAAGUUUCAAGGUUUUUAUAGUAAGAUAAGAUUAAAAUAGUUUAAGGUAAUGUAAUGCCAGAAUUUUAUGAAAUAUGGAAAGGAUUUGCUGCAACAAUUAACAACUAGGAUACAAACAAAGGGAGGAGGAGGAGGUCAAAGAAAGAAGGUAAUGACAGUUGAGGAUUUGAGAAUAAUGGACUUGUUUUUAAAUGUUUGCGGUGUAUUUUUGUUUUUUUGUUUUUGUUUUUUUGGAAUUUGUAUUGUUGGAUGUGGUUUGUGUUUUUCUUUGUUCUUUCUUUGUUCUUUUUCUACUUUGUUUUCUUUUGUAACUCUAAAAAAAUUUCUAAUAAAUAUCAUUUUUUUAAAAAAACUGUUCAGUACUCAUAUUGAUUAUCAGCCAACUUAAAUCUCUAAAAUGGCCACAUUUCAAUUCUGUGCCAUAAUCUAGAAUUUCUUGUUCUGUGGUAGGUUGAUUUUUGCAGUAGGUGGAACUGAAUGUUGCAAAAAUAAUGUACUCUUGGAACUGCAGCCAUACCUUGGUUAUCAAACAGCUUAGUUGCCAAACAAAUUGGCUCCCGAACAUUGGCUCCUGCAGCCAAUUGGAAGCCGCACCAUGGUUUUUGAAUGGUUUCGGGAGUUGAACAUACUCCCAGAACGGAUUAAGUUCGAGAACCAAGGUACCACUAUGCUUUUUUAACAAAACAAAAGAAGCAUAUUGUUUAUGAGUGGUGUAAUAGGUGUAAAAUACCAGACUUCACAAGGGGGGGCUACCUUGUGGCCCUCCAUAAGUUGUUGGACUCCAACUCCCAUCAGCCCCAGCCAUCAGUAGCAGUCCAACAGUUUCUGGAGGGUCACAGGUUAUCUGCCUGCUUCACAGUAAGUCAGUUAGAAGCAUACACUGUCGCGAAUUCUUCGCAGCGCUUUAGCAGAAAUGCUCAGAGUUCCAGGUUCUUCAGUGCAGUAUUAUUUAUUGUGAGCUAUAUAUACAAAUAUCUACAGAAGCAGUUCAUACAGUCAGACAGAGUACCUGGCUGCACCUUAAGGCAAAUAGAGAGACUCUUUCUCUCUGACCACACUCCUCUACACCACCACCUUACAGCUGGACAGGUUUCCCUUUUAAACCGAUGACAGCCAGUCAACUGUCAGCACACUACUGCUGAGUCAUUCUGACCCAGCACCUCCAUAGAAAGUAUUGCAGGCUGAUUGCAUCAGCUAGCAAACUCAAGCCUGCAGACUUACUAUCUUACACAGCAUUCUGUGAUCCCAACAUACACUUGUAAGUCAGAUUGUUCUACAGAGUUCAGACUCAAGGACCCUAUGUCAUGGAGCUCAGAUCUCUUCUUCAGUCUCCUUUUCUGUACUCACCAUUCCUUCUACUUUGGGUUUCAAUGCUGUUUGAGAAGGAAAAGCAGUGUAUGUGCUAGAUGAAAGCAGCAAAAUUCUGCUACAUAGUUUACCAUUUAUUGCAGAGAGGUUUGGCAUCAUGAUUGCAUAUGUUGUUUAUGCAUCAGUCCUGCAGUAUUUCCUGGAGUUCCCAUCCUAAACAUGGAGGAGGUAGUUGCUGUUCUUUACUAUUUAUGUUCCUGGGCAGGGAACAGCUGAAUACUUGACAUCAUACAGUGAAGAAUGUGUAAUCUCAUGCCUAAAAAAUGCCCUGAGUAAAUGCACCUAAAGAUAGAGGAAGCGAGGAGCGAGGAAUUUCUGCAGGAAGUCCAUAAAUCUCUUUAUAAUCGUUUAUGUAUACAUCUUUUAUACUGGUAUCUUUCAGAGGAAGAGUGGGCAAAGCAAUUCUUAUUUGUUCAUGCAUUUCUUUCUCAGGUAAAAACUGAUUCAAACACAAAAUAUUUGCAGCCCAAUCCAAGCAUGUUUGCUUGGGAGUGGAACCCAUUGGGCUUGGUGUGUCUGGGAUUGCAGACUUAGCUACAAUGGAAGCUGCACUCCUGCACACGCUUGCCUAUGGGUAAGCUCCACUGGACAUUGUAGGGCUGAAAUGUGGAUAGAUAAGUAUGUGAUUGUGCUGCAAAAUAGAUGUAGUAGAGACUGGUGUCGGGGUGCGAUGCCAAUUCACACAUUUUCACAGUAUGGGAAUUACUUUUGUCAGGAAUUGCAUGAAAUAGGUAGCUUUUCUAAAACAAUUUCAAGUAUGUGUGCUUCCACUGGCAUCAAAGUGCAAUGUCAUCUAAGAAGUAUGCUUCCUUUCUGGUACUGGAUUUUUCACCCACACUGACUUCUUUCCUCCCAUUGAGCCUGAAAAUUGUUUGGCUUCUAUGUUUGCUUUCUCAUUUAAAUGGGAAAUCUGAUGUGUAAAUCUCGUGUUUAUCAAUCAAGGGCUAUGUUUCUUGGCUGUAUAUCUGAAGCUGACUCAUGUUCAGGAGCGCAGCACUUUUAGAGUUGGAUGUACUAUACUGAAACUAAGGUUGCCAUACGUCCGGAAUUUCAUGGACAUAGCUGGUAUUAAGCCCUUGUAAACAGCGUCCUGGCGGAAAUUGCUGAAAUGUCCAGACACAUGGCAACCCUAGUUUUGGAUGCACGGCAGCCCAUGUCAGUAGUGUAGAUUUUGGCAAAUUUCAUUAAAAAAUAGGUCCACAACUCAUUUUUUAUUUUUUAAAUUUUGCAAAAACAACUCAACAACUUUGGGCAAAACUAAAAACGCUCAUCAACAACUUUUGUGUCCAGAUUUUCACUUUUUAAAAUGUGGCAACCCUACUGAAACUCACACAGCAGGAUUCACUUUCCGUAUCUCCAAUUUCCAAUAGUAGAAAAUUGCUGUUCUACUUGUUGAACUGCUUCUUCCAUGAGGUGAGGAACACUGCCACUGCCCUAUUUGUUUUGUGAUGAAAAUACUCUUAUCAAUGGGAAAAUGUAGAAAGGGCGCACUGCUGGCCCUAAUCAAGUAUCAAACUUUGAAAAAGGAGAGGUUGGAGGUAAUUACAAUGUAGUAGAAGCCCUAGUUUUCUUACUUUCUAAUUUGCUUAUCACAAUCAUUAUUCUAUCUCUGGUUAACCAGAUAAACUAAGCUGUAGGCUGGUAUGCACAUGAUUUUGAUGGGCUGCAUCUCAAAUGCAAAAUCAGUCAUAAGACUCGCCAAGAAGGGUAGCACAAUGAAGAAACUGAAGAUGAGCUAAUUGAGGAUUGUAAUGUUUACAAGAUUUUCCACUGGAAUUUUAAAGCCCCAUUGAAGGAUUAUCUGUGCUUUUAAAUAAAAAUAAAAAUGAACAAAUCUUUGCUUGCAGUCAACUUUUUAUUACUCUUCAUUGUUUAGAGAGCUGUGAGAUUAACAAAGCACAAAUAGUAUCUUGCCUUAACCAACAAACAAUUUGUACAUCAUAAUAAACUUUUUAUCUUACAAGGGCAAAAACCCACUCUUUAAAGCUGAAACACAACAAAUGGCAAUUCAGGUUUUCAGUGGAUUGUCCUUUUCUCCAAUUCAGCUUUAAAGAGUAGGUUUUCAUGGGGAUAGCUCUGGAGCAAAAAAAGAGAGUGCUUGGACAGAGAGCUUUAAAGGAUGGACUACGCCUGGAAAGGUGAGUGUGGGUAAGCCCUUGUUUCAUGAUAGCAUGAAGUUUGAUUCUUUGUAGUCAAUACGUGUAAUGAUAUCUAGAAUAUAAGAUCUUGAUUUGAUAUCUGUAGUGGAAUUUCAAGCCUUGUUUAGGUUUUGGAAACUGUAAGUAGCUGUACAACAGAGGGACCUUUUUAUGUUUGUUGUGCAAGAACUUUCUAUAGUUUUAAUGGACCCAAGGGACAACAAAGGUGGACAACCCUUGAACUGUAAAACCACAAUGACUUCAUUUGCUAUACAUGCUCCUUGAUUUGAUACAUUAGUUCAUGCUCUCGCUUCAGUCCUCGGCUUCCUUGUGGCAUCAUUCUGAGCACAGAGACAUGUAUCAGAGAUUGUUGGAGGACAUGGCAGUGCUGCAUCGUUUGGCCUCUAGAUUAUCUAGUCGAGCGGAAAUGGUUGGAGCUGUUCGCCAGGUAAGACUCUUGGAAUCAAAUACCCUGCAUCGGUUCCGACUUCACUACUUGAAAAAAUAAAGUUUUGUAGGAAGCGUUGGCUAUAGUCAGGAGAGACAAACAUGUUCCUAAAGCAGAGUUAGAAAUCUCAUACCCUAAGGCUGAAUGUGGCCCUCCGGGCCCGCCUCUGGCCCGUGGGACUGUCCCUGGGACACACACCCUCUUCUCAUGGAACAGCCUUCACUGACCUUGCUCCACACCUGCUUGAGGCGCUUUUGUCUGGCUGGAAUGGGUUAUCAAACUGUGACCAUGCCUCUUGCUUGCCUGGACAGAGGGUAGAGGGAGGUCCAUUGAAGUCUGACCAACUGCAACUCCCUAAGGUUUCGGGCAGAUAUUUUGUGAGACUUUCUAAAGGUCCUUUUAAUUGCAGAUGCCAAAGACUGAACAAAGCAUAUCCUUUACCACUGAGCUGUGGGUCUCUGCCCUCUGGCUCUCUAAAACCAUCGUUUCAAAAGCUAGCUGCAGAUCUGGAAUGAGAGCUGAAGUGUAGGUGGCAAGGCAAGACACAGUGAUAACAGCAAGAACCUUUAUGGAACUCACAGAACUGGCCAACAGAGGCAAAGCAACUGCUUAUAUACAUUUCUGAAGGCCUGGGGCACUCCCACUCCCAACGUGAUUGGCUGUCUAAACUUCCAAGCUGCAAAUCAUGAAUGAGUUUAAGGGCCAAUGGCAGAGGCCCAAAUCUUGAAAUGUUCUGUGAUUGGAUAUCAUGUAUUGAAUCAGAACACAGGGGCUAAGAAUUCUUAGUCCAGACUCAAGCUCAGGCAAGCAUAGACUACUGAAUACAUAACAGGAGCCACUUAGGAAAUUAUUGCUAGAGGUGUGUCUGUGCAGUUUCCAGAGGAAUUUCCCUUUAAACUGAUCUCAAGCCAUACUUCCAAAUUACUACUUUGGUUCAGGAGUUUGCUAUACCCAGAGGUGGCCCAAUGAGAGGAAGUUAGCAAUCAUAGGAAAUAAUGCCCCAAUGAGGUGGGGUAUCCUGACAUCCUGCAGAGGAGCCCAUAGGGCAAGGUAACAAAGUAGGUUGGUUGCUUGCAGCACCAAAAAUAGUUCCCUUGAGUUCUAUCUUUAGUCACUUCUUCCUAGGUAAAGUUAGGACCACACCUCUGCUUUGUACUGUAGCCACAUAAUAUGAUGGUGUUGUAUUACCGUAUUUAUUUGAGUCUAAUGCAUCAUUGAAUCUAAUGUGCACAUCAAUUUUCGAAAUCUUAAAACCAAAAUUUUUUUUUGCUGGAGAAUGUAAAUGUGUCAUCAAAUCUAAUGCAUACCUUAAUUUUUGCAGCAUAAUUUGGCCAAAAAGGGUGAGCAUUAGAUUCAGGCAUUCUUCUAGCUUGGUCCUCUUAGCCACUCACUUAUUAGUGGGAGUUAAGAUGUAUCUGAAGGUUAGUGGUAGGGUCUCUUUAUGAGUAAAAUCUCAGUCUUGCUAAAAGCUGAGAUGAUGUCAUUCAUUUCUUGUUGAAAACAUACUUCUGUGCGAUGCUUGAUCUCCUCAUUGCAGGAGAAGCGCAUGUCAAAGGCCACUGAAGUUAUGAUGCAGUAUGUGGAGAACUUGAAGAGAACAUAUGAAAAAGAUCACGCUGAGCUCAUGGAGUAUAAGAAACUCGCCAAUCAAAAUUCUAGCAGAAGUUAUGGCUCACCUGGUAAAAUAGUCUCUUCUUCCCCACCACACAAUAUUUUAAAGCAUGUCUUUAUUGCUGUUGAACUCAUAGUUGACUACUCUCAAAUCUACAUAGAUAUAAAAGCAGAUUAUUAAGGUAUUUGACAGAAUAUAAUUAAUUACAGCUGUUGAACAAAAGUUGUGUAUCUCGAUUGUUUUUACGUAUUUCGUUUAAAUCCGUGCACAAUAUUCUAUUAAAGAACAAAAGUUAGAAAAUCUGAUAAUAGAUAGUAAUGUACUGAACUGAACAUUUCCCAAAUUUCUGCACUUGUAACAAAAAGAGAUAUACGUCCUAGUCUUAGAUAAUAUACUGUUUUGCUUUAAAAGCACAUUUGUUUCAAUAUAAAAAAUUUCUUACUACAGUGGUGCCCCGCAAGACGAAUGCCUCGCAAGACGGAAAAACCGCUAGACGAAAGGGUUUUCCGUUUUGGAGUUGCUUCGCAGGACGAAUUCCCCUAUGGGCUUGCUUCGCAAGACGAAAAUGUCUUGCGAGUCUUGAGAUAUUUUUUUCACUUUUCCCCCCCUUUAUCUAAGCUGCUAAGCCUUUAAUAGCCUUUUAGCAGCUAAUCCGCUAAGCCUUUAAGCCUUUAAUAGCCGCUAAACCGCUAAUAGCGCUAAUCCGUUAAGCCGCUAAUAGGGUUGCUUCGCAAGACGAAAAAACCGCUAGACGAAGACACUCGCGGAACGGAUUAAUUUCGUCUUGCGAGGCACCACUGUAUUUUAGUGCUGGCAAUGCAUGUCUGUUUUCAAACACUAAUUCUUAUUCUUACUUUUGUUGGCUUUGUUUUACUAUGGUACAGAAGAUGGUGUGCCCCGUACAUCAAGAUCCAUGUCUCUUUCUGUUGGAAAGGUACUCUUCCAAGUUUUAAAAAGCUUUAGUUUAAUAAGUGUUUUUUUUAAAAAAAAAAUUCCAGCGACUUAGAUUCUCCAUGUACUCCAAACAACUUGCUCAUUUUUCUUUUCUUUUUUUCAAGCACUUCCAAAAUAUUUUCCCCCAGCUUGAAACGUAGCAUUCAGGAAACCAGUUCACAUAUAAAAGCUGCUGUUGCAGUAGAAAGUCAACAGGGAGGCAAAUAGCAGUAGAAGUCAGGAUUUUCUGAGAACUGGCACAAAGCUUCAAUCAGAAUUGGGACCCGGCAUGGCUACUUUUAUUUCAAAACAAAAGCAUGUUGUUGUUGUUGUUGUUGUUGUUUAAAAAAGGAUGUGGAGCAUAAUAUGUAGUUUGGCCUUUAGAAAUCUAUCAAACUAAGUUUACUUACCUAAGGUUACAGUCAUAGACACACUUACUGGGGAGCAAGUCCUACUGAAUGGAAUGUAACUUGCAUCUGAGUAAACACGCAUAGGCUUUGGUGUUUCAGGCUUCUUAGGAUUUAAUGCUGCAGGGUUCCUUUUUGUAACUGGCAUACAACUGGUAUACAAAUGGACAUAUUAGAAAACUACAGUAACAAUUCUUUAUUAGUUAUCUGCAUUGGAAUAGAAUUAGGGUGAAAUUCAGUUAUAUCCACACACUUGCACAGUGGGACUUACGGUUUCUCUCCUUCCCCGCUCCAGCCCCCUGCAUGUCCCAAAAUCUGCUCCAGAGGGUAACCCCCAACCCUCAGAGCAGAUCUUUUUGAGCAUGUGGGAUUUGCCAGGGGGAAGGAGGGGAAGGAAAAGCUCAGCUGCAUAAGUGGCUGCUCAGUCACACUCAUUUUUAUUUAUUGAUUUUUAAAAACAUUUUAUUUUCCAAUUUUAUAAUCACAAUAUUUUAAAAGUUCAAUACUUUUCCAAAGAUACAAUAUAGACUCCCCCCUGCCUCUCCCCUGGAUUUCAAUUUUCUGCCCCCCCCCCCAAUCUCUUGCAACUUAUUUUAUUUCUCCAAACUCUUCGUUUUCCCUCUUAUUCAUCCUAAUUUCCAAUUAUAUGCUUUCAUAAAUGUUAUAUCAAACCUACUACCGUUUUAAUAUAUUUACUAUGGUCUUUUAAAUAGUUUAUAAACUUCUUCCAUUCCUGUUCAAACUUUUUCUCAUUGUGAUCUCUGAUCUUCAGGGUCAUCUUUGCCAUUUCGGCAUAGUCCAUCAUCUUAGUUAUUCAUUCUUCUUUUGUUGGUACCUUCUCUUAUUUCCACUUCUGGGCAAGCAACAUUCUUGCGGCUGUUGUUACAUACAUGAAUAGUCUUUUUAAGUCCCUUGAUAUUUCAUCCCUUGUUAAUUCAAGUAAAAAGGCUUCUGUGUUUUUUUUUGACAAAAGUUAUCUUAAAACGUUUUUUUUCAAUUCAUUGUAUAUCAUUUCCCAGAAGUCUUUUACUUUUCUGCAGGACCCACACUGUCAGAUUUAACCCCUUAGGCUCAAACUAUGAAUAAAGGUCACUCCUGAAAGAACUUUCAUACCCAUGGUUUUGUCCUUUUUUUCUCUUUUCCCCUAAUCUGCCUGAUAUGCAGCCUAUGAAAAUAGAACUUGGAGUCACUUAUGUAAUGAAAUAAUUUUUUAUUAUUAUUAUAGAUGCCUCGAAGACGAGUCAGUGUUGCUGUUGUUUCAAAAUUUGAGCUCCCUGGCCAGUCACCUACUGCAUCGCCCAUACCUUUGAUGCCAUCCCUGGUAAGGUUUUCAAAUUUCUAACAUUCUAGAGAAACCAAAGCUUUAAAGAAAAACCUUUGCACACAGGUGUGACUGUGCUACAUUUUAUAAAUCUGAGGCUAUUUGAUACAACAGUAAUAUAAAUAAAUAAAAAAGAUUCGCAUCAGAAGUAAACUAUGUUGAUACACAGACAUAGGUGAGAAAUAUACUGUUAAUCAGAGAUGGGGAACCUGCGGCCUUCCAGAUGUUGUUGGACUACAACUCCCAUCCAUCACUAUUAGCCAUCAUGGCUGUGGCUGAUGGAAGUUGGAGUCCAACAAACAUCUGAAGGGGUGUAGGCUUCCUGUCCUUUCUAUAGAGGAGGUAUUUAGAGAUGUUCUAAACAAUACUAGGCUUCCUGUACGCAGGAAAACACCUAGUUUAUGUUUGGGGACCGUUCAAUUUUUUGUUGUAUGUAUGUUGAGUACACCUUCAUGUAAGAAAUACAGUUGUGUUGUUUGCUGCUUGAAUGAAAUUGAAUGGACCUCUUUAUCCACAGUCUGAGUCAUCAAAUGGAAGAAGCAAUCUGACAUCAACUCCCGUCUUAUCAGCGCUUAUAGAGAAGUGAGUUAACAAAUAUUUACUAUAUUGAGAAUUGUAGAGCAGAUAAUUCCUGCUGGCAUAAAAAGAGCUUUUUUCCUUAAAGAGUUUAAGUUGAUGGAAUAGGAUCAAUAUUUUGCCAAUGAAGGUAGAUACAGUAAUUUAAAUAUCUUGCCCAUCUGCAUUAUUUAUACCUUUUUUAAAAAAGUUAACAGACAGUGUCCAUGCUAUAACCCGGCAGUUACGUCUCUCAAAAAGUUAUCUGUACCCAUCCCAGAAUAAUGUGUAUUAUAAAAGGUUAAUCCAAUGUUAGUUGUACUCAGAGUAGACCCAUUGAAGUUGAUUGACAUGACUAAUUUGGGUCCAUUGUGUUCUGAGUAGAAUUUAGAUAGAUACAACCUAAAGUAAUAUGCUGAACGAAGGCUUUUAAACAUGAGAAUAACAAAUGCCCAGCCCAGCCAUUGUUUCAGGUUUUAUCGAAAGAUUUUUCUUAAGAACACAGGAUGUGCUUGUGUUUUGGAACUCCAUGCAUGAACGUACUUCCUAGAAAGUUUACUGUAUAUUGGCAGCUUUUCUCACAGGGCAGAGCACUUGCCUUCAGGAAAUACAGCACAUUUGAAGGAAAUCUCUUGCUGACAUUUCAGAAUUAUGAUUAGUGAUUUGUUGAAGGGUCCAAGAUGAUGCUGUGUUUAUAUAAAGUAUCUAACUUUUCCACAGCAAUGAGAAUUUCAGUGGAGUUUCUCCAGGAUCAUUUUUAUUUAGAGGUGAGAGAAUUGCUGGAGUUGUACAAUAUCCCUACAAAAUCUCUCCUCCCUCAUGUGCUGGCAGCCAAGCAGCAAUCAGAAGGCAGCAGUGCCCAAGACAGGACUGCAGUUCUCUGACAUCACCAAGGCGAAUCCCCCAAGUUGUUUUUGCAUAGCUUCUGCUUCCGUAACGGACAGGGAAGCUUAGCAUCAAGCUGCAACCCUUUCCUUUGGGACAAUGCUUUCUGUUUCUGUCUUUUGAAUUUUAUUAGAAUCUACGUAUAUUGUCUGGCUAUCCAGACCAGCCAAGCAGGUCUGAAAGAACACCUCAUGUUAGUAAAGCUGACCCAAAACAACCUGCUGACUGAAUGUGACAGUGCUGUUACUCUAUUUGUCGUAGAACUAACUUAGCCAGAAUGUGCACUCAGUUUUGCAAUAGGGGCUCCAGAGCGUGUGAACAUGGUAAGUACCAAAACAGAGAAGAUGAAAUAGAAUUGGUUAGGCAAAAGUUAUGAAUGGAAAAGGGAUUUCAGAGGGGAAGCACAGAGCACACAACAAAUCUGAAGAUGUGUACACAUAAUGGCACUUUACCAUUUCAAGUAAUUGCAAGGGAGUGUGACAUAAAAUAAAAAGGGAUGAGAAAGGAAGAGGAAAAUUCAAGGCAAUCACUCUUUCAUAAUACCCUACAGGGUUAUAUUGGGAAACUGCAGGAGGCAAUUCUGGGAAGGGAGGAGUCAAAUGGCAGCUUGACCCACUGAGCUUUGUGGUAUGUAAUAUUCCCACUAAAAGACCAACUAGGGCUGGAUCAAGUGUUCAGCCCAGCUGUAUUUAUAAGGCUUUGCACUGUAUGGACGUCAAAGACCCUCCCAAAGAUCAAGAGACCCAUAAGCAUUCUGGUGGGGGUACAUAAUAUUAGAUGAGAUAAUAAAGUUAUCUGUGUUUAAUUUUAAAUUUACUAGUGGAAAAUCAAAUGGGGACCCUGAGAGUGAACCACCUCCUUCAGCACCAGUACAGAGUGCCUUGGAAGAGAUCAGCCCAGAGAUAAAAGCCAAAAUAGAAGAAGAGGCUUAUAACAAAGGGUGAGUAUGUGUGCAUUCUGAAUCCUUAAAGAGAGAGGCUACAUUAUGGGCAAUUUAUUAAUUAUUAGCUAGUGCAGUUGUGUAUGGGUUCCUCAUGCUUUCAUGAAUUUUAUAGGCUGCUAUGCAAAUAAAUGAUUUGCAGAAAUGUAGAAUCUUUCUAAUAAUAAUAAACAAUAAUUAAUUUUUAUUUGUAUCCCACCCUCCCCUGCCAGAGCUUGGCUCAGAGCAGCUAACAUCAUAUUAAUAACACAAUAUACAUAAAAAUAAGCAAUCGAUUAAAAUGCAUCCCAAAAUUAAUUCAAAUAAAUUAAAAUUAAACUAAACAAAUGGCAGUCCUCAGGUUAAAUUGAAAGCAGUUAAUACUUGCCAGGACCAACUGUUUCCACUGAUAUUAUAAGGACCUGUGAGCGGGCUGGAAAACCUCCUUCAUGCUUGUCCUUAUACUGUAAAUAUGGGAUUUCCAAAACUGAACAAAUUAACACACACACACACAAAAUUCAGUGAGAUGAUAGUCACAUAUCAUUCCUUUGUUUUCUCAUCAGUUUCCGUUGCCAUAGCAGUUGUGCAUCUACAUUUAAGCAAAAACAGAAGGGCACCAUGUAUUCAGAAGGCUAAUAAAAAUUAAGUUGAGAAAAGAAUUAAAACAAAACUGUAACCAAAGAAGCAUGAUUCACAUCAUAAAUCAUGUCUAGUGAUUCACUGAAAGUCAUUGGGCUCAUAUAUCUGAGUAGCAGAGCCAGUUCCAAAGUAGGGGCUUUGUUGUUGGUGAGACAACUAGAACCCUGAGGUAAUGUGUGUGUGUUUAGCAUAUAAACCAAUAAGACAUAACUUCUGUUAAUUUUAAAUAUAUACAACCUCUAUUCAUGUUUAGAAUUCCAUAACAAGUAGGAAGGUCAGAAUUCCCCAUUUAGAAUGUGUCUACAAACACAGUGGUUUAUUAUGUAACUUGGCUCCUGCCUCUGUACCACUAGAACUGUUAGCCCAGGAAAGAGACUGAAUACUUCUGCUAGCAAAUACAAAGUAGCUUCCCAUGGUCUUUGGAAGAAAGCCACACCACUUAAACCAGUUUGAAACUGAUUUGGAUUCCACAUCGCCCAGAUUAUUUGCAGUUAUCACUAGUGCUUAAAGAGUAAUGUUAUAAUCUCUACUACACUACUAGAAUCUAACAAUCUUGACUGAUCUGAAGAGUUUAUCAUGUGUCUUCCAGCAUUGAUAAUUUGGAUAGGGGGACUAUGGCCUCUAUAGGUGUCACCAGUUAACAUUGCACGAUUUAACUUGCAGUCCCUGGAAGAGCAACUGUGUGGCGUUUUAGCAGGGACAUGUUCUCAAAAUAAACAGGACUUCCUCAACUCUCAUAAUUACAUUUAGCUAUAAUUAUGUGUGGGUAGCUUGCCUGUGCUCUUCUCUCCUUCUGUUCAUCACGAUUCAUGGAUAUCCAACUGAGCCCAUUCCCCACCUGCAUGUUGGAGUAUUCUGUUUGCUUUUGUUGGUAGCAUUCCCUGUUUAUCAAGGCCAGCCCACUGAUCAUGAAGCAAAUUUCAGACCCAGCUAUUGUGUUUGGAUGAGGUUGUAUUUUGUCCUACAUUUAGUUGAGAAUUGUUUUCCUUAUUUUUGGCAAAUUCUGUUUUACGUUGGUUGUUUCUAAAGCUAGUUGAUACAACAAUAGCCUCUCAGGUCAGAUUUAGGUGACAUUAUAGUACCAUUUGCAUGUUGAUUACCCACAAGGGGCUCCAUGAAAUCAAGGGGCAGUGGAACCGUAUGAUUGGCCCUGCCCCUGAAGCUGCAUGGCUACCCACCUGAUUCAAACUUAGAGAGAAAUGCCAUAGUAGCAAACAAACAAAGCCUUCCUUCACUCUGCUUUUCCUCAAUGAAUUUCUAGGUUUGUUCAAAAUACAUACCUUAUUAUUAUAGAAUACCUGGGUAACUUGGAAACCAACCUUAGAUUAUCAGAUAUAUUUUUUAAAAAUAGGACAGUGACAGUGGUGACAUCAGGAGCAAGUACAGUAGAAGCAUGAGGCAGACUUAAUAAGGUCAUUGUGAUUGUUUAAUUUUUUUGUCUGAGCCAUGCAGCAUGAAUGAAUUACACUCUUUAUUUAAAAAUGAAAAAGAAGAGUACACGCGUCUUUUUUCUUUUCUUUUUUCCUCUUAAAGUUAUCAGGAAGGCUUAAAGAAAACCAAAGAACUUGAAGAGCUGAAAGAAGAUGAUGAAGAGAAAAUAGAUGAGAGCCCCAAAGAAUGUGUAGCAGGUGAAAGCGACGAUGAAAUCAGCAAGCAGCACAGGUGAGAAAACAGCUGGAGAGGGGGUCAGGAACCUGUGGCCCUCCAGAUGCUGUUGGACUUGAGCACCCAUUGAUUGAGCCCACCCAGCAUAGCAGAUGAUCAGAGAUGAUGGAAGUUGUAGUCCAACAACAGCUGGAGGUCUCUCCUCUGAUUUAGAAAGUGAAUAUUAAUUUGUUUCAUUAAAUGUGUGCUGCCUUCUGGGAUGCUUUGGAGGUUGAUUCAGAAGAAUGCCAUCAGUGUGGUAAAGCUACUCCAACCAGCUUUUUUAGAACAACUCUUCCAAGCAAAAAUAAUUUUAUGGGCAACAGAGGCAAGGUUACUGUUGUUCCUGGAAAGAUGAAAUUUAAACAGAUAAAUUCAGGUUGGCAUUUUAUUGUUCAUAUGAGCCAGUGGGUAAAAUUUAUAAAGGCAUUGGGACAAGGAGUGCUUUCAUACAUGAUGAUUCAAGCACAUUUGAGCCUCUAAAAUACAUUUAUGUUACAUGAAGGAGAAAGUGAGGGAUUGUGUAGGAAUAUCCUAAGCAGUUAAAAGACUCUGGGCACAGACUUAUGAGGCAAAUUGGCAUAGAAUAUGCGUAUGCUAUUCUAUAACCAAAAAUGCACACUGAAGCCAAGUUUCAGAGCAUGGGGGGAACAAACUCUGACUCUUGCUGUCAGGACUUAAUUUGCCUUAAUUAAGAUGCCAAGUGGCUGGGUCUUAAUGGUACUGUGGUUUGCCUUGCUGCCUCUAAGCAAAGUUUUGAAAAACGUUUUUUGCAGGUGGGAGUGGAGGAGAUAUGGAGGCCAGCACAAAAGUCCUAGGGCUUGGGCCUACCCCUUUAAAACACCGCUAAUAAAUAAUAAUAAUAAAUUUUUAUUUGUUUCCUGCCCUCUGCGGCCAAAGCCAGGCUCAGAGCGGCUAACAACAAGAAGUAAUACUCUUUACAAACUGAGUUAGAACAAGAGCUGUUAGAAUACUUGUGUGUUACCUGUUUGUUUUCAAUACUCUUAGCCUAAGUUUUAAAUGGUAUAGCUGUGAAACCGAAGUCAAAUUUAAUGAAUAUACUGGCUUCCUUGACAGUCAGCUUCUCAUCUAGUUUUUAUUGGAACCUUUGACGACAGUUUCAUCUCAUGAUGAAAAAUCUAAAUGACUGUAGAUGCUAUAAAUAUUGCAUUUUCUUCUGAUGCCAACUGUAAUACUUUUAAUAUGAAUAUGUCAAUUCUCAUCUCAAAAAACAAAAAGAGAAAAGAUAUGUAUUAUAAAAGUACUAAAAUUGAGACAAAAAUAAUGAACUACUUCAUGCUCAUGGGGACAGCUGUACCUUUGAUCCUGUGGCAUAUGGCCUGAUGUGGAUAGCCAUCUGUACUGCUAAGCCAUUCAGUCUGAUAUGGUAGCUUUCCAAAUAACGGAACUACCUAACUUGUAACUUCUACAUACUUGCUUGAUUCCUUUUCAUUUUACAGCAAACUUGAAGUUGUUAUCCACUAUGUACAAAUACUGUACCCCAAACUGCAUAAACACUGGAACGUGCUCUGGAUUGUAGCUGCUGUUAUCGUCAUUUUUGCUGUGGUGCUGGGAAUCUCCAGUUUAUACAACUACUUUUCCUCCUGUACUGAGUUGUCGACUGGGCCACGAGUGAAAGCUACCUGUUCUGCUGUCCAGCAAUACUUCUGGUGGAACUCAGGACUGCAACAUGAUCAGCGCACGGAAUAACAAAAGCAUGAAUGGGGAGGAGAACCACUUAACGAUACAGCAGUAAGCACCUGUUUGAGAACCGAGGUGCACAAAGCAGAGCAGUGCUUUGUCACUUUUGUGGUGGUUAAAUGUGAUCAGUAACCUACUGCUUAAUUUCGUCUGUGCCAUCAGACUUGUGAAUGCCGUGUGAUUUUUAUCUAGCCAGAUGCACCAGCCAAUAAAUGCUGUUCUCUCUUUCAUGCUAAUUGUUAUUUGAUUGAUGUGCCUGAAUAUCACUACAUGAGAAUAUAAAGAUAGUGUUUGACCAAAAACUGGACAUUGACAUCUAGGUUAUAGGUGGAACACAAAUUCCAGUGCUUCUGAGGGAUGUCACUCGCAGCCUUCUUCCUAUAUAAAUGUCAGCACUGAUUCCUUCUAUAAAUUUCAGGGGCUUUUCAAUUUAUUUAUUUUUAGCCCUUAGCGUUAUAAUAGAUUAGAGAAUUGAUUUCACAAUCAUAAGGAAUAAGCAAAAGAUUAAAUGGAAAAAUACUAAAGGCAUUGUGUCCUGGCUACAAGCUGGUGCCAAUGGUCUCAAAACAGGUUCUCGGCAUGAAUGGAAGCAGGAACAUUUGUCACUCCACCACACAUACAACAUAACUUGCAACACAGUCUUUGUUACUUUACACAUACUUUGUUCAUUCUUUUCUUUUUGAAUGGGGAGAUUUCACCAGAGUCAUGUGCAUGCGGUACAUGAUACACAUGGUGGGGUUCAGUGGAGGUGCCCAAUCAGUCACAUACAAUCUCUAUUAUGCAUACAGAAGACAUGCUGUAGUAAGUGUGGAAUGGCUCUGGGUCUGCAAAAUCUGUCACCCACGUUGGUGAUAACUGGUAACCUGCUGUAAGCAUAGCAAACCUAAAAGAACUAGAUUGCAUUAAUAUAAGAAGGCGUGGUAUAUUUGCAGAGGAGAACUGACAUUUCUGUCAGGGAACAUUUCAGCCAAUGGAAUGUAAACAACACAGAUGUGGUUUUACCAUUUGUUAUGUACUGAGCAUGAAAUUCAUAUUCGACUCUGAGUAUAUUUCAUCAUUCAUGAAGCUUUCUAUUGGAGGAAGCAUCUUGAGUGAUGUUUGUGCUCAUACUGUGCUAGCCUUUUGCACAAGCUUAUCUAGCUUUCAUUUGUGUUUGAAAUUGAUAACUUCUCUUGUAUUGGAAUUGGAGGCACAGAAGGAAGUGUUGGAAGCAUGGUGAGCUCUGAUUCAGACAGGAUAUUAAUAGCUUUUCCUAGCUGGGCCUGAGUUCAAAACUCUGUUGAACACUUAGACAUAUUGUAGGAACUUAUUCUUGCAGGAAUCUGUUUUAUGCGUUGAGAAGGAUAAAGAGGUAGAGCCCAGUAUAAACUUAUAACUGAUGUCAUUUGAUGCCUGAUAAUUUAUCUUCAGUUUAAUGAGCGUUAGAGUCUCAGGAAAUAGAAGUGUGGUAUGAUUUUAAUUUUGACUCAAGCAGCUGUUUGAAACACAACUUUGAAUUUUCAGAUAUGUCUCUUAAGCGGCUCCAGAAGAGUAAAUAUUGUGAUUAAGUACGUUUAAUAAGGCUAAUGAGAAAGUGUGUCAUUUGAUCUCAAACUGGAAGAGGGGAAUUAAAGGUGGGCAAAUAAUCAAAUUAAAGUUUUUUUGCUGGCUUUUGGAUGAAAUGACUUUGAUAUGGAAUAGAUACAAUGUAGUUUUUCACUCUAGUGAAAUAUAGUUGAGGCACACCUUCUGCUACAGACAAUCAGGAAAUUAGGAAUAACAAUGGUAUUGCAAAAACCCAAAUCAGAAAGCUCUUUUAUGUAAACUGCUUGAUUUAUUUAUUUAAAGUAGGUGGUUUAUAUAUUUUGUUCAAUAAGUAAAAGGGAAAAGUUAACUCCCUAGACAGUGGAACGUUUCUUAUGAGGUGAUCAACCAACUUUACAAAAUUAAAUUCUGAUAUUAGUAGUUCAUUUUGUUCAGCUAUGAUCAGAUCAUGGAUCUGCUCAUAAAUUGCAGGAGUGAGCUCCAUGACCUUUCUGGAGUGAAUUCUCUACCAUUUUCCUCCCAAUCUUAACUACUGCUAUAGUUUACAUUACCUCUGAACUAAACCACUGUUUGCUGCUAACCAGAAUUUUAAAACAAACUUUCACUUUCUGUUCAAUAGCAAACCCUAAUUAGUAUAUUAACCAUCAUUAAAGUCAAUACUGAUGUAAGCCUUAAUCAUGGUUAAAGCCAACGGAAGGAAUUCAUAUAUGGAGGUUGGGGUUUGAGCAUGCAGGUGGGGCAGAGCAUGUAGUCCCAAGUCCUUAAGCAUGGUUAAGGCAGCAGAAAUGUUAAACCUGAACCAACUCUAUGGGAUAAUACCAAUGUAAGUUGAGAGGCAACACCUCAUUCUGCAUUUUCUUCCCUUACAAUAAUUCUACUGUGAAACCACUGCAUUUUUUUAAAAGUAGAAUUACUUAAGAUGCAUAGCUUUGACACAUGGGGCCAUCUAACUGCUACAAAAAUGAUUUACUGUUUCACUAAUUAUUGGGAAAACAGUUUAAUGUAUAGAGCACCUGAAAUGCCAGUCUUCUUGUUAACAGGAUUUUAGACCAAACAUAAUUAAAUUGUUAAUAAGUAUUGGCUCAAUGGGUUACAAAUCAGUGCCAUAUUUUUUGAGACAAAGAAAAGAUGAUGCAUUUUGGGGGGUCUUUCUAAAAAAAAAGUUCUGUUCCUUUAAAUUCACAAGACUCAUGUGGCUACAAAGAGCAAGUCAGCAAUCUUACACCAUUCACACCAAAAUAGGAUUUUGUUUUGGGGUUGUUGUUUUUUUGGAAGUGCAAUAUUUUAUUUAUUUGGCUUUAACAAGACACAUGUGUAUUUUGUGCACAGCACUGAUGUUUUAAAGUAGGUGGAACUCGAGAGGCACUAUUUUGUGUAUCCUGUUUUAAAUUUUGUAAAACUUUGCACAGGUGUGCUAGUAUUGUACUGUAUAGCAUCACAUACUUGAGAUUUGGAAAUAAAAUAUUGUUUCAGAGUC